GGGGGGCUCUUUUCGGAACCAACUCAUGAAGAACAAGGGAGGAAAGCCGAAAGUCAAGAGGAAAGGAGCCACAAACGUCUUCGGCUGUGAUCUGACAGACUAUCUGGAGAGCACGGGACAAGAUGGUAAUAUUUAUUUUUAAAACAACAACAACAACCAAGGCCUUAUUCUUGCUUUCUCUAGAGAUGGGUCUGUUGCAGUGCCUUUUGAAUGGGAGGAUUAAUUGUCUACAGAAAUAAAGCAGGGAAUGAUUAUCUGGUGUGGAUAGGACUUUAGUGCCUUGUUCUGUCAGUGACCAACUAGCAAUGUGCUUAGUUCAGGGAAAUGUUUUGCUGUGUGAGAGAGAGGAAGAUUAACUAUUUGCCAUCAAGUCUCUUAACUUGAGGCACACAGAGAAGGGAUACUUUUCAGUUACUCAGAGGUGGGGUGCGUGAGCACGAGGCUUCAAGAUUGCUCCUUAGGAUGUGGCCCUUCCAUGUUUCGCAAGACUUUCCCUGCCCCCAACCACAGGAUGCCACAGAAUCAAUGGAGAUGGGAGACAGACAGCAGUUCUCAGAAUAAAGGUUGUAAUGAAGAUGUAACGGUGGCUCUUAGGCCCAAGCAAGGCUCCCCAAACGUUCUUACUUGUGAGACAAGGAUGUGGGAGAAGGAUCGCCAAAGUGGGAGCACAGCAGCUGGUGUUUCUUACUAGAAACCCCCACCCCUUGCCUACAAUCCUUUUUCUCAGACGAGCAUAUGAUGUGUCAGACCGUGGGAGGUGGCAGUGCCAAUCUGCUUUUCAAGCGGACGAGAUAGGAGAGAGAAGCAGAGAACAUUUCUUAAAAGUGGGCUGGGUGAUGCGAAACAUAUUGCCGGGUCUUUGGAAGGUAGAAGGAUUCCUCCCACCUUCUUCUUGGAAACUAAUAUUUGAUGAGAAAUCUCUCAGGAUUUUUCCCCUCCUCUGCCAUCUGCAUCCACAUGACGUUCCCAGUUUAGAUUUAUUUGGUUUCCUAAAACUCAGACUUUCCGGGCGAGGCGGCUCCUUGAGCAACAUUAUUAGGGUGUUUAUUCAAUAAAUGUGGGUGACAGUCAUUACAGAUGCCUCAGAAAGGAAGUGUAUUCAUAAUAAACUAAGGGACUUUGCUGUUACUCAGUGUUGUGGGCUGCCAGAGUACAUGACGUUGUUCUCGUGUUUCCUCUCUUACACAGGCACAUUAUACAGAGCAUGUGUUUUCCCCCCAGAUCAGUCCAUCAAGCUAAGCUUAAUUCAUUUGACAAAUGUUCAUGGCAUUUGUGUCGCUGUGUACAUUGCAACUGCUGCCUAAAUGCAGCCACUUUUAGGUUGCUGUUUUUCUCGUUUGGCUGUCCAUAGCAAUGCUUCAGGCCCGUUCAUCGAGGAACCUGAAGGAUGAACUGCAGGGGGAGGUCUAAGUUUUCGCAAAUCAGGCCUCAACAACUUGGGAUCCACAAAAUCAAGCAUUGUCCACCAGCCAUUUUAAAUGUGGAUUUACGUGAUUUGCCUGCCUAUUGCGCUCUUCCUCUGAGGCCUUGCUGCAACUCGGGAUUAGAGUCAGGGUCUUUUCGGUUGUGGUCCCUGGACAGCAACAACAGCAACACCCACGCAGCAACACCCCAGCCCCAUCAGCCAGCAAGGGAUGAUGGGAGGUAUAGUCCAGCUACAUCUGGAGAGCUCAACAUUGGCCACCCUUUGUGUGUGGAUAGCAGUAGGCUAGAUAGGCCAAAGGUCUGUUUUGAUGUGGCAGCUUCCUAUGUGAGUAUUUUCUAGCUGGCUAUGGUUUUUAGUUCUCCGUUGUUGUUUUGUUUGCUUGCUUAUUGUUAUAAUGCAUUUCUUUAAUGAUUGUAAGCUGCCCUAGGGGCUAAAUGCGGGGAGAAAAGUGUCUUAAUAUGUAAAUGUAUUGUUUUCUGCGUGAUGCCCACCUCCUCCUGCCCUGGGUUUUUGCAGUCUCAGAAGGGCAGCAAAUACAGAAGAUUUACUGGUCCCUUGUGGGCCACCAUACACGGCUUUGUGGGUCUCCAGUUGCGCUGCCUUGUUCUCAAUUCAAUGUAGCCAGGAAAACAGGAACAAGAAGGCAGCUUUUAUUUAUUUUGAAGAAAGGCGUGAUGGGAUCCUGUAUAUUCUCCAGUGACUGCAGACUUUGUCACCAGCUUCUUUUGCAAGAUGGCUCGGUCUACCAGCGUGGUCUGUUGCGAGGAGCAAAAAUGGGCAAAAGUGAAUUCCUUUUCAUGUUUGCUGAAUGGCAUGUCCCAUUGGCCAGCAGUGUGUGAUCUAGUAAUGAAAGACUCCAUUGUUACAGGAGCCAUUAGAAGGAUGUGAGUUAGAUCAUAGGGUGUAGGUUAAAUCUUAACGAUAACAAGAAGCAGAAGAGAUGUGGGAGUUUUUAUUCCUUUGUUCUGCGGCAAGGCAAGGAGGUGGAAUAAUAUUAAGGACAAAUCUGCUCUCUAGGUAGCUGUGAGGGCAGGCGGGGGUCAGGUGUCACUAGCAUGAGACUUAGAAGCCUCCAAAUUACCCUAAUUGGAGCCCUUGAGUUGAAAUGGCGUCAUUUGUGAUGGGCAACCAUCUAUUGUUGGUUCAGACCCUCCCCACCAUUGGGAGCCAAGCAAUAACCUUGAAAGCAGGAGCAUUCUACCUGUUACAGUUAUUCACUUUGCCUCCUAUGUGGAAAGGGUGGACAAUGCAGAUGGAUAUGGCCACUAUUUUUUAUUUUAUUUAUUGCUCUUUUUUGUAAAAGAAGGUUUUAGGAUUCCUUUGAGAUUUUGUUUCUUCAAGGAGCUUGAACAUAUGAUAUGGGGCUAGAGAAGAGGUUUCCGUUUAGCUAAGUACUGCGAACCCCCUACUUCUCAAAAGCCAAGCCAUGGACCCUCUACUUUAUCUCUGCGGUAGUUUUUGUUAAUGUGAAUGGUGCCAAUUGGACCACCAUUUGGGAACCCCUGGGCUAGAGCGUUUCCUCUUCUUAUUCAGAGUAAAGCAUUCAGAUGUGGGGCUUUGUGAGGAAGAGGUGGGGAUCCUGUGACCUUCCAGUUGUUGAACUGGCACCACCCCUGACUAUUAACUCUGCUGGCUGAGCCUGGUGGAAGCUGGAGUCUAACAACAACAACAACAACAACAACAACAACAACAACAACAACAACAACAUAAUAAUAUAUUUAUACCCCGCCCAUCUGGCUGGGUUUCCCCAGCCACUCUGGGCGGCUUCCAACAAAACACUAAAAUACAAUAACCUCUUAAACAUUAAAAGCUUCCCUAAACAGGGCUGUCUUCUAAAAGUUUGGUAGUUAUUUUUUCUAUGGAAAGUCACCCCCUUAAUUCUCGUGAAAGUGAGUUUCAUACUGAAGAGGUACUUUCCUUUGCCUGUCCUGAGUCUUCCACUCAAACCAGUUUCUCCCCUGGAUUGAGUUGUACACUGAUACUUCCAGUUCUCAUUACGACUUAGGGAAGGGCACUUAGUAGUUUGGUGGCUGGGAGAGAGAUCCUGACUAAAACAAAUGUCUAGAUGUAGUCACAGGAAGUGGUUUGGCAGUUCUAUACAGCUUUCUUCCUUCUAGGUCAUCUCUUAGCAAUCACCCUUGGCUUAUGUAAAGCGGCAAGGAGUGGGGAGACUGGGUUGCUAGAACUGCUUACUUUUGGCUGAGAUGUCAAUCUAACCUCAUGCCUGCUCUGCCACUAAGAGCACGAAUGUUGCUUUUGCCCCUACUGCAGAGGCUGAUGGGCUUUUCCAUGGUGAAACUGUUUGAGGCAAAAGUGGGGCUAAACACAGACUUGUUUCUCCUGCUCUGAUGAUUGGCAGGUGAAGGAGAAGCACGACGAGCAGGCUUGUGGAGGCUUUCAGAACAAAUGAAUGCCACACAGUCAUCUGAGCUGUGGUUCCCAUGAAGCUACCUGCCUGCAUGGCCACUAUCAUGACUUGCUCACCUGGAAUUUGAUGCUCCCAUAGCAAAAUAGUUUGCUUCUCCUGGAUUGCAUCCAGACAAUCACCACGUUUCACUUUUCUUUGUUUUCUACCUUUCUUUUUUCUCUUUCGUGUGCAUCUGUGGGGUGCACAGAGAUUUCUCAUGUGAUUUGUGCGGAUCAGCAGAGGAGCAGGGAAAGGGGCAAUUUCCUCCUCAUUGCUGCCAAGCCCAGCAUUGAGAUGGGAAGCAAAAUUGCACCCACCCUGCUCUUCAGGGAGCCAGUAUGGUGUAGUGGUUUAGAGCAGUAGUCUCAUAAUCUGGGGAACCAGGUUUGCUUCCCCACUCCUCCACAUGCAGCUGCUGGGUGACCUUGGGCUAGUCACACUGCUUUGAAGUCUCUCAGCCUCACUCACCUUAGGGUAGUGAUAAAGCAGGAUAUCAAAUCCAAACUCUUCUUCUUCAGAUAAUGGUCCUGAAGAGUAGAGAGGGCAUUAUUUUCCUUGCCAUCCCAGUGCUGGGCUGGGUGCAGAGUAUUAAACGUCUCUUCACCCAGCCCUGCACCAUGAUGUUACCCACCCUUAAGAAUAGCCAAGGAAAGUCUAUUCUCCUCCUUCUCCUUCUCCUUCUCCUUCUCCUUCUCCAAGCAACCGUCUAGUCAUUCCCAGGAUGUAGGAAACAUUGGAAUGCUCAGGAAACAGGAAAGAGUGUUCCAAUCUGCAAUGUUCAAGUGGCCAGGAAACAAUGGCGCUAUGCUCCCUGCUGCAGCUGGCACAUUGGUUCAGGAGCCAGAAUACUUUAUGUUUAAGGUGCUGCCACUGCUGAUGCCUCUACACCCUGACCUGGUGAAAUGGGUGAGGAUCUGGUGGAUCAGCAGAAAAGUCUAGGUGGGCCAGAAUGGGCCCACAGGCUGAUGGUUCAACACCUCUGCUGUAAAACAUGUUCUUACUACAUGAAGCUCUGCCCUGCCACAUAUUGGCUGCUAGCAGUGUGUACCAACAAAGAAAGCAGCCACUCACUUGGCUGUUCAUACAUUACAAAAUGUAUGAGUUACAAAAGGAAGAAGAGAAAGCAAUGAAUGUGAAAGAGGGUUUCAAAAGUGGAAGAGCCAGAGGCUGGGAAAUCUAGAGCGCCUUGAGAAGAGGUCAUGAUGAGCUUUCUUUCCCCUACUUUUUCCUUCCUUGUAGGAAGUGGCUUUUAAGCUGGUGGUUCGAAUCCCCGCAACGGGGUGAGCUCCUGUUGUUCGGUCCCUGCUCCUGCCAACUUAGCAGUUUGAAAGCACGUCAAAGUGCAAGUAGAUAAAUAGGUACCUCUCCGGUGGGAAGGUAAAUGGCGUAUCCGUGUGCUGCUCUGAUUCGCCAGAAGUGGCUUAGUCAUGCUGGCCACAUGACCCGGAAGCUGUACGCCGGCUCCCUCGGCCAAUAAAGCGAGAUGAGUGCCGCAACCCCAGAGUCGGUCACGACUGGACCCGAUGGUCAGGGGUCCCUUUACCUUUUAAGUACUUGCUGCUAGCAAGCUUGGCUUCGAAGUGUAGUUUGGGGUGUUGCGCAGUGUGAAAAGGAGUGUGCACACAACUCAUCACAAGCCAGCCUUUUCUUUUUUGCACUUCUGGUGCAAAUUACGUACAAGACAGCAGCUGUGCUGGUAGCCAUGUGUCUUGCCCAUGGAGGAAUGUUAAAAUACCCCCUCCCCUUACACACAACAGCAGAAGGGUCAAAGGGAGGCAUACUGGUUAUGCCACAAGUGCAUCCACCCUCUCAUUUUCUUUGAAACCACGUGAACUCCCAAAGGUGUUUCCCCUCACUAUUUUAGGGAUUUCUUACAGCGACUUAAAGUUUUAUGAUGAUUAAAACACCUUGGCACCCCUUCUCCAUUGCUUUCUCCUUUAAAUGAAAAAAGGAAUUUUCUCAGCUUCUUUGCAUCCCUUGUGGUAGCAGAUACUUUCUCAAGCUUUCUUUUGCAACCGGAGAUGGAAACUUUGUCAGUUCCUUUUUUUAAAAACCAAACAAAAACAAAAUGUUAUUAAUCCCUGACAUCAGCAAUGUAAACUGGAAUUCCUUGUUCUGCAGCUUACACUGGAAACAGCACAUUUUUUUCUUGGGCUGCCUUGUCCGCUCAGAGCCAAGCCCACAAUUUCUUCCUCAAGCAAGGGGAACACUUACUUAACUUUCUGGGCAUUUAUGCUAAGUCAGGCUUUUAGAAUUUGGUGGUUGGAUGAUGACUGAGCAAACAGACACACAGUCCCAUCCUAUUCAUGUUGGCUCAGAAGUAAAUCUCAUUUUGCAUAGCCUGCAGCUGCAGUUCUGUGUGCAUUUACUUGAGAGUAAACUUCAUUAGACACAGGGGGUCUUCUUUCUGGCUAACGUUAAUAGAUUCCCAUUGUAUAGUUUUGAAACCCAACACUGAAUGUAAACUGAGCUCAGCCUGAAACAGUUUAAUGAAACAUCAAGGAAGAGAAGGAAGAGGCAUUCACAGCCGCAAAUAGAAAAUGGGAUACCAGCCAGAUUUUAGCACUGCCAAAAAGGAUCCAGGGUCUUUGAUGGAUCGCAAACUGAAGGCAAGGCAAUGAGGUUACACUGUCUUAUAAAACGGCAAAUGGCAUUUAUCACAUCAGCUUUUUUGUUAAAUAAAUGAACUCCUUUUAUAAGGUACUGGAAUCUGCAUUGUAACUUUAUUUCACUGGACAGAGAAUUGUUUUUGUUAUGUUUUGAAAAAUCAUACAAUUAAAGUUUUUAUUUUUAUUUUUUUAAAAAUACUAUAAAAAAACUAUUUCUCUUGAAAAUUUUCCAGUUGACAUGAAUGUUACUCCUGCCAACAACCUUGGCUUCAACAGGAUCAUUCCUAAGUAGGCUGGACAAAUCUCGACAGUUUUGGAUUUCUUAUUUUUCUAGUCUUAAGUUCAGUUUGCAUUUUUUUUUAAAAAAAAACUUAUUAAAAUUAGUCAGCGUUUUAGUGCAAAAUUAUAUUAAAUACAUAUUUUUGCGAACAAAAUGAGUCUAAUGUAUGCAUUUUCUGUUAUUUUCACCAUAUAUACAUUUUUAAGGCACACUUUCCUCUUCAUAUACACAUUUUGGCACACAUUAUUUGGUUGGAAGGAUGCAUCACAAAAUUCACAGAAGUGCAAAUUUCAAAGUAUCGCUGUGCUUCGGUUCUCAUAUUGUUUCAGAAAGUGCGAGUUGGGCAGUUUUGCAUUAGAAUUUGAACCAAACCAAAUUUCUGGACGGUCAGAAGCCUUCAGUUCACAGACUUCCAAUGUGCUUGAGGAUUAACUCAUUCAACGCUGUCCCAGUAUUGCUGCCGUAGUCAGUACGGUUUCAGAGGAGGUGUCUUGAGCACCAUCUAAGCAUGCUGUAGGAGAACUGUUUUGGCCAUUGUGGCCCCCAUACUGACUAUGGACAAGACCAUGAAGAAUAAUUCUCUAUUCCUGAGAACAAACUCUCACUCACAUAUAGAAGAAAGAAUGCUAAGGUUCUGUUGGCAUAAAUAUAAAGUAUAAAUUAGGGGCAUUGGUCAGCUGCCACCUGUAUUGGGGAGGGGGCACACCAAGCUUUUUCUUCCCCAGUGCUACAAAUCCCUUAACAUUAGGGAAUGGGCCAUAGCUCAGUGGUAAAGCAUCUAUUCUGCAUAUAAAAGGUUCCAGGUACUAUUCCUGGCAUCUCCAGGCACAGCUGGGAAAGACCUCUGUCUGACAUCCUGGAGAGCUGUAGAUCACCCUUCCCCAAUCUGGUGCUCUCCAAAUGCUUGGGACUGCAACUCCCACCAAGAUGGCCAAUGGUCAGGGAUGAUGGCGGUGUAGACAGUAUUGAGUUGGAUGGAUAAUUGGCCUGACUCAACAUAGAACAAAUUCCUAUGUACCACCACAAAUUAUUUAUAUGCCAUCCAUGUAACUGGGUUGUCCCAGCCACUCUGGGCAGCUUCCAACAAAUUAUAAAACAUCAAACUGAAAAAACAUCUCUAUACAGGGCUGGCUUCAGACGUCUUCUCAAAAUCAUGUCAUUGUUUAUCUCCUUGGCAACUGAUGGCAGGGCAUUUCACAGGGUGGGUGCCACCACUGCAAAGGCCCCCUCUGCCUGGUUCCUUGUAAGCUCACUUACAAAGGGAAUCACCAGAAGGUUCUCGCUGCUGGACCUCAGUGUCCAGGCUGAAUAAUGGGAGUAGAGAUGCUCUUUCAGGUAUACUGGGCCGAGGCCGUUUAGGGCUUUAAAGCUCAGCACCAACAGUCCCCUGUGCAACUCAUAACAUGAUGAAAAUGUUAAAGCUGCCCUUGGUUUUUGUUUUACAUAAGAGGAGCAUAACACUUAGUGUCAGAGAAAUGUAGAAAAAUAUCCAGCUCUCCAUCUAUUCCUCCACAAACGUUCCCUAGGAGAGAUCUUGAAAUCUGGGCAUCAGGCACACGUGAGAAGGAAACUGGGUCUUCAUGCUGUUUGCUGCAUAGUUUGUACUUUUGUUCUUUGUUCUGCCAAACACUGAUACUUUCUGUGGAGUCUGCAUUUUGAUUUGAGGAGAAGCUCUCUUUGAGCCAAACUCCAAACCUGCUGUCCAGAUGUGAAUUUGGGUUGUCUCUAUCGUGGCUCCCCCCUCCCCUAACUGCAUGCGCAUGCCUGUAUUUUAAUAGACUUUUUGACAGUGUGAUAUGUUCUUCUCUGGAUACAUAUGUGUACGAGGGAGUGAGUGCAUUUUGAAAUUUUUCCUUGUGUACAUACGUCAUCGUCGUAUUGGCUUGUUACACAAAUAAGGACAGAUAGACUUAAAUUUAGUAGGUAGCCCAAAGUGCACUCAGCACAGUUACAACACACGUAGCGAUAAUGUUUUAAUCAGGUGAUCAUACCAGGUGACUGAAGAGGAAAGAAACACACCAAAAUAAAGCCACAUGUCUUCAAACAUUUUUUCCACCCCUCUCUUACACACAGAGCUUCCAUUAUCUUCCUGUCUGGAGCCAGGUAUGUAAAACUUUGGGACGCGGGUGGUGCUGUGGUGUAAACCACAGAACCUAGGGCUUGCCGAUCGGAAGGUCGACAGUUCAAAUCCCCACGACGGGGUGAGCUCCCAUUGCUCAGUCCCUGCUCCUGCCAACCUAGCAGUUCGAAAGCACGUCAAAGUGCAAGUAGAUAAAUAGGUACCACUCUGGCAGGAAGGUAAACGGCGUUUCCGUGUGCUGCUCUGGUUGGCCAGCAGUGGCUUAAUCAUGCUGGCCACAUGACCCGGAAGCUGUCUGCGGACAAAUGUCAGCUCCCUCGGCCUAUAGAGCGAGAUGAGCGCACAACCCCAGAGCUGUUUGCGACUGCACUUUACUGUCAGGGGUCCUUUACCUUUACCUUUUAUGUUAAGCUUUGGAGAAGCAGGGUUGGCUGAGCAGCAGACCCCUGCUACUGUUUCUCUCUUAGUCUGUCACUGACUUAAAGCUGAAUUUGAUCUGUGCAUAUUGAUAACAUCCCAAAACCUGGAGACCAAGUCCUGUGAGGAACAGCUGAGGCAGCUGAGUCCUAUGAGGAGAAGAGGCAAUUCAGAGGUGAUGGGAUAACCAUCUCCAGAGAUUUGAAGGGCUGUCACAUAAAUGGUAGAAUGAAAUUGGGGGGGGGGUUGCUGCUUCAGAGGAAAACCUGAACCAACGGGUUCAAAUGACAAGAAAGAGGAUUCUGACAAAACGUCAGAAAGAACUUUGUGAUGCUCUUCAACGGCAGAAGAGACAGCCUCAGAAGGUCACUACUUCUCCUUUGUUAGAGUCCUUUAAGCAGAACAAUGUCAGAUAAGCCCUGGCAGAUCAAACCAGUGGCCCGGCUAUUCCAGCAUCCUGUUCUCAUAGUGACCAACCAGAUGCCUGUGGGAAGCUUGCAAGCAGGACCCGAGUGCAACAGGACUCUCUCCCUCCUGUAGUUUCCAGCAACUGGUAUUCAGAAGCAAACUUCCUAUGGCAGUAUGAGGCAAGGGCUGAAUGGUCACCUGGCAGGGAUACAGUAAUAGCAGAUUUCCUGCAUUGGAAGCGGGUUUGUCUGGGUGACCUUUGAGGAACCUGCCAGCUCAUUCCCGGAUACUUUAAAGUUUAAGGAACAUACAGUGAGGGGGGAAAGUAUUUGAUCCCCUGCUAAAUUUGUCCGUUUGUCCUCUGACGAAGAAAUGACCAGUCCAUAAUUUUAAUGGUAGGUUUAUUGUAGCUGUGAGAGACAGAAUAACAACAGGAAAACCCUCAGAAACCCAAAAGACAAAAGUCAGAGAUUGAUGUGCAUUAUAAUGAGUGAAAUAAGUAUUUGACCCCUUUGCAAAAGAUGACUUAGUGUUGUUGUUGUUGUUGUUUAGUCGUUUAGUCAUGUCCGACUCUUCGUGACCCCAUGGACCAGAACACGCCAAGCACUCCUGUCUUCGAUGACUUAGUACUUGGUGGCAAAACUUCUUGGCAAUUAUAGAGGUCAGAAGUUUCUUGUAGGUGGCCACCAGGUUUGCACACAUCUCAGGAGGUAUUUUGUCCCACUCCUCUUUGCAGAUCCUCUCCAAGUCAGUAAGAUUUUGAGGCUGAUGUAUACAAUAAACCUACCAUUAAAAUUAUGGACUGGCCAUUUCUUCAUCAGAGGGCAAACGGGCAAAUUUAGCAGGGGAUCAAAUACUUUCCCCCCUCACUGUAGCUCAGUCAGUAGAGCAUAGAAUCAUAGCAUCGUAGAGUUAGAGGGGACCUAAAGGUCAUGAGACUCUUAAUCUUAGAGUCGUGAGUUUGAGCCCCAUGUUGGGCAAACAAAUCCUGCAUUGCUGGAGUUGGGGCUAGAUGAUGCUCUUAGUCCCUUCCAGCUUUACAAUUCUGUGCUUCUAGGAGUGACAGGCCCAAGUCCACCCAGUGAGCAUCAUGGCUGAGUGGGGAUUUGAACUUGGGUCUCCCAGGUCCUAGUCCGAAACUCUAACCCAAACAUCAAAUGAUUGCUCUAGUAGCUUGGCGUUUCUUUGGCUUCUCUUUUAUUUAAUAUUUAAACUAAUAUUUUCUUGCAUAUUUGGGUUUCUAUCAGAUAUACAGAACACCCUCCUCCCCCAUGCUUGCGAGGCCACUUUUGCCACCUCGCUGGUCACCAUGGUGCCACCCGCUUCACUGUUAGAAGGAACGCUAUGUGAUGAGCAAAAUGUCCAGGCAAAUGAGUCCUUAUUUAUAGAACGUAGCAGGCUGCAAAUAGUGGCAUAUACUGAAAUAAGCACGGUCUGUAGGCGUAGACUGCGGUAGAUGCUGGCAUACGUGCAAAAUAUCUCUGUAAGUUCAUAUAUGUGGCUUUCUUCUUGCUGGGCAAAAAACAAAAAACAAAACCUGGCUUGGCUGUUUGAGCUUUUAAUAAACUGAAAUUGUCUAGCUUGAGUGUUUGCUAAAGUUGGAGGCUCAGGAUAGUUUUAGGCAUUCUGGCACGCUAAGCUGGGCUUUCUGUGAGCCAGGGUUCCCUGCAGUUCAUUCCUGGUAACUGUAUUUGUGCUGCGGAACAAUGCUAAACCAAUAAAGAGAGUGCAUCUGAGCAUACAAUCAUAGAAUUGUAGAGUUGAAAAAAACCCCUGAGGGUCAUCUGGCCCAACCUCCCUGCAAUGCAGGGAUCUCAACUAAAGCAUCCAUGCACAAGAUUUUAUUAUAUACACUCUCUCUCUCUCUCUCUCUCUCUCUCUCUCUCUCUCCUAGCCCCAUUUGCAUAUCUUUUGCCUGGAAGGGGACAAAAUGUAUGCACAAUAUGCAUAUUCAAAAGCUACAAAUAUUUAUAUGACUAUGUAGGUGUGAUUGAAUGUGAACUAAGUAAUGCAUUAUAAUAAGUGACAAGUUUUAUUUGCAGUAUUUGGUCUUUACUUUCUGCUGCAUUAAGAGGCACCCACUUUUAAAAAAUGUGCCGCUAAGCAGCCACCUACAUUUGCCUUGUACUGAGGGCAGCCCUCAGAAGGCAAAUGUGAGGAUAAGUUAUUUGGAAAGAAAAUUAUCUGCAAGGCUGAAGUUCAUAAAAAUUAACCUGUACGCAUAAAAAAAAUUACAUCAGUUAGGCAGCAUCUAGGCAUACCUUCAAACAGAAGCAAUGCAGAUUUAUGGUGUGGACUGACCUUUGCUUAUCCCUGCUCCUGUAACACACAAUACCUGCAAACCCACCCAAACUAUCCUCCAUCUGAUCUUCUCAUUCUUCAUCCUGCCUUUCCACUUUGUCUUACGUUUUUCAGUAUCUUUCUUUCUUUCCUACUCAACAUUACCACCACCACCACCACCACUACUACUACUGUACUACUACUACUUUACUUAGCUGAGAAGGUGGCAGCAGGGUGGUAGUUGCAUAUGUAACUGACAAGGGUCGGCCAAUUAGCACUGUCCACAGCCUUGCUCUGAAAAAGGGGGAGGUGGCUUUGUGACUCACACUAGGAGCAGCCAAUCAGUGCUGUGUGAAGCCAGCUUCUGCCGAAAGCUGGAAGCACGGGUUUCCCUUGUGGGUUGUACGUCUGCUUGAAAUACGGUAGUUGUGUUUCCACAGUAGCCUUCUGGCUAAAAUUAUGUGCAUCUGCCUGCCCUCUUAGCGCAUCAGAACACCUGUUAUCCCCUGAUGUACACAGAGCAGUAUGCCUGGUCACCUGGAUGGACUGGCCCAAGGCAAUCAGAGAUGUACAGCUAUUUACAGGCCCGCUAUAAUUAGUGCAUGAGAAGAACUGCUUGGCGAUAUUCAGAGAUAUCAGGCAUUGAGUUUUGGGGAGUGGGGACUUCAGCGCUUUUCUCAAUCUCCACAGGUGCAUGAAAUCCAUCCUUCAGUCUUUGCAGAGCGGCAGAGAACAAGAAUCUAUAACAGCCUCUUUCCCUCCCUCCACCCGCCCCCCUUGUCUUUAGCUAACAUCUCCUCUGGAGAUUCAGCAAUUUGGUUACCUCAAAGGGAAAACUGACAAGCCCUGUCAAUCAGAGCCAUGUAUUAACACUGAUAUCACGGGGAGCGGAAGCCAUAUGUUUGCUCUUGUUCCUUUGCUGUCCGUUCUCGUCUGAGAUUAUGUUUUCAUUAUUUCCUCAAUCUGCUGCUUGUUUCCUGGGAGCUGUGGCUUAUUGUCGCUGCAGCUGAACAUUCGUGGUGCUAUCACAGCUCUCGGCUUUGUUUCUGCAUUUCCUUUAGCAAACUUAAAACAACAGAAACAACAACACCACAAAACGUUUCACUCUGCUGCAUAUCCUGUUUUACAUUUCCCCUCUGCAGUCCUUGCGUGAGGCACGCAUCUCGUUGUAAUGCACUGGGCCCCCUUCUCCUCUUCCCAGGCUGCUAAACAAAUCACAUGUUUUCGGCGGCAUAUUCUCCAAAUCAGAUUUUACAAGGAUACAUUUUUUCAAAGGGAAGGCAUUUCCACCCCGAUCUUUUCAACGGUUUCUUACAGCAGAUACAUGCUGAGUUGGGGUGGGUGGGUGGGUGUGUAUUCUGGAGCAUGUAGUAUAUUUCAGCUGUAAAAAGUACAGACGUCGUAGAUGAGUGAAGGCAGAUACAUGAGGCAAAGUAGUAAUGGAAUACUUUGUGGCCUGAUUUCAUUCUCCAGCCUAGACUUCAAAGCGAUUCAUGGUUUUACCCUGGAGAGCCUGCAAAUGCAACUUAUUUUUAUUUAUCACUAUUAUUAUCAGUGUGGAGUGUCUGGCACUGCCUGUGAAUUUCUAGAAACCAACACCCCCCCCCCCAACAUUGUGAUUUUGAAAUGGAUAGUGUGUCAUUUGUGAGCCAAAAAAUUAGGUGAAAUCACACCAAAGUCAUGUUUGGGUCUGCCAUAUUGAUUCAAAAUGGCUCUCGGAACCCACACAGCGAUGUGUACCCUCACCCCCAGUUCAGCAUCCCUCAUUCUGAAUACGGUGACAAUAUCUCAAGAGGCAGCAGAACCUUUGCUAAAAAACUGGUGGAGUCACACCAAAGUCAUGUUUUGGUCUGCCACUGUGAUUCAAAAUGGCUCCUGGCACCCAAAUGUCAAUAGCUACCUCCUCGCCUUCACUUGAACAUGAUUUGAAGCCUGGCACAAUCAGGAAGGUCCAUAGCUCAGUGACAGAGCAGUUGCUUUGCAUUCAGAAGAUCCAGGCUCUGUCCUUCUCGUCUCCAGGUAAGGCGGGGAGAUAACCCUGCCUGAAAUACCAGAGAGUUGCUGCAAGUCAGGGUAGACAAUACUGAGCUAGAUGGGCCAAUGGUUUGAAUCAGUAUAAAGCAGCUUCCUGUGUUUCUAUGAACCCUGGUAAAACAGAGGCUUCUACUUGCGCUCAACAGAAACAUGAAUGGAAACUCCUGUGUAGCUUCCCAGAAUGAACACCGGAAGAUUGGGGACUGAGCAGACAGGGACAUGCCUGGUGGUGUGUGCAGCCCUAUGCUUCCUACUUGUACAGUGGUACCUCGGGUUACAGAUGCUUCAGGUUACAGGCGCUUCAGGUUACAGACUCCACUAACCCAGAAAUAGUACCUCGGGUUAAGAACUUUGCUUCAGGAUGAGAACAGAAAUCACGAGGCGGCAGCGGGAGGCCCCAUUAGCUAAAGUGGUACCUCAGGUUAAGAACAGUUUCAGAUUAAGAACGGACCUCCAGAACGAAUUAAGUUCUUAACCCGAGGUACCACUGUAUUCAUAUUUCCUGUUCAGGUAUAGUACCCAUGUUAUCGGCCAUGAGCUGGCAACCUGCACAGAACUUUGCUUAACGGUUGCCAUUAAUUUGAUUUUAAUUAUUUUUUAUAAUGAAAUGUUUUAGAAUGUUGGAUUAUUUGAUUGUUUGAUUAUUUGAUUGUUGUUAGCCGCCCUGAGCCCGGCUUUGGCUGGGGAGGGCGGGAUAUAAAUAAAAUUUAUUAUUAUUAUUAUUAUUAUUAUUAUUAUUAUUAUUAGGAACCCAGUCAGUGAUGUGACUAUUCCCGUUAUUCUGAAACCUGUUUUAAAAUAACAAAUCUAUACAAUAUUCACUGGUACUUUUAGCACAGUAACUUCCUCUUCUCCAGGGUAGCUGCACUUUACUGUUGCCAAACACUCUAUCUCCUUUUUCUUCCACAACCCCUGCCCCCCCUCUCCGUUCUCUGUUAUUUUGCAUUUUCCUUGGCAAUUAAUAGCCUAUUGAUGCAAAAGUUAGAAAGGAUUAGCAUAAAGAAAAUGUAAAACUGUUCUGCACUUCAUUAAAAAAAAAAGCAGCCAUUUAGUUUUCAUAUUUAACUGACUAAAACUCCCCAUAAUGAACUCAGCAUAAAUGCAUCAGAUUUUCCAGACUGCUAAGCCUGCCAUUGGGGAAUUGCUUUGCAGAUGUUUUCUUUAAACAGGGUCCAGCAUGAAGUGGAAUGCAAAGAUUCUCAUCUGCAGAUUUGGUCUGAGAGCCAUCUAAGGGCCCAAGUGAAAGGGAUGCAAGAGAACCUUCAAUGGAUCUCCCCAUUCCAUGAAACAAGCGUUUUAUCAGUUCAGAAGAUACUGUAUUCUGUGGUUCCUGAGCAACUUGUAUUAUAUCAUGCCAACAUCGCCCCCCCCCCCAACAUUAAAUGGAUGUCUUGGCUCAGUAAAUAAAUAUUUAGUAGUUGGUCUCCACAGUCCAGUUAAGAUGGAAUUCUCUGCCAAGAUGGAUGGAUUUGCCAAUUUAAUGAAAACAAAUUAGGUAUUCCAACUUGACUGGGUUAUGGAACAAGCUGCAUGGGAAUUCAAGUUAUGUGGGUGCUAUGAUCAUUUGCUGCCAAGAGCUGCUUUUUUCCAUUAUUAUAUGCCCCAAAUUACUGCUUGCAUGUGCGCUGUAUGAGCAGUUUCCACCGUGAGCAGCCUUCCCCAACAUGGUGCCCUGCAUGCAUCAAGCAAGACUGACACAGAACAGUGCAUGAGUCUGCUCUGAGGCCACCUCCAGAUGGCCUGCUUAUUGAGUGGUCCUUCUUUUUUGUUUUCAAGGACAUUGGGCAAUGUUGACUAUGCCAAUGAGUGUUCAUUCUGAUUUGUUUGUGCAGAGGUUAGAUGGCAUUUUGUCAAAGCAAGUGUCAUCACACACUUUCUAGUGACUUUCCCCAUCACUUUCCUUAUUUUGGGGGGAAACGGAUUAGUUGCAUCAAAGCUCCUAAUUAUCUAUAAUUGCUCAACCUGAAUUUGCUAGCGUGUGAUUGAAUCCCACCCCAAAACACCCUUAGUCACCAAAUGUGUUGAAACUUUGCAAUGGAUUCUUGAAUAAGGGGCUCUUGAGUUCCAAAUCCAAUGGACGAGUAGCCCACCACUCUGUUAAUUCUGCAGCAGCACACACAGAGAUGAUGGUAUUUAAGUUACUGACCUUAGCUGUUUUUAAUAACAAUUGAAAUGUUCCUUUUCACUAGCAGCUAUAUUAAAAGAUGUUUUCCUUUCUUGGGCACCCCACUGUAUGAAAUAACAAGGAAUGGCAAUUUGUGAAGUGGGGAAUGUUGAUUUAAAGCAGAGUCUGUCGUGGCCAGCGGAAGGAUGAGGAAAAUGUGCUGCAUACUCAAUAUUGCUUUAUUUACAGUUCAAAGCUGGUAUAUUACAGAAAGACAUCUUGCCUCUGCAAGAGCAGAAAAAUGCAUCCUCUCUCCUCGACAGCUUGGAGAGAAACACACAGUGAAAAAACAGGAAACCAGUGUACGUCACAUCCAGUCUCCCUUUCCCGUGAGAAACUCCAACAGUACAGACUGUGGAAUGUAAACACCUGUCUUGUGACUGCAGUUGCUGCUCAGUGAAGGAAAUAGAAACCAACAUCCUCCCCUUUCUGUGAACAUCACUGGGCAGCGUGUUCGUACAAUAUCAGUACAAACCCAACUUCUGCACAUAGGUACAGUGUUGAUCCCUUGAUACAAUCUUGGACAAUACAUCAGCAGGAAUUUCAUUACCUGGCAUAUAGGACACCGUUACGAGUCCCUUCUGAAUACAUUCCCUAGCAUGCUGCAACUUUAAUUGCAAGUGCUUUGUGCUUUGCUUACAACCUUCAGACUUCAGCAAAGCCAAACAUGCUUUGUUGUCCUGGUAAACCUGGAUUGGACAUUUGACAGGAAUUUUCAUAUCUUUGCACAAUUGUACUAACCAUUCACAAUCCUUAAGUGAAUAAGACAGUGCAUUCAGUUCAGCUUCACAAGUACUUAAGCUAACUGUUGUUUGCUUCUUGCAUGACCAAUCAAACAGACUCUGAUUGUACAUGUAGCAAACUCCAGACGUACUUUUCCUGUCUGUAGUGUCACUUCCAAAACUUGCAUCUGCAAAUAUCUCAAGACCACCAGACUUCUGAUUGUUAAAUCUCAGUCUGUAAUGCAUAGUGCCUUUCAAAUACCGCGCUAUGCGUUUCAGAGCUUUCCAAUCCUUGACACUAGGAUUGUUGACUUGUCUGCUUAGCAAAUUACAGCUAACAGCAAUGUCUGGUCUUGAACAUCUGGCAAUGAAGUUUAGCUUGCCUAGCACACUCCUGUACAGUGUAGUGUCAGAAAAUGCUUCUUCAGUGUCAUCUACCUGAUAACCUGUUGUCAUCGGUGUGUCUACAGGGUUAGCAUCCAUCAGAUUUAGUUUGCUUAACACAUCAGCAAUUUUCCGUGACUGGUGUACUAGAAUGUUACCAUCUUGAUCUCUCUCUAUUUCCAGAGAUAGGUAGUUGUUUACCUCACCAAGAUCUUUCAUGUCAAAGUGCUCUUUCAGUUGAGCUAGGGCGCUAUUGUACAUUGCAACAUCUUUCCAAAAGAAUAAUAAAUCAUCAACAUAAAACAAACAGUACAGUUUCUUUUGCCCCUCCUCUUUGACAAAUACACAUGGAUCAGCUUUCCCUUGCUGAAAACCUAGAGAAAACAAUACUUCAGUGAGUUUUGUGUGCCAACACCGUGCACUUUGUUUGAGACCAUAAAGGGAUUUCUUCAGAGCACAAACAAAUCCCUGUUUUACCUGUACGCCAUCAGGUGGAAGCAUAUAAAGUGAUUCAUCUAGAGAUCCGUACAGAAAAGCUGUAUUAAUAUCAUGGUGACUAAUGUGUAGAUUUUCCUCUGCAGCUAGCUUGAGCAUAAGCCUAAUGCUUUCAUAUCUCACUGUGGGUGAAUAGGUCUCGUGAUAGUCUUCACCUGGUACCUGUGCAAAACCUCUGGCUACCAAUCUGGCUUUGUGUCUGACUAUCUUGCCAUUUUGAUCUGUCUUCGCUUUGAAGACCCAUUUGCUUCCAAGCAGUUUCAUUCCUGGAACUACUGGAACUAGCUCCCAUGUUUUGUUCCUUUCUAAGGAAUCAAGCUCAGCCUUCAUGGCAUUUAACCAUGGCUCAGCUUCCUUCGAAUCCAAACCCUGGAUUUCUUGGAAACUUGAAGGUUCAAAUACCUUCUUGGAGCUUUUAACAGCUGUUACUGCUAUCUUAGCAAACUCAUCAGCAAAUCUCUUUGGAGGUUUGCUUUUGUGGCUCUCUGUGACCUACGAAUUAGCCUUAAGUCUUCAACACUCUCCUCUUCCUUCUUAGGAGAAAAACGACCUAUUGUGAACAAUGGUUCCUCCAAUUCUUGAUCAGAGCUUUCAGAGGGUCGCAUAGAGGCUUUCGCACUCUUGAAAUCCUCUGAAUCACCUGAUUCAGUUUCAGAUUCAGACUCAGAACCUUCAUCAGUGGGUGUGGGCUGUUGUGGUUGCUUUUGACUAUCCUCAGUCUCAUCACCGUCAUCAGGAUAACAUUGGAAAAUUCCCACAUUCUCCCCCAACUUUGCAUUGUACUCAACACUUCUCGUGAGCUUAAUUGUCUUAGAGUCAGUCAUCAUUAUUCUGUAAGACCCUUUCUGAUAACCUAGAAAGAUACCAUGCAAUCCACGCUUGUCUAACUUGGAGUUUUGUGGUGAGCGAACCCACAUGUCAGAACCAAACAUCUUCAUGUGUUUGAUGUAUGGCUUCUUGCCAAACAUCUUCUCAUAGGGGGUACAUCCAAUCGCUGAAGAUAGCCUGCGAUUGUAACUGUAAACAAAACACGAGAGAGAUUCGGCCCAAUAACUCUCUGGAAGAUUGGCAUCAUGCAGCAAGGUUUUUAACCCUUGAAGCAAUGUCUGAUUUGCCUGCUCCGCAAGUCCAUUCUGCCAUGGCGAGCGAGGACUAGACAAAUCGUGUUGAAUUCCUUUCUCAGUCAGAAAAGCUUCAAACUGCUGAGAAGUGAAUUCCCCCGCGAUCACUGAAAAGAGUCUUUAUCUUCUUACCAUGCACAUUUUCCAACCAAGCACAGAAUUCCUUGAACCUAGGAAAAGCCUCCGAUUUCUGCUUGAGAUUGUACACAAAAAUAUAUCUAGAAAAUGCAUCAAUGAGAACCAUGAAGUAUCUAUUUCCACCCAAAGAGGGCGCAUAGUGGUCCAACCAAAUCAGCAUGAACAACCUGGUAUGGUUCUGUAGCUUUCCUACUAGACACCUUACCUUUCGCAGCCAUUUUCACCUUGUUUGCUGCGCAUGCUUUGCACUUCAUGUGGUACCUGCAGGGUUUAAUAGUCAUACCUUCAACCAAGGCAGGCAUUUUAGAUACUGCCUCAAAAUGCAAAUGACCAAAUUUGCGAUGAAAAUCGUGAAUACAUUCUGCAUGCAAACUUUUGUUAGAACCUGCAAUGCAACAAGUGUCAUCCUGCACCACAUCAUCAUAAUACAAAACAAACAAAUGAUCAACAUAUUCUGCAUGCAAUACAUAAUCAUUUUUCUUUGUGAUGAUGCACUUCUUGUUCUUGAAGGAAACGUCAAUGUUCCGCUCAUUCAGCUGUCCAACGCUGAGCAGAUUAUGUUUGGCGUCUGGCACGUAAAGCACAUUCUGUAUCGAUAAGUCCAAACUGUGAAGAACAACAGUUCCGUAGCCUUUACUGGGAAUAGUGUGGUCAUCCGCCUGGUGAAUCGCACCUUCCUGCGGUGUAAAAGACACAAACAGUUUCUUAUCGUUGCACAUGUGGUGGGUGGCCGCUGAAUCAACAACGAAGAAAGAUCUAGACGUCUUCUGGACCUCUGCAACCUUUGGAGUGAAGCGUGAAACCAUAGCCUUGUGCUGCGUUGUCCUAGACACCGGACCUUUGCCUUUGCCUCGGCCUUUUCCGCGCGAUGAGCUUCGCUGCGCUGCUCUGUCUUGGCCCUGGGAUGUCUGCAUUCCCUCUUCAUAUGGCCUAGACGUCCACACGAGUAGCAUUUCACUGCCUUCAAAGCUUUGGCGCCAUCUGGUGGUUCCACUGCACUAUGGGAUGACGUCUGUGAAGACUCUCCUUGCCCAUGCAGCUAGCACCCCGGCGAUCUGCUUCAUUUAAAAUCACGGCAGUAACAAAGUCCACUGUCAGCUGAGCAGUUGGUUGCACAGCAAUCUGGGUUGCAACAGACUCCCAACCUGAACCCAAAGAUUGUAGUAUCAUGAAAGAAUACACAGCCUCUGGAAAGUUGAGUCCUCUCUGUUGCAGCUCAUGUCUCAGAUUUUGCAUCUGCAUCAGAUGUAAACGCACAUCUCCACCUUCAGCAAGAGCCAUAUUAUGCAGCUUGUUAAAAUAAAACAUAGUGGAUCCAGCUUCUGUCCUUAAGUGAGCCUCUCUCAGAGCGUCCCAAAUUUCUCUGGCUGAGGUCUUAUCACGCAAUAGACAGAGCUCUUCUGGGGAUACUAUCAAUGUAAGAGUUCCCUUGCUUUGGAAUCCUUAGCUUCCCAUGCAUCUGUAACUGGAACUGGGGGUUUCUGUAAUCACCUCAAACAAACCCUCUUUCCGCAGAAUUGCCUCUGCAUACUGAACCCAGUCGCUGUAAUUUUUCUUGUUGAGCUUAGGAAUCCCACAAGCAUCCUGAAGGGCCAUCAUGACUCUGGCAUUAGCCUUCAGCGUCAUUAUAUGCUGCUUUAAAUCUUGCUGCGUCACUGCUGCAGCUGCCUUAUCACAAAGGCACACUUAAAAGUUACUUUCGAUUUCCCAGCAUAGUGACUUGUGCCUGGGAGCCUUUUGCCUAUUCCCGCAAAACCGGCUUUAAAAGUUCAAAGUCCAGCCAUAAAGCCAUUAACUUGAAGCUGGCAGGCUGCCCGGAGCAGUAGCACAUACCUCAUCAAUCACUUCUACGCGCAGAGCAGAUUCCUUUCCGAUCCGUCCCUCUGCAUUCCGAUCCUUUGCCGGCACUCCGAUUCGACCUCUGGAGUCCAUAACCACGUGUUGAUUUAAAGCAGAGUCUGUCGUGGCCAGCGGAAGGAUGAGGAAAAUGUGCUGCAUACUCAAUAUUGCUUUAUUUACAGUUCAAAGCUGGUAUAUUACAGAAAGACAUCUUGCCUCUGCAAGAGCAGAAAAAUGCAUCCUCUCUCCUCGACAGCUUGGAGAGAAACACACAGUGAAAAACAGGAAACCAGUGUACGUCACAUCCAGUCUCCCUUUCCCGUGAGAAACUCCAACAGUACAGACUGUGGAAUGUAAACACCUGUCUUGUGACUGCAGUUGCUGCUCAGUGAAGGAAAUAGAAACCAACAGGGAAUUCCAGUGUUCCUGAUGGGAGAGGCUGGCCAUCGUCCUCGUAUUUCACUUUUAUUCUCAAUUUAAGGGAAAUAAAUGGUACAGCAGCUAUUUAAAUGUGGCGCGGCUUCAAAGACUUGAGCCGUGGUCAAUGUGUCAUGCUUCACAAACUUGUUUGGGACUUCCACCAAAACACACACACACACACACGAAUUUCAGGCAAACAAUGUGAGUUGCCUGCACCACCCUCCCCUCCCAAUUAGUCCUGGAUUUGUUUUCUUCUCUGCUGUAAUGUGAUCCUGGGCAUGCCUGCAUCUAAUACAGAGAGUUCAGAGGCUCCUUUGGAGAUGCUUUGUUAUAUACACCAUGCUCUGCAGAGGCAAGAGGGGAGGCAGGCAGGAGGAAUGUCUGUCCUGCUGUUGGAUUCUCAGCUGCCUGCUGAGGCUCAGAAUUCUGCCUUUGCAUCUGAGCAGAGUUCACUUUCAUUCAUCCUCAGCUGCCCCCCCCCAAAUACCACGCAACUGCCCUCCUCCCCUCUCUCACUCCUUGGCCUCUUCCAUGUUCAAGGCUGAGCAGCUCCAGCCGUCUUCGGAGAUACCGUUAUCCAAUAUGGUGUUUCAGGCCAGCAGCAUCUGUCGGACUUCUCAACGGAAUCAGGGAGUUUUAUCCGUUGUCUUUAAAUAAUACAUGCACGUUAAAACAACAACAACCAGACAAAAAUUACUUUUUAGUCCUUGGGCUAAGUCGCUGCUCUCCCAGUUAUGACUCCGUCAGUCGAAGUGUUUUGGGAGCAGGGCUGCCCCUGUGAUAGAAUCCUCGAAGGGACCCCGAGGAAAUCUAGUCCAACCCCUGUUCUGGAGGGGAAAUCUAGGCAGGAUGCUGACACUCAGCCACAAAAGUACAGUGGUACCUUGGUUCCUGAACGGCUUAGCUGUUGAACAAAUCGGCUCCCGAAUGCCACAGACCCAGAAGUAAGUGUUCUGGUUUGUGAACGCUUUUCGGAAGCUGAACAUCCGACUUGGUUUCCAGUUGAGGUCAGGAAGCUACUGCAGCCAGCUGGAAGCCACGCCUUGGUUUUUGAAUGGUUUCGGGAGUCAAAUGGACUCCCGGAACUGAUUAAGUUCUGUAGUUGUAUAGUAGGAUUAGGGGUCUUUUCAGGUUAUCAUUCCUUAGCACAACAAACAUGCUGGUCAUUUUGUAUGUUGGGGGGAUCUGAAAUGAGCACCCCUUUAGUGAAAAUCUGAAGGAAAAUUGGAACCUCUCACUUGGGAGAAACACCCAAGGAAUCUUGGAAGAUACUGUCCCCAGACAUUCCCUCUGAAGAGGCAUCUGGAAAUUGCAGUUUUCUGAGGAAAAUAAGGGGUUUCCUAACAACUUUCAGAACCCUUAAAAACCCGCAGCUCCCAGAAUUCUUUGGGGGAAGCCAUGGCUGUUUAAAGUGAGGGAAUCAUAAUGCUUUAGAUGCAUUGUAUGAAUGUGGCCUUAGUUAUCAUGUUUCACAAUGGGCAUGUUUCACUUGUACUUUCAUGGUUUAAACAUUUUUUUUAAAAAAGAAAUACUGAAGUUUUGCCUAAGAGUGAUAUUUACCUGACCAAGUGAUAAAGAGGUGUUGCGCAAGACAUCUGUUCAAAAUAACACUGAUAAUUAAAAGCUCCAACCUAACUGGGUUGUUAAAAUUUGAGUGUGCAACUGUUGGAAAUAGAAGAAGAAGAAGAAGAAGAGUUUGGAUUUGAUAUCCCGCCUUUCACUCCCUUUUAAGGAGUCUCAAAGCGGCUAACAUUCUCCUUUCCCUUCCUCCCCCACAACAAACACUCUGUGAGGUGAGUGGGGCUGAGAGACUCCAAAGAAAUGUGACUGGCCCAAGGUCACCCAGCAGCUGCAUGUGGAGGAGCGGAGACGCGAACCCGGUUCCCCAGAUUACGAGACUACCACUCUUAACCACUACACCACGCUGGCUCUGGCUGCCAGAAACAAAAUGGCUAGGCUGUGCUUAGGUAAGGAGAUGAUGGAAGUAGAUGUCAGAACCUGCCCAGUGAAACAUCACCACAUGUGACAAACCACCAACCAGAAAAGAUGUGCUUAUGAGCUUACACACCAACUGAGAUUGCAGAUGCAUAACAGGCUAGUUCUACUUAACCGGGUUUUCUGCAGUAUGAGGAUAACUGGGUUAAAUGUUCAAAAAGUAUGGGCUGGCAUUUUGAUGAUGAUAUCAUGAGGAUGUAACACACCGUGAGUUGUCCUGAUUCCAAACUAAACUCCUGUCUGGAAGCACCAGAAGCCAAAGUUUUCCCAAGAAUUGCAGUGGCUCAAGAAACAGAGCUUCAGCUCAGCUCUUGGAGCCCAUAAUUCUCAUGCAUCCACCCAGUGAUUGGUGACCUUGAUGUCUUUGCCAUCACAAGAGCACAAUAUUUUUUCCUCUUCUGCAGGUUGGAAACUGAAGCCAGAUAACAUUUAUUGGAGUGUAAAGUGUCUCAGAGCGAGAGACAAAAUGGUUUGAUGAGGCAUUGAAAGAGGGAUAGAAAAUCAGCCUGAUCAUUAGAAGACGAGAGGUCAUUUCAAACACGGGGCAGAUGUAAAAAGAAGACAUGAAUUCCAAAUGUGCUGAUUCUGACAGGAAUCUUUUUGAAUGCUGUCGAAUACACCCACCCACCCCUAAUACAUAAUUUCUCCUUCCUGAGGCUUCUGUUUUCAUCUCAGUACAAUUACUGACCAGGUCAAAUCUUCUGCGAGGUUCUUGUGCCAAGGGCAGAUCUAACUGGAGAAAUGAGAGGGAUGGGUUGACUGUGUCAAUGUCUGCUGCUGUCAUUUUCUGAGGAAUCAGGUGCCUGCCAGAGACUGUUUUAUUGUUUAUGUAUGUGCUGUCUGGAGAUGAAAGAGCAAGAUAUACGAGGUGUGGGAUUUGGAUGAGGAGACUCAAGACAGCAGAGACAGGUUUCAGUAUGGACUCUCGAAGCUAGGACCGAGCAGCGGGCUUUUCCAUCCAGGCCGCAUUGCUUUGGAUAAAGCCUCAUCACUUCGCAUUGCCAGUGGAAACAGCGACCUCAAAUGGCAGCCAGCCCCCUCCUUGACACUAUCAAUUAGGUAGCUUCAAAGGAGGAGAAGGAGCUAUCUAAUCUGCAGACAGGAAGGUGGCGAAUUCUAAUUAGGUCUAAAUUUUGUCCCACUUAAAUAGCAGGCUGCCACUCACUCUGUCAGAAGAAUCAGCAUAAGGGAGAUUAAUGACCCCACUCCAACAUGCACACACAAAGAUGGCAGUGCCGUAAUCUGGAGGCUAUGAAGCGAGCAGCACUAGUUAUACAAGCCACGGCUGGUUGGUCCUUGGAUGGGUGUUCUCUAAGGAAAAGCAGGAAAUAGGAUGUUGAUGACUCAGAAUCUUUCUCCUUAGCAUAAUGAGAGCAUUCGGAGGUGAGAAUGUCCCUUUGCUGUAGUCUGGAGGGAAAACUCUAAUAAGCAUUUGCAAUCAAUUAAACAAACUCUCCGAAAGUAUGUCUUUCAAUAAUGUUUUUUCUGAUAAGCUUCUGGUAAGCUUUAAAAUCUUUAUAAUUAUUUGUAAGGGCAAACAGAAAUAAUUAACAAGAAAGAGAUUAGUCCUAAUAUGUUUUCUCUUCCUUACGGCCCACCCACCCCUCUGCUGCACAUUUCAUCCUCCUUCUAAGACAGCUAUCAGUAGUGUGAUAUCCAGACUGAUAGAAAGGGAAAGAGAUAAAACGAAUGGAAAAGAAAAUGACAGUAUGGGAAAAGGGAAGAGUGGUAAGUAAAACAGCAAGGGGAGCUGGCAAUAAGGUCCGCAGGCAACUAGUCCUUAAGAAUUAGGUUCCAAAAUGCUUCGUGGAUCUGUAUCUGAAGAUUUGGGAGUGAAAUUCUCUAAAUCUAUGGAUGAUCCCAGUAGUAUGAAAGGAAAUGCAGGGUUAUCCAGCCCAUUCAGUGCUAGCUGGUGCCCAGUGGAUUUGGUAGGGUGGAAGACAGGGAGACCUACAGUAGAUGGAGCCAGAGCCAGUGAUAGGUGGAGCCACCCAGUUCAUUUUCUCCUUAUCUUCUUUCCUGCUGAGUUCUACAAGGGCAACACUUAGACCAGAGUUUCCCACACUUGGAUCUCCAGCUGAUUUUUGGACUACAACUCCCAUCAUCCCAAACUACCAGGACCAGUGGUCAGGGAUGGUGGGAACUGUAGUUCGAAAACAGCUGGAGACCCAAGUGUGGGAAAACCUGACUUAGACUAAUGAGGAGGAACCUGAUAGGCAGUGCCACCCCUAAGGUGGUGGUAAGUAAGAAGGAGGAGGGAGGUGGGGAGUGACUUAGAGCAGACUUAGAGCCCCCUGUGCCCUAAUGGACCAGUCUCCACUGGGUCCAUUGCAAGCAAGCAACAUUUUCAUGGGUAUUUAUUUAUCCAAGCAAAAACGGACAAAAGCCAAGGCAUCUGUUGCAACUGAACCCAGUGUUCAUCAUGGGAAUGAUAUUGCUGGAAUUAUAACGAAGCAGCUAAUCGAUUCAGCUAUAAAUUAAGAACCCCGUAAUUCAAAUCUUACCUCCAGGAUGGACUCACAGAGUGGCUUUAGCCAUGGCACUGUUAAGUAUAAUUGUUUAAUUGCACACUGAAAUGGAGAAUGCCUGUAUGUACGUAUAUUACUUGGGGUUUAACUGGAAAUUUCCACUGAAGCUAAAGAAGAGCAAAAAGAGUUCUCUUUAACUGAGUUGAUACUUAACUGUUGUUGCCCUCUGCUAGCACACAUGUGAGUGUUUCACCUUAGAUAAUGUGAGGGUAUUCAAUUGCAGAUCGCCAUCUUGAAGGGAGUUGCCUCUUGAGUGUUUCUCAAGCAGCUAAGACAAAGGAUGCGAUAAUGAGGUCUCUCCUAAAGGGAAAACUUCUCCAGGCUGUAAUGGAGGCUGUGGCGAAAGGCAGACCUCUGAUUUUAGAUCUGUUUGGAGUAUUUUAUAAGAAGCUGAGCCUGGGCUGGACAUGCACAUGAUUGUAUGGAAUUAUUUGGAUGUAUCAUUGAUGUUUUGUAUCUGUUUUUUUGAAAAAGUUCUGGGUAGUAAAGCUUUGAACAAUACUAAUGGUUCUGGACAACGUUUUAUUCCAAGAGGAGUCAGUCUUUAUGCAUCCAAUUGCUUCAAGCUGUGCAAUAUUAAUAUCUGUAAUAGGCACUCUCUCAGUCCCCACCCUGUCUGCAAUAUGGGGAUGAUAAUAAUAUCACAAUCUACCUUUACAGUGUUUGCUGCCUGCUGGGGUACUGUGCGCUAAACAUUUUUGACACUCAGAAAAGCACUACAUAAAUGUGAAGUACUGUAUUGUUAGCUAUUAAUUUCUGUAGCCCGGCCUGUGAAGUGCUUUCCAUCUCUCCACUUCCAAAAUUCACGUUCUGAUUGUAGGAGCCAGUUAACAUGCUUAUGCUGUUUCUUGCCCCAUUUUGGUGAGGAAGCAGAUCAAGCCCAGUGAGACUAAAUGAAUGAGAAAUGCUUCGAGGGAGAUGAAACUGCAAGGCUUAUAGAUUUGCCAAGAAAAGUUUGAAAAUGAAAUUAAUACCGGCAUAGAUAGACAUAAUGACUUGGUUCAGAAAUAAUUAGAAUGAGCUUUGUGCUCCUCUGUGUCCUCCCCUCCCCCUCCAAAGGGAUAGUUGUGGUUCGAGGACCCGAUCCCCGCGUAGUGGAAUGAAAACACGAGGACACAUGAUAUAAGUUUAAUGGGCAAGAAAAGGCCACAACUUUAUUGAUUACAGCAAGUGAAAAGGUAUUGGCUUAGGCAUUGGAUUACGUCAGCUGACUCCACCCCCUCAGAGAGGGGUGAGUCUAAAACAGGGGGGUUUAUUCACCAGUAGGUGGAGCCUAUUGAUGCUAAUCCAACUAUAAGCUCUCCCCUGAUGUCACUGAGGGUCGUGCCAUGGCCUCCCGCAACACAGGCAUCAGACAGAAUACACGACCGCCGGAUUCCUUUAACGGAAUACCCAAAAUUGAAGGUGCAGGCAAUGGCCACACCUAGCCCUUCGACACACCACAAACACAUUAUUCCAAUGCCUAACCUACCCACCAACACCACGAAAGUUGUGACGAUUGCUACGAGGUAGGCGAAAAAACCAAAAAGCCUAAUGCUAAAUGGAAAAAUUCCUACCAGGCCCCCCGGACAACCAGGGCGACCAACCUAAGGUCCAUAGCAAGGCCAAAAGAAAACUGAGACCCUGAGCUCUAAGGGAGUGGAGGGUGGGUGACUCGCGACGGUACGACGAAAAGUGAGGCCGGAAGGCUGGUGCCACAGCAAUUUAGGCUGCUAAACACGCCCCCUCACAGGCACCUGGUUGGGUGCCUGCCUGUGGGCGUGGGCGCCAGCCAGGUUAGUGGUAGGCAGGGGGCUAACGCCCCCUGCUUGAGGUGGAGUCCAGCUCCCGACCACAACCACUCCCCUCUCUUGCAGGAGGAGAGUCUUUGUGAUGCAGCAAAAAGAACAGGGAAUAUUAUGGCACCUUAAAAGACUAACCAAUUUAUUCUGGCAUAAGCUAUCAUAUGCAUGAAGCUACAUCAGAUGCAUGAAGGGUUACACUGAAUUAUAGAUAUCUAGUCAUAGUGAGGUCAGAGGGAAAUGCAAUCCAGAAAAGUACAGACAGUAAUUAAUAGAGAGUUAUAUCCAAUGAAGGCAUCCCAUUAGCACAAAGACUUCUGCCUGUGCAAUGGGACUUCCUUUCCCGCUCCCCUCUCCUUCUGCUCCCCAAUCUUUUAUGAGGUUUUCCCAGUGAUACUUCACAGAACAGUUCUUGGUAACACAGACAUUCUGGCACUGGUAAGCAAAUGAACACAUACAGUAAAAAUACUUUGUCUUGGUUCAGUUCACAGUUGAUAGCACUGAACUUGAUGUCUCGUAGUUCAGCACUUUAACAUCGCAGUCUCACUUUGCCAGAAAAUUUGAAAUGGCAAUUUUCACAAGGCCAGCAGUGAAAGAUUUCAAGCUCACAGGCAACUCUUAUCCAAAUUUACCUUUCCUCCACUCUUCGCAGGCAUGGCUUGAGAUUUAAAGCUCCAUGUCAGAGCACUCCCUUUCUUUUGCCCCAAGUUUCCCCCACAAAAACUCACCCUUUAAAGCUGAAUCGGAGCGAAUGUCUCCAUUUGCUCCAAUUCAGCUUUAAAGAGCUGCCUUUCAUGGGAAAAGCUCAGGGCAAAAAACCCACGCUUGGACCCAGAGCAUCAAAAGUGUGGAAAGAGCAGGGCAAAAGAUAAGUUAGUAGUCAGACUGGAGCAAAGGAAUUACAGCAUGGAACUGCUGGACUAUAUUGUACCAAAGGGGUUUGAUGCUUUUGUUUGUGGACUGAACCUGGAUGAAGGAUUCUCUGCAUGCUGAGUUUUGGGGAAAGGCAGAAACAGUGAGAAAUGGUCUCUUUGCAGCAGAAAUUGAGGGAGGGUCAAAAAAGCAGCGAGAGGUACUUGCAUUGCUACUGACAUUUUCCAAAGUUCACACCAAGUGAGAGGCCAACGCUCCACCCACCCAACCCUUUACCCUCUGCAGAAGUUGAUGAAAUAUAUAUAUAAUGAUUGGAUCAUAAGUCGAGCAAAAGUCUGUGCGGCCUUUGGUGAAUUUGCUGUGGAUUUUGAGUGCCGGGCUUCUGGCUAGCAAAUCAGAUGCCUCUGAAGCAGAGAAAUAGAGCAUGUUUCAUAGCAGCAUUCCUUUUGCAGCAUCAACAGGAGCUCUGGUUACAUGUAUAAUCCCUCUCUUUAUUAUCUGGAAAAGGGAGGAGAUAGGGCCUUCUCUGACCUGCUCCUUCCUUUAGCGGUUUGCAUGUUAAUUAGCUCAGCUCUACGGCAGGAGCACGCAGACCUACAGAGCGUCAAUUCAGUAACUAAACAAUGUCCAAUUAUCCCAGCUUAGGGAGCAAGGAGCAGGCUGCUGGCGCGUGGACACUGCAAACGCAGCCAAAUGGCUCCUUGAACUCACUUGGCUUGGGCCAGCAAUGCCGCUUGGGGGGAAUUUAAGACGUGUCAGCAAUUUCAGCUGAGCCCCCUUGCCCCAGCUACCAAAAGCAGAAUUGCCAGACAUGUUAGGAGCAUCUUCACUCCCAGCUAAAGCACAGCUACCUCUGAGAACUGAGCCAAAGUGAUGGAAGGGGUAGCAACAAACUUGGAUCAGACCUCCAGCCAACAGCAGUUGGGAUUUUAAGCCUAUGCUAAGUUUGAGAAGAUAACCCCCAACUGCACUAUGCACUUAAAGCAGCAUGGUGCCACUUUGAACAGCCAUGGCUUCCCUCAAAGAAUCCUGGGAACUGUAGUUUAAGAGUGCUGAGCGUUCUUAGAAGACCCUCGUUCCCCUCACAGAACUACAAUUCCCAGAGUCCCUGUGAAGACGGAUUGAUUGUUAAACCACCCUAGGAAUGGCAGUUCUGCAAGGGGGGUAGGGGUCUCCCAACAACUCUCAGACCCUUUACAAACUAUGCUUCCCAGGAAUCCAUGACUGUUUAAAGUGGUAUGAUACUGCUUUAAAUGUAUAGUGCAGAUGAAGUCUUGAUACUGGUAUGGAUGGGGUUCUGACAUUCAGGUUGCUUCCAGGUGACCUAAGCAUUCAUUCUGAUUUGUUUGUGGGGAGUUGAUAGGAUGUUGCAUCAAGCAAGUGUUACGCCAUACUUUAUGGUGCAUUCUCCUGACACUUUCCAUAUCAUAGUCCCCACUUCCCCUGAUUUUUUAAAUUUUUUUUAGGGGGAAAUGGGUUUGUUGCACAGGAGUAGCACAUCUGAAUUUGCUGGUAUCCCUGAAAACUGAAUCCCUCCUGAAAACAGUGACAGCCUAGAAGUUGCAAACUCUUUGCAGUCGAUUUUUAUCUGUGCAGACUCCCACAUCUCUUAAACUGGUCCCUUUCUAAGCUUUUUCUGCCAUCAGGGAAUACCUCCCUUUUCAAAACACCAGUGGUAGCACAAGAGAAAGAAAAAGAAUGGGGCAGCCAAGGGGAAACUUGCAUUAGAUUUUCUGAAAGAGAAAUAACGGUAUUUUUUCAAAUUAACUUUCCCACAUAAGCACACAUUUCUCUCAAUGAAGUCCUGUUGAUUCAGAUUGCGUUAACUAAGCAAGCACACUUAGGAAACCGUAGUCUUGUUUUAAUUUCCAGCUGAUGAUUCAUCUAUAAUGUAAACAUGAAAAGUGCUUUUUCGAGUAACUCGAGGGCUCCAGCAACUGGGGUGGGUUGGGAGCUACUUGUCUGAGGCAGAGGGAGUCUUUCUGCCCCCUCAGGGACUGCCUGUGCCCCCCCUCUUAAAAUGGCCUUCUGUUUAUUUGGGGGGAGAGUGGAGAAACCUCCUGACCAUGGUGUGAACCCUGCCGUUCCAUGUGAGAGGAAUUCUGAAAUGAGGCAAAUGGAUAUUAAAGUUUAUUUUUGUGCCAAUUUAGCAGGAAGGCGGGAGUGGAUUAAAAGUUAAGUAAUUAAAUAAUUCAAGUGUGAGUGCUACCUCAUUCCUCUCGUCGCCCUCCUCUCUGUUGCUGGGCAACAGGGCCUCCCAGCAGCUGAUCGUCCCCACAAUCCCACAAUUCAUGACUGCCCAGCUUAGCCAAAAGGCAGCCCAUGACUGAGGCAGAAAGUCCUAAUGGAUCCCGGCAUGGCUGUAAACAUCUAAUUAAAAAGUAAAUAAUUGAGAAUUUGUUUCCAUUCAACAAUAUACUGAAAUACCGUUGCUUUGAGACUAGGGAGGAUCUCGCCAUACCUUAUAAGAAGGACCAGUCAUGGCUUUAAAAUAAAGUUUUUAAGAACGUAAGACGAGCCUGCUGAAUCAGGCCAGUAGCCUAUCGAGUUCAGCAUCCUUUUCUCACAGUGGCCAACCAGAUGCCUGGGGGAAACCCACAAAGCAAGAGCUGACUGCAACAGUACUCUCUCCUUCCUGGGGUUUCCAGCGACUUGUAUUCAGAAACAUACUGUCUCGAACAGUGCAGGUAGAACAUAUCCAUCAGGUUUCGUAGCCAUAAAUUGUCUAGUCCUCUUUUAAAGCUCUUAUCACUAGCAUCUAGUAGCAUCUAGCGCUCUCCCCUCGAAUUCUCAGAUUCACUCUCCUUUUACAUUCAGCAUUCUAGAGGAGCUUAUGGGAAGCCAACUGGGACAGACUUAAUAAAGACCUCCUAAUGGAAUCCUUUUUCACCUUCUGGCAGUCAGUGACUGCUCUGAAGCAUGACAAAGACAGAGCAUAUUUUAACUCAAAGAACUGUGAGAUGCUUCACAGCAACCUGGCCCAUAACGUUAAAAAGAAAACCCUCCCAAGUGUCUUAAGUGAAAUAGCAGAAGGAAAUUCCUGAAAUUGGGUUGAGGUGCUUAUUUAUUUAUUAUUUUAAACUCUAGUUAUAAGUCACCCAUCAUUACGUAGUAAUGACACUGAACUUUCCAACAACAGAGUUUCUAUGCUUUAUCCUCCCCUCUCUCUCUUUUUAACAUGCUCACCACUUCAGUGCCUUUAUACUGUGAAGCUGUCAAUGAAUUUGUUUUUUUUAAAAUGAAAUAAAAAUAACACGCUAAGCCAACCACAGAGUUCCAAAAACCAGUACACACAAUUGCAGUAAACGAACAACAACAGGUGGGCAGACAAAGCCUUUGACCAUUUACAACCAACCAACCAACCAACCAACCAAAAGCCUGAGACGUUUUAACCAGGCGUCAGACACUUAAGAAAGUUGUAGCCAUCCGAGCCUCCAAGAAAAGUGCCUUCCACAGCCAGGGUGCCACUGGAGGGAAGGCCCUGCCUUGUGUCACUGCAUAGGGAGCCACACCUGCAAGUGAUCAAGACCCUGCUUGCUCAGGGUGGCCUAUAUAGAAACAAGUAUUUUUUUUUUUAAGCCUAAAAUAACACCUUAAAUUGGGCCUGGUGACAUUUAGGCAGCCAGGACAGAUCCUGCUGAACACAAGUGUGUGCCAAAAUAUUCACCAGCACUGUCAAGGCAGCAUUCUGUUUGCCUCGCCUCUUGCGAAUAGGAAAGGCUUUCAGUGAACAGUAUCUGGUUUUUGUCCACUUUACAAUACUAAGGGCUCCGUAGUGACAUAGUGAUAAAGGGCUGUGGUUCAGUGACUCAUCCAGAUGGGUUGGAGCUGCUGAGUCACCCAGAGCAGUUCCUGGAUUUUUCUUCGAAAUCCCCCGCCUAACCACUAGGACCAAGUUAAGUCAUUAGUGGCAAAAGCGGAUGAAAUCCCAAACAGUCAAGCAAGCAGGGCUGAUGGAGAGGGGAGAGAAAUCUGAAGACUGGUUGAAUAAGAAAUGAAAGUAGGAAGAAACAGAGCGUGAACAAUCUGGCCAGACAAAAUGCUAGAGAAAGGGUUGCGAACCAACCAGAUGGUGUUGUGCGGUGGCGGAGAGCAAGAACCAGAUUUUGUCUUGUUUUAAAGCGAGGCAUGGAAGGCCUCGUGUUAGAUUUGCAAAGUUUGUAGAUCAAAUCCCUGAAAAUAGGCUCUGAUCUGUUUAAGAAUAUGGAGAAGAUCAGAUCUUAGUUGCUUGCAACUAUUUUGCAGUGCUGUGUCUGGAACUUGCACUGAUAAAAUAUUAUUAUUAUUAUUAUUAUUAUUAUUAUUAAUUUAAUUUCUAUAUUGCCCUAUACCUGAAGGUCUAUACUGCCUCUAAGCAUAUAAAAAUCACCAUUCAAUCAUAGCCAUCCCACUUACACAUAAACAUGGGUGAGAGAGGGAGGGCCAGCCCACUGUUAUGCAUGGUCUGAUAGUGUUCUAUUACUGUCCAUAGAGUUUGUCAUAUUUUAAAAGGCCUCACUGAACAACCACACCACACUUGUCCCUAUGCUCAUUAUUAUUAUUAUUAUUAUUAUUAUUAUUAUUAUUAUUAUUAUUAUUUGCUUGUUAUGCAAAGGUCUCCAAGCGACUUACAAUGUAUUAUUAAACAUAGAUACAUUGUACCAUUAAAGAAAAAUACAAAACAUCUACCACACACACACGCGCACACACACACACACACACACACAAUCACCUCACCACACCUUUCCUCCCACUUCAGAAAAUGUCAAAUUUCAUGGACAAACUCUUUAUGUGGCAUUGCCUUUGUUGAUCAUGCAGAUACUAUGUUUGGUUCUGCAGGCAACAUCCCAGUUAAUGGCCGCAGAAUGUGCUUUACAUCUGUGCCGUGAAAGUUUCACUGCCUCCCAGUGAAUUUCUACAUGCAGUUCAAAGCACUGGUUUUUAUUGUUCUCAGCUCUCAGCGGUCUUGGACCGGAAUAUCUUAAGGAACCUUACCCCCACUGGUGGAGGAACGGGAGUGCGGAGGGAGCAGACUGCCCCUGGCACCACUAUUCCGGUAGGGUGGCAUCGCGGCGGGCCCCCUGGACACACGCCGCACACCUCCGUGUGCUGGGCGCCACGCUCCCACAGGUGGUGCGUCACGCCCCCAAAACACGAGCCAAGCCCCUGUGGGUGGCGUGCCAUGCCCUUGCGGGUGGUGUACCACACCCCGGGGGCGCACCAUGCCCCCGGGGGGCGCCAGCCACACCCCUACCUGUUCUCUGCCCCCCAGUAGUGGAGCAUGCAGCUUCGCCACUGCUUCCCCCAACACUUCGAUCAUGGGCACAGUCUCUGCUCCAAGCAUAUCAGUCUUCAGAAACCAGAAGAGUGGUUCCAAGGAACAGGGCCUUCUCAGUAAUGGCACCCUCCCCGUGGAAUUCUGUUAGCUGUUUGAGCACUGGAAAACCAUGAUUUGCACUCGGCGAGACUGCUUCCCGGGAGAACACCUAGGCAGAUUAGUGACCGUUGCGUGUAUAAUUUUGGGUUAUGGACUUUUAAGAAUGGACAGGAGUAAUAUUUUGAGUUGCACAUGCUCAGUGAGGUUUUUGUCUUCAGAGGGCUUCUGGAGUUUUAUUUGCUGUUGUUGUUGUUGACAUCAGGCCUAGCUGAGGUGUAGGCUUAAUCCAUAAGGGGUGCUGUUGGUCAGUGAGGAGCUGUGCGCCUGUAUAAUGCUGCCCCUGUCACUAUCCGCCAGUCAGUACGUGAGCAUGAGACCUCCCUUUCCCUCAUUUGCUGUUCAGAAGCUGCAGAUGAGUACUGUUCCCACUGCCUGUCUCUAGAAAAAUGGCUGUUUUCCAACGAAUAGAUAAAAAUAAUAAAUUGCUGUUUACAUGCAACAGAGAAGUAAAGGCCUAGCUUUUAUUGCAGCAAAAUCCAUCAUUUGAAAUAGCUGUCGAAUUUUAAAUAUGAUUCUGGAUCCAAGACUCCUUAAAAGUUUGACAUUGUUUUGAAUGCUGGAAGUGUGCAGUGCUGUGGAAUUUCUUUCAUUAAAUGCAUCAAGUGUAAAUCUUUCAACAUAUGAGGAAGCUUAAGUGAGAUCUUUGCAUUUUUCUGCAACAUCUUCUCUCUCUCUCUCUCUCUCUCUCUCUCUCUCUCUCUCUCUCUCUCUCAACUGCAAUAGUUUUUAAUGUGUCUAUGAUGCUGACAAUCAAAUGAAAAAGGUGGGGUUUUUUCCAGUUGCAGGACACACACCAGAGAUCUGUUUAGAGUAGGCAAAAUAGACUCCCCCCUCCCCCCCCGCCAACCACGACAUGCGCUCCAGGGCAUAGAAAACCAUGUGUUUCUGGAUUAGCAGAGGAUCUGCGUGGUUUCAAGGUCGUAACCUUUUCUUUUCUUUUAGCAGCUAUCCCGCCCUUACCCAAAGUGUCUGUGCAUUUUUAGGUCUUAAUAAGAGACAGGAAAAAGAUCUCCAAACAGUUGGCCUUUAAUCAGAGAAAAUGCAUCAGUCAGCCUCUGUCAGCUGGGGCCUUUCCAGAGUUCAGAAAACAGCGCACACAACAGAUGCUUCUUUCACUUUGUAAUGGAGAGGACAAGCCCAGAUCUGCCUGCACCAAAGCAGUUUUCUUGUAUUCUGCUGGCAGCAUAAUGACCCAAAGUACAGAGGCAGCCAUGUGAGAGAGACUGUUUAUUUGUGGAUGUUGAAGCAGUUGGCAAUCUAUCCGGUUUCAGAAGCGUUGAAGACAGUGUGCAACCUUUCCUGUACAACACAGCUCUCCAAACUGUAUGUCGCGACACGUUAGUGUGUCAGCUGCAGUGUGUAGGUGUGUCAUGCGAAUGCUCCCCACACUCCUCCCGGGGCUGGAAAGGUGUUAGUUUAACCUCCAGUUUGCUAGUAAAACUGAAUUACUGUGUCACAAAAUAAUGCAAAACUGAAUUACCGUGUCGCAAAAUGAUGCAUGUCUAAAAGGUGUGUCACCAACGUGAAAAGUUUGGAAAGCUCUGCCGUAAAAGAAAAUAGCACUGCUUUGAAGAGCGCCUUGGAAAUGUUUGUUUCUGAAGACUUUCAUACUACUUGCUAGUACUACUACUAGUACUACAACCUGCCACGGUUUUACUUUUCACACAGCACUGUAGCAUCUUACUAGGUUUGGCACCAGAGUACCUUGAGAGGUAGAUCCCUAUUAUUCCCACUCAACUUGGUGAGGACUGGAGGAAAGACCCAGAUUUGGCCAAGACUUUCUAUGUGUAUUGAACUUAGGUUUCACGCAGUCCUCUAGGAUAUCGCUGUUGUUAUUAUUCAUUUCUCAUCAUGAAUUAUUUUUAAAUUAUUUGUGAGAAUUUUAUAACCCACCAUUCUUGUAAAAGACAACCCCAAAAGGCAGUCAAGGUAAAAUAGUACAACAAAAUUGCUAAAGCUGCAGCCCUGAAUUCACUUACAAUAACAUCAAAAUGUACUCUAUGUGCAGAUGGUAGGUGAGCAUGUUACUAGCAUGGACAUUAUCCAAUGGGUGCUUGCAACUGUCACAUUAAAAUAUACACAUGUGUAUGGCAAUGCUGGGAGGUAAUUUUGGCUUUUCUCAGGUAUUAUAGUAAGUGCCACAGUGAAGGCAAAGGCAGUUGGACCAAAAUGUAUCAGAGAGCCAAGUUACAGGGCCUUCUUGGCAGUGGCGCCCGCCCUGUGGAAUGCCCUCCCAUCAGAUGUCAAAGAAAUAAACAACUAUCUGACGUUUAGAAGACAUCUGAAGGCAACCCUGUUUGGUAAAGGUAAAGGUACCCCUGCCCGUAUGGGCCAGUCUUGACAGACUCUAGGGUUGUGUGCCCAUCUCACUUAAGAGGCCGGGGGCAGCGCUGUCCGGAGACACUUCCGGGUCACGUGGCCAGCGUGACAAAACUGCAUCUGGUGAGCCAGCGCAGCACAUGGAAACGCUGUUUACCUUCCCACCAGUAAGCGGUCCCUAUUUAUCUACUUGCACCCGGGGGUGCUUUCAAACUGCUAGGUUGGCAGGCGCUGGGACCGAGCAACGGGAGCGCACCCCGCUGCGGGGAUUCGAACCGCCGACCUUUCGAUCGGCAAGCCCUAGGCGCUGAGGCUUUUACCCACAGCGCCACCCGCGUCCCUAUACCCUGUUUAGGGAAGUCUUUAAUGACUGAUGUUUUAAUGUAUUUUUAAUCCUUGUUGGAAGCCACCCAGAGUGGCUGGGGUAUAAAUAAUAAAUUAUUAUAAUAAUAGAUGGGGGGCUGGGGUGGGGGGACAAGCUGUGUAUGGCAAGCAGUGACAACUCUAAUAUCACCUGAAUGCUCCAGUUAAAUAUAACAAUGGACACAUGGACACCACAAACACACACUCACCUGAGCCUGCUCUGACUUCUACUAGAUUCAUGCCUGGGCCACAGAUAGCUGCAGAUAUACAAACCAGUGCACAGAGUAAGAAUAUUUUAGACCUGGUGCCGGCCAUAUGGGCAGCCAACAUCUGCAAGAGCUUUUUCUGUGUGGAUGUUAUUUAUAAACUGGUCCUUAGUCCUUAGUCUCUAAGGUGCCAUAGUGUUGAUGUUUCCAACACAUCUGGACUCUUCUGGAGUUUUGCAGUUUUCUUCAGCGUCUGAAGCACUGGCGUUCCUUCCCAGAAAUAAAGACAACAAAGAAAGAGUCCUGGGAUUCUCCUGCUGCCUCAUCUGGCUGUGUUUCCUGAUGUCUUUGGCAAUCUGUUGGAAUGAACCAACUGCCAAUUUCAUCUGAAAGUCGAUUUUGAAAAACUUUAAAUUCUCGUCUUGUCCUUUCUUUUCUUUUCUAAAUGUACUCAGCCAAAGUACUCAAGUGCUUUCAUAUAAGACUUCACCAUACCAGGGACUUCCCCCUUAUACUCCUCGUAAAUGUCAAUACAGGUGAAAAGGGAGGAGGAGGACAGGCGUGUAGCAGAACGACCUGUGAAUCAGGAAGUCCCCUGGUCAUAUCACAGAAUCAUAGAAUUGUUGGAAGGGACUCUGAGGGUCAUCUAGUUUAACCCCCUCUGUGCACUAGGCAAAAGUCUUUCUCUUUAACCAGGCCUUUGGCUGAUUGACAUCCAAUGCCUUUUUAAAAUCUGUUAGGGGUGUGUGUUAUUGGGUUGUUUUUGUUUUUAUUUUGAUCAUAUAUUUUGUGUUUUUAUAUUGUGAUUUUAUCAUGUGAAGGGCCCUGAGACCUGUGGUAUAGGAUGAUAUGCAAGUUUAAUAAAUAACAAUAAUAACAAACCCCUGCAAUGCAGGAAUCUCCGCUAAAGCAUCCAUGACAGGUGGCCAUCCAACCUCUUCUUAAAAACCUCCAAGGAAGGAGAGCCCAUUACUUCUGAGGGAGUCCAUUCCACUGUCAAAUAGCUCUGACCACCAGAAAGUUUGUCCUGGUGCUUAGAUAAAAUCUCACUCUUUUAUAAAUGAACUAAUUGGUAUUCAUCAAGCAGGCCACACGCUGGAUCUGAUCUUUGGGGCUGGCAUAGAUGUGAUCAUGCUCCCCCCUGUGGAAGUGCCAUGGUCUGAUCACUACGCUCUGAAAGCCAAGAUUGACUUCCCGCUCCUCCCCUGCUCGGGUGGCGAACCUAUUUCCCUAUCCGCGAAAACUGAUGGAUCCUGAUAGAUUCCGACAAGCCUUGCGGGACCCUGCUCCUCCUGGCGACUCGUUAGAUGACCUUGUUGAGGACUGGAAUUACCGGCUCUUGGCAGCCAUUGAUGAGAUCGCGCCUAAGCGCCCUCUGCGACCCCGUCGUAACCGGGCCCCUUGGUUUACUGAGGAGCUCCGGAAAAUGAAGCAGGAUCUCAAAUGGCUAGAGCGAGUAUGGCGACAGACUCGUGACGGAGCCUCAAGAACAUCUUAUAGGACGCUUAUGAAAGCCUAUGAGAUGGCUAUGAAAGCUGCUAAGAAAUCUUACUUUGCAGCUUCCAUUGCUUCCGCUAGCUCUCGCCCGGCACAACUUUUUAGAAUAAUUAGAUCAAUAACGUCCUUAGGAGGACAACCAAAUUUAAGCACAAAUUCGACCCACAGCUGUGAGGCAUUCACGAGCUUUUUUGCAGAGAAAGUCCUGUUGCUCCACCGUGACCUCCCUGCCAAUUUAGAUACAGUGACUGAACUGGAGGCCCCUCGACUGACUUCAGGUCCAGUGUUGGACCAUUUCGAUCGAAUACUCCCUGCUGAUGUGGAUUGAUUCCUCCAAGUUAGUAGGCCCACCACCUGCCUCCUUGAUCCGUGCCCGUCUUGGCUGAUUAGGGAGUGUCCAGAUGUUGCGCGGACCCCCCUGGUUGAAAUUAUCAAUUUGUCCCUUGACACGGGGACAUUCCCAGGGGAACUGAAGGAAGCAGUGGUAUGUCCACUCUUAAAGAAAACUUCAUUAGAUCCCUUAGACCUAUCCAAUUACCGCCCAGUUUCAAAUCUUCCAUAUCUGGGUAAGGUAAUUGAGAGAGCGGUUGCUGAACAGCUUGGUAGGUUUCUGGAGGAAACAUCGGCUUUAGAUCCAUUUCAGUCCGGUUUCCGUCCUGGUUUUGGGACCGAGACGGCUCUGGUUGCCCUAACAGACGAUCUCCGUAGACAGCUGGAUCGAGGCGGGUCAGGACUGGUGAUCCUUUUAGAUUUGUCAGCAGCCUUUGACAUGGUUGAUCAUGAUCUUCUGGACCACCGCCUCGCAGACGUGGGGAUACAGGGCAUAGCCCGUAACUGGCUGUGCUCUUUUAUCUCUGGUCGGGGACAGAGGGUGGCACUAGGGAGGGAAAUGUCGUUGCGCCACUCCUUGGUGUGUGGAGUGCCGCAGGGUGCAAUCCUUUCCCCAAUGCUUUUUAACAUCUUUAUGCGCCCCCUUGCCCAGAUUAUCUGGAGCUUUGGGCUGGGCUGUCACCAAUAUGCUGAUGACACUCAGCUCUAUCUGCUGAUGGAUGGCCACACUGACUCGGCCCCGAACACACUGACCAGAUGCUUGGAAGCUGUGGCUGGAUGGUUUCGUGGGAGCUGAUUGAAACUAAAUCCUUCGAAGACAGAGGUCCUAUGGCUGGGUCGGGAUGGCAUGGGGAUGAGGGACCAACUCCCUUCUCUUGCGGGGGCCCAAUUAGUGCCAUUGCCUUCCGUUAAGAGUUUGGGUGUAAUCCUUGACGCCUCCCUUUCCAUGGAGGCACAAGUUACAGCAACAGCCAAGGCGACAUUUUUCCACCUUCGCCGCAUCAAUCAGUUGGUCCCUUACCUUUCCCGCCCCGCCCUGGCCACAGUGAUCCAUGCAACGGUCAUCUCCAGGCUUGACUACUGUAAUUCGCUCUACGCGGGGCUGCCCUUGAAGCUGUCCCAGAAACUCCAGCGGGUGCAGAAUGCUGCAGCGAGACUCCUCACGGGGUCUCUGCCAUGGGAGCAUAUCCCCCCCGUGCUUUUCAAGCUGCACUGGCUCCCGUGGAGUACAGGAUCAGAUUUAAGGUGCUGCUUUUGACCUUUAAAGCCCUUCAUGGCCUAGGACCCUCGUACCUACGGGACCGCCUCUCCCGGUAUGCCCCACGGAGAGCCUCAAGGUCCAUAAAUAGCAACACCCUUGUGGUCCCGGGCCCUAAGGAAGUUAGAUUGGCUUCAACCAGAGCCAGGGCCUUUUAAACUCUGGCUCCGGUCUGGUGGAACGCUCUGCCUCACGAGACCAGGGCCCUGCAGGAUCUGAUUUCUUUCCGCAGGGCCUGUAAGACAGAGUUGUUCCGCCUGGCCUUUGGCUUGGAGCCAAUUUGAUUCCCUCCCUCUCUUUCUUUUUUCUUUUCCUUCUCCUUCUGCGAUGAGGCUACAUUUUAAUAUUUUUAUGUUUCAAUAUUUUAAUGUUGUAUUUUUUAAAUUUUGUUUUUAAGUUGUAAUCAUUUAACUUGUUUUUAUUAUUGCUUGUAAGCCGCUCUGAGCCCGGCCUUGGCUGGGGAGGGCGGGGUAUAAAUAAAAAUUAUUAUUAUUAUUAUUAUUAUUUGCUGUAGGCAAGCUGCUGUCUCACGGCAUCAACUCCCAUCUCAUUUCUUAAGAGAGGGGUAAUAAUACUGACCUGCCUUAUAAGGUUGUUGUGAGAACAGGAACACAUGAGAGAGAAUCUCAAAGGAGCACUCAAUCUGUGGUUUGCUGAGUGCUAAACAUUUUGAUUCAGUUGCUGCUCUACACAUACAGUCUUCCCUGGAACCUGGGAUCUACACAUAGAUCUUCGCUGCUGUAGACACCCAUUCUAAUGCAUGGAUGUUAGGAUUGGGGCCGGGGGAAGCUGUGCAGCCCACAUGAGCCCUUCGUCACUUGAGUACCAUAUGAAGGGGACUAAUAUCAGUAGGACUACUGGCACCAUCAGCCCUGAAAGAAAAUGUUAUGUAUUGAAGUUCUCACCCUGGCCACCAGGGGUAUUGUGUAUAUAGUUUUCACUCAGGUCCACGUAAGUUAAUUUAGGCGGAAAACCCUGGGCUGUUGUUGUUACAAUGUUGACAGCCGGCUGCCUAUAAAAGCAGGGAGCAAGACCUACUAAGCACACCGGUCCUAGGAGGUUCUUGAGAUCUUGCAAGGUAUUCUGAGCUUGCACGAAGAUUCAGCUGGCUGAGCUGUUUGUAGUUCAGUUCAGUUCAGUUCAGUUCCAGCUUACUUAUAAAGAACUACUUGGAGAAAUCUCUGUGUCGUCUGCUAUGUCCACCCACUACUUAAUAGAAAAGUAGUUGGAUGUUUUCUAACAUUAGAUUUUAUGGGGAGAGGGAAGGAAUCACAGGGAUGCAGUUUAGGUGACAGCAAUGACCCUUUAUGUGUAAAACCAGGUGGGUUCCAAAACACCCCCCCCUUUUUUUUGCACUGCGAUUAAUUGCAAGGCUUGUUGGGGGCUGCUGUUCUUUUGGAGGGGAGGAAUGUCCAGAAUAUUGAAAAAAUUCUUCACCAACUGUGCCUGUAAAACUGUGGCACUCUUCGUCUUCUAUGGUGGGGAAAGAGAAAAUUCCUGACCUAACUUCCCCUAAGAGGUGAAGUACACACAGCGUACUUUCUUCUUGAGCAUUGCCUUCAGGCAUAUGUUCUGAAUGCACAAAGUUGAUGUAUAAAAUGUAAAACUUUACUGGCUUUAAAUGUCACCCACUAAGCAUAUAAUAGAUGUUCUCUGGAUUUUUAUUAGCUGUUGUAUUCUCUCAGCCAGCGUGGCUUCUUUGAGGUGAUUUAUGGUGCAGUCUUGGGUCACAGGCAGUAAUGCCAGAUCCAUAAAUUCCUGGGAUUUCCUCAACUAUUGUGUUGUCUUUUACAAUCUCAGGGUUCGUUUCUUGGUCCACUUCUGCGCUUAUUUGUUGUAUUUAUUCAGCAGUUGGGAAGCGCCACCAAUAGCAGCACCUGUCAGGGUCAAUUCAAGAAGAGCAGAUGGAUAGCUAGCUCCUUCCUUUUGAAUCCUCUAGUUCCUAAUCUGGUAUUCCUUGCCUUGAUUUCCAGCACUGUUUUACUUUUUGAAAAAAAGAGAAAGGGGCCCUCCCGUCUUCAAAAAACAUUUAGACACCUUGUGUACCAACUUCUGAAAGAAAACACUGCUUCGUUCCAAGAUACUGUGAUGGCUUCUAGGAUAGAUUUAGUUAUGUCCCCAAAUUUUCGCAGUUUUCUGAUUUGGUUUACCAAUUACUGGGACACACAAGUGGGGAGACUGCUGUUGCCAUCAGGUCCCUGACAGGAUUCAAGGCAGCUUACUGAUGAAAAUAAGAACUGCUUAAAAAGUAGGGGGGGAAAUAAUUAAAAAAAUUAAACGUUGAUAAAAUUUAAACUAUAGACACAUAUAAAAUAUAUUAAAACUUCCUAUAGGCUUCCUAUUGGGAUGUGGUUGGCAAUUCUGAUAAUAGGAUAUAGGACUAGAUGAGCCUUUCAUCUUAUCCAGAGGGUCUCUUCUUAGGUUCAGUCCAGCUUGUAAUGCUCACAUGUAUUACAAAUUGAAUACCGAUAUCUGUGGGAUAACCAGCCUCAUCUAACCAAUGUGCUGAAGUCUAAUUUAUGCAUGAAGGAGUUAAUACCAUAGAAUAAGCUGUCCUGCUGGGCUUAGCUAUGUCCACAUCCCCUGACCUGGGGAGGAACUAGGUAAUCAAGCCUUUGGUCUCCUUCAUGUCUACCUGAGACUGUGAACUAUGUGACCAAGACCACCUGACACAAAUAGCCCUUUGUUCAGUGAAUAUCUUCUCUGGUUGGGCCAGCUAGUUGCCUUGAUUGCUUCUUGCUGCAGUUAGAAGAGUUAAAUUUCCAGCUGGAUCUUCUUCUUAGCUGAUGUCAUGUGGUGGAUACAGAGUCUAGGAACAAUGAAUGAAGAUCUGGAGUAGAUUAACAGCCAGAUAAAACCUUGACAAGAAACAGUCAAGGCAAUUGAUCAGCCCAAAGACAGCGGAUACUAAAUACAUAAAAGACUGGUGGACUGGGUACUCUGGUUGCAUAGCCAACAGCAAUUAACAAUACUUUCAUCAAAAGUAAGGGUGCAUACAUCUGCAACACAGGUUUGGGUGCCUGUUCUGGAGGGAAUUAGUUUCCUCUUCAGUAUUCAAUAUGACUUUUUAAAAGGACUAGACAAAUGCUUGGAAGCUAGGCCUAUCAGUGGCAAUUUUCUGUGACAGCUAAAAUGUCCAGUUAAUAUCUAGGAAGGCUUUGGGUCCUGAUGCAAUUCCUGAUGAAGUUUCUUAAAGCUGUUCUGGACUAGUGAGCCAUCUCUUGGCAGCUCUGUUUACAAUAAUUGAUAAAACUGGCUUAAUGCUGGGCUCUUGGACCAAUGCAAUGCUGGUACCAUUAUUUAAGAAGGCAUCCACUCACUACCGAGCAAUUAUCGCCCUAUCAGCCUCCUCUCUAUUAUAGGAAAACUCUAUGCCAGACAUUUGGUCAAUAAACUUAUAAUAUGGAUGUCUGAGCACAGUAUUUUGCGGCCCGAGCAGAUAGGUUUCUGCAAUGGGACAGCUAAAAUGCAAGUCUGUAUUCAGCAGAAGUAUACCCCUGAUUUCUCAGAGCUGGGGGCCAGCUCAAAGGGAUGGCUGUCCCCACCCUGGUUUGCUGGUGUGCUUCUAGUUUGGCCACCUGGAGACUAGACUAGGUUGCUGUAAGUUCUUAUCCCACACUGAAAUCUAAAGUUUUCUCUUGUUCCCGUGUGUCCAUAUUUGUGUAGCAGAUAAAUUUCUCCUUAACUAAUUCUAUCCAGCAGAUACAGGGCAAAUACCUACAAAAAAUGCAAAUAGUACACCCACAAAACAUUUCCUACAAACACAUGGCCUGUGUGCAUACCAUACAUUUUAAGCCCAUGACCAAAGCUGUCAACAUUUCCCUUUUUUAAAGGGAAAUUCCCUUAUUCCGAAUAGGAUUCCUCGCAAGAAAAGGGAAAAGUUGACAGCUAUGCAUGACUGUCCCCAAAGAAUCCUGGGAACAGUAGUUUGUCAAGGGAUCUGGGGAUUGCAGCUCUGUGAUGGGUAAACUAUAGUUCUCAGGAAUCUAUAGAAAUCUUAGGAAUCUCAGGAAUUGGGGUAAGUCAUGUGCUUUCAGUUUAUGUUGUAUACACAGCCUAAGUCUCCUUCUCCUCCUUUUUCUAUUGCACACCUAUUUUUGCAUUUACUUUUGUUGCUCCUUUAAGUUUUAGGUCUUCACAGCUCCAGCCCUCUGCAUAAACAGCUUGGUAUCCUGUUUUGCUUUUCUCCCCAUAACUGCAACUAGACAGAACACUGGGUUAAAGGAUUCAAGGAUUUUUCCAUUAAUAAUCCUCACACCCGUUUCCUGGCCAGUAUGCUGUUUAAGAAGGGAUAGAGGUAAUUCAUUCAAGGGUAGGGAACUGUACUAAUAAGUAAGGAGAAAAUCUGAGAGUGCCAGCAAAAGGAAAAACUGAGUUUUUGUGGUAAUUGCUGAUCUAUUUUUGUAGAACAUUUUUUCAAAGCAUAUAUGUACUUUCUCUAACAAGGAACAAGAAUGGCAUGGCUUGCUCGCCUUGAGUGAAGUUUUGUCCUGUAGGAUCUGAAGAUGCUGUCAGGGCCCUGACCAGCAGAAUUCCUUUCUGUACAAAACCUGUUAAGUGGUGUUAUUGAACAUGAAACGCUCUGAAAUUGUAUCCAGACAAUGUUUUUUCAAAAAGAAAGAAUUUGAACUCUUUUCCACAUGAUGCACUGCUGAGUAGCACUCCAUCUUUCAGCACACCAGUGCUUCCAAUGAAAUGGAGGGAGGGAAGAAUCUUGAUUGGGGAGGAGUGGAACCUUGAUCGGGGGCAAACUUGUUUGCAUCUAUUCUUGGUUUCUGUUCAGAACCAAUGAUAUGUAUUAUACAAUGUUCAGAAAAGAAAAGAAAAAUGCCAAAGGUUCUCGCUCCACAUUCCUUCUGGGAAGAGGGUUGUCUUGUUCAUGUUUGCCCCACAUAACCCCUUUGUUUGUUCUCCUUACACUUCACCAGGUGACUUGCUGGAUUCAGGGAUUAGAAGGGCACUGCAAACUCAUAACAAUAUGAAAUCAUACAAGUGCAGAACAAAACACAAAAAUAUCAAUGGGAGGCUGUCAGUUGUUCAAAAUUAAAUUGCCCUACCUCUUUCCCAGUAUAGCAGAGGAGGAGGGAGGUAUGCAUGUGUGGGAGGGAACACAGUGCAGGAAUUCUAUGUGUGUACCCACAACAAAAUAGCAUAUCCAGGGAUGGAAAUGGAUGGAGACCUUUAAGCAAGCCCACGGGAUCUGAAAUAUCUUCCAAAGGACCAACUAGUGAUGUCAGCAUCUCCUUUCCUCUGGUUUUGUAGACACAAGUGGUUCUCAGGCACGUAUAACUGUAUUUUGGGGCCUAUGUUUUGGUGAUACUUAGGAAAUCAUAGGGCUGUUUACAGCCUUCUUCUUCUUCUUUGGCGAUCACUCUUAGCCGAGUAAAAUUGUCUUCCAUAAACACGGUUUUAACAAUGAGUCUGUAAGUGACUGUGAAGGCCAAUUCUGGACCCACACGUCCUUCCACAGUGGGGACAUUGGUUCCCGGAUGGGAGCUGAUCACAGUGUGGAUUUGCCAAGCAUGCCUUCCUCUUAGUACGUUUCUCCCUUGCGUUCUGAGUUUGAGUGUCUUCAAAGUCCAUGACACCUUUGGUAAAGGCUGUUCUCCAACUGGAGCACUCGCAGGUCAGUGUUUCCCAGUUGUCAGUGUUUAUACUACUUUUUUAAGAUUUGCCUUGAGGCAGUCUUUAAACCUCUUUUGUUGACCACCAGCAUUAUGCUUUCCAUUUUUAAGUUCGGAAUAGAGUAGUUGCUUUGGACGAUGAUAAUCAGGCAUCUGCACAAAAUGACCAGUCCAAUGAAGUUGAUGCUGAAGAAUCAUUGGUUCAACACUGGUGAUCUUUGCUUCAUUCUGUACACUGAUAUUAGUUUGCCUGUCUUCCGAAGUGAUGUGUAAGAUUUUUUCGGAGACACCGUUGAUGAAAUCCUUCAAGAAGUUGGAGAUGGCAUUUGUAAGUGGUCCAGGUUUCACAAGCAUGCAGUAAGGUUGGUAGCACAAUAGCUUUGUAAAUACCGUAUUUUUCGUUCUAUAGGACGCACAUUUCCCCCUCCAAAAACUAAGGGGAAAUGUGUGUGCGUCCUAUAGAGCGAAUGCAGCCUGCGCCGCUAAGCCCAAAGCCAGAACAGGAAGACGGAGCACUGCGGAGCGCUCCGUCUCGCUGUUCUGGCUUGGGAACAGCCUUGCUAGCUUCUGCAGGACAGCGGGGUGAAGGCACCCCGCUGCCCUGCAGAGGUUUGCGCGCGGCCCUCCCCAAGCUAGAGCAGCGAGACGGAGCCCUCCGUCUCGCUGUUCUGGCUUGGGAACAGCCUUGCUAGCUUCUGCAGGACAGCGGGGUGAAGGCACCCCGCUGCCCUGCAGAGGUUUGCGCGCAGCCCUCCCCAAGCUAGAGCAGCGAGACGGAGCCCUCCGACGCGCUGUUCUGGCUUGGAAACCGCCUUGCCAGCUUCUGCAGGACCGCGGGGUGACGGCACCCCGCUGCCCUGCAGAGGUUUGCGCGCAGCCCUCCCCUCGCUAGAGCAGCGAGACGGAGCCCUCCGUCUCGCUGUUCUGGCUUGGGAACAGCCUGCUAGCUUCUGCAGGACAGCGGGGUGAAGGCACCCCGCUGCCCUGCAGAGGUUUGCGCGCAGCCCUCCCAAGCUAGAGCAGCGAGACGGAGCCCUCCGUCUCGCUGUUCUGGCUUGGGAACAGCCUUGCUAGCUUCUGCAGGACAGACGGCUGCGCGCAAACCUCUGCAGGGCAGCGGGGUGCCUUCACCCCGCUGUCCUGCAGAAGCUAGCAAGGCUUUUCCGAAGCCAGAACAGCGAGACGGAGGGCUCCGUCUCGCUGCUCUAGCUGGGGACGGCUGCGCGCAAACCUCUGCAGGGCAGCGGGGCGCUGCGCUCCAAAGGCUUCAGGGAUCUUUGAGGCUGGCGGUGGGGGAAAGCAGCGCUUCCCCCCACCGCCAGCCUCACAAGCUCUGGUGAAUGUACCUUGAACGCACCUUGUUUUGGAGGGGGAGAACAAGAAAAAAAAUCUUUUUCCCUGUUCUCCUCCUCCUAUGAUCCGGUGCGUCCUAUGGUCCGGUGCGUCCAAUGGAGCGAAAAAUACGGUAAGCAUUUUGGUUUCCCUGCGAAUGUCCUGGUCCUCAAACACUCUGCACUUCAAUCGGGAGAAAGCCACACUCGCAGAACUCAGGCAAUACUGGAUUUCGGCAUCAAUGUUGACCCUUGUGGAAAGAUAACUGCCUAGGUAGGAGAAGUGAUUGACAUUUUCCAACAUUACACCAUUGAGUUGGAUUUGUGGCACUGCAGAGGGGUUAUUUUGUACUUGUUGGUGCAGCACUUUGGCUUUUUGGAUGUUGAGCAACAGGCCAACCUUUUCGUAAGCUUCUGGAAAGAUAUUUAGGAUGUUUUGAAGGUCAUCCUCUGAGAGUGGACACACUACGUUGUCAUCAGCAUACUGAAGCUCUAUGAUGGAAGUUACGGUAGCCUUACUCUUUGCUUUUAGCCUGCUCAGAUUGAAGAGCUUCCAUCUGUUUGAUAUAUGAUUUCUACCUCAGUGUUUGCAUCUAUUCUUAUAGUUGUAUUAGCAUCAGCAGGCUCCACCUUCUGGUGAAUAAACCCCCCUUUGGGCUCACCCCUCUUUGAGUGGGUGGAGUCAAUCUGUCGUGGUCCAAUGCCUAAGCCAAUACCUUCUCACUUGCUGUAAUCAAUAAAGUUGUGGCCUUUCCUUGCCCAUUAACCUUAUACUCUGUGUCUGUGUGUCUUUAUUCCACAAGCGGGGAUCGGGUCCUCGAACCACAACCAUUGUUAUCUGUGAUCGUUGCUGUCAUAUUAUCAUGGAGGAGCCGAAUGAUGUUUAAAAAUUUAUUUGGGCAGCCAAUUUUCAGAAGGACAGUCCACAGGGCAUUACGAUUUACAGUGUCAAAAGCCUUAGUCAGGUUGAUAAACGCCAUAUACAGAGGUUGGUUUUGCUCUCUGCAUUUUUCCUGAAGCUGUUGAGCGGUGAAAAUAAUGUCCACUAUCCGCCUAGAAGGCCGAAAACCAUUUUGGGAUUCAGGAAGGGUCACCUCGGAUAUUGUUAAGAGACAGUUUGCUAAGAUUCUUGCAAGAAUUUUGCCGGCCGCAGCUAAUAGAGAGAUGCCUUGAUAGUUUCCGCAAUCAGUUCUGUCACCUUUUAAAAAGAGAUUGAUAAAUUUGGCAUCCCAGUCUGCUGGGAUCACUUCUCUUUCCCAGAUUUUUUUGAUGAGCUUGUGAAGUUGUUGUGUAAGUUCAAUUCCACCCACUUUGAAGAUUUCGGCAGGUAUCCCAUCAGGUCCACUGGCUUUGUUGUUUUUCAUUUGGUUAAUAGCUGUACACAACUCUCCCAGAUUUGGAGAUACUGCAUGCAGCUGGGAAAGCAGAGGCUAACUUGUUUUUGCAGAAUUUGUGAGAGGACCUCAGCAGUUACGGGGGAGUUGUGGCUAAGGAGAUGUUGGUAGUGUUCUUUCCAGUGCAGUGCAAUAGCUUCUUUAUCUUUUAGAAGUGUGGUACCAUCUGCUGAGCGUAGGGGACAUAUGCCAUGAUUUAUUGGCCCAUAGAUGGUCUUUGUGGCUUUAAAGAAACUCUGUGCAUCAUGAGUGUCGGCUAAGUGCUGGAUCUCUUGAGCUUUUUUAAUCCACCAGGUGUUUUUUAGUUCUCUGGUUCUUCUUUGAACCUUGCCUUAGCGUUGGCAUAGGUUUUUUCUUAGUGGCACAGUUUCUAUCUCUUUGCCAGAUCUAAAAGGCCUUCCUUUUCUUGUCACUCAUGCGUUCAAUCUCACUGUCAUUCUCAUCAAACCAGUCCUGGUGUUUCUUGGUUUGGUAUCCAAUAGUUUGUCCGCAGGCUGCAAUAAUGGAUGUUUUUAGCUUGGUCCAGUGUUCCUCAAUGUUAUCAGGGAAUUCUGAAAGCAGAUGGUCCUUAAGAGUCGUUUGGAAGCAAUCCCACUUAAUGGGAUCUUGAAGGGCUUGAGUGUUCAUUUUGCGCCUUGGUUUCCUUCCUUGAAGCCUGUGUUGAGGUAUGUAGACAUUAAAGAAAAAUUUUACUCUCAGCUGGGUACUGUCCUAUCAGAGACGCCUAAGGAAGAUAAAAUUAUCUUCCUGGGUGAUUUUAAUGCAAAAGUUGGGCGAGAUUUUGGUCUGUGGCCUGGGACUAUUGGGAAAGAAGGAAUUGGCAAUAGCAACCAGAACGGAAUCUUACUUUUGACGACAUGUGCAGCGCACAACCUUGUUAUUACCAACACACUCUUUCAACAGAAAAAUAAAUUUAAAACUUCAUGGAGGCAUCCUCUGUCAAACCACUGGCACCUCUUAGACUAUGUUAUUGUCUGUGCUAAAGAUCGACAUGAUGUGCUCCUUACCAGAGCUAUGACGAGCGCCGACGACUGUUUACAGUAGUUGGCAUCAUGUUAGAGAGCAGACAAAUUUAGCUUCUUUUUAAAAUUCUCCUCAAAAUGGUUACAAAUUAUUUUUGUUUUUCCAGCAUUUAUAAUUUCUGUAUCUAUAUAUCAGUAAGAUUUUAUAGUCAUCCUGAAUUUUAAAAAAUAAUAAUUGGAGGUGCCAAUUUCAAAAUAAUGAAAAGCAAGACAGGGCUGGGUAGCUGGCUGCCUAUGAAUGUGAUUUUUCCAGUGAAGAAUUUUGAUCUGGUCGGUGGUAACCCUGGCAAAUGAAAUUUUGCCAUAGCUUCAUGCAUAAUGGAAAUAAAAGUUUUCAAAAGUUAUAUGAGAGAGAGAGAUCCUCUUUUAGCUUUGUAAUACUGUCGUUGGUACCUACUAGAAGCAAUAAGACAUUGAUUCUGCCUAGAUGUUAUGGGAAACCUUGGUUUUCUGGGAUGAAUGAGCAAUGGCAGGAUUAUCCCCUGCCUCCCAAUUCUACAAGAAGACUGAAAGCUUUUUCUUUCAGUUUAAACUAACCAUAGUUUAAAACUAUGGUUCAAAAAGCAGUUCAAAAGCAUACCAGUGCAAGUAGAUAAAUAUGUACUGCCGUGGCGAGAAGGUAAACGGCAUUUCUGUGCACUCUGGCUUCCGUCACAGUGUUUUGUUGUGUGAGAAGCAAUUUAGUCAUGCUGGACACAUGACCCAGAAAGCUGUCUGUGGACAAAAGCCGGCUCCCUCAGCCUGAAGCGAGAUGCAUGCCGUACCCCAUAGUUGCCUUUGACUGGACUUAACCAUCCAGGGGUCUUUUACCUUUACCUAGUUCUCUUGAGAACAAGUCAACAUGAAACCACGGUUUUAGAUCUUAGCUUGUUCUGAAACCGUUGUUUUAACAAUCCACAGUUCUUCAAGCUCAGAUAUUGUGGGCAACUGUGGAUAGUUUGAAACCAAAAGCUUGUCUGCUUCAUGAAAGGAGAGAGGAACCAGCAAACCUGAAGCCUCACCAUGGCUGUUCUCAUAUUGGGAAGCCAUCAUUUCCUGUUGUGUAUGAACCAAGCAAUUGUAUGUGUUUCAUAUACUUUUAUCAUAUCGCUUUCACGAUGAGGGAUAGUUCAGUUGGUUGAACAUGAGACUCUUAAUCUCAGGGUUGUGAGUUUGAGCCCACAUUAGGCAAAAGAUUCCUGCACUGAACGGGGUUGGACUAGAUGGUACUUGUGGUCCCUUCCAACUUUACAAUUCUAUGAUUAGGUGUGGUUGGAAAGCUGGAUGGAGAAUAUGGUUGUUACAUAAAAUAAUGAUCCAGCUCUGUGAGCCAAUGUAAAUCCAUCGUUGUCAAAUGCCGGGUCUGUUAGAGCAAUUUACUAGCAGAUUGGUAGAGUUAGAAACUCAUAAACCCCUUGCACAACAUCUAGUGGGCUUUCUGUCUCACAGUUUUGCUUGAUAAGCAUAGUAAUGCAUCUCCUGCCGAGAAGGGCAAAUCAGCGCUUGUAAUGUCAUAGUUUAAAAGGUUCCUGAGUUGGCAGCCUGGCAAAAAUUAAGAGUUGCUUUGCUGGAGCAUAUAGAGUUCAUUGAGUUCAGCAUUCUGUUUCUAAUAGCAACCAACAAGAAGCUUAAAAACCCCUGGAAGCUUAAAAGCAAUGAAGGUGAUUCCAUUCCCUGUUGUUUAUCUCUAGUUGCUUUUUUGUAGUGUUGACGCAUAAGUCCUGCCUAUUGUACAUAGAUUUAUUGACAUAGUAGAUCUCUCUCUUGCUGAAGUUUGUCUUCAGCCUUGGCAUCAAAAGCUGGCAUGAUUGGGCACAUGUUGAUGUUCCUGGGACUUGGAAGGAGACAUCAGGUGAGGCCCUGGGGUGGCUGAGCAGUCAAGUCCAGCCCCACUCACCCAAACACUGUGGACCACCGCCUGGCAUUGCAAAGGCCAUUGGGACCAUACCAUGUGCUGCUGCUUGCUACCACCAGCCAUUCACCCAUUAGAGCUGAGUGGUGGCUUUGUUUCCUCCCAUCCAAAAGCACCACUACCCUCACUUCCAGGCAUAGCAGCUGAGUGACUGGCAGUGGCAGCAAGCCGCAGUGCUACCUGGGGAUCUUGAGGGUUGCAGUCAUUCACCUUAUCCUGUUGGACAGGCAACCAUAGAGCUUUUGGAUGGGAACUGAGCUGCUGGUGGGCUCUGCUGUAGGCAGUUCCUUCUUAGGUUGCCCAAAAUGCCGUGCCCAGCCCCAAGCGCAGCAGUUUGGGCAAUCUAAGAUGAUGACAGCUCACAACAGAUCAAAGCAAAGGCCUGGCUCCCAUUCAAACAAUGUCAUUACAGCUGCCAACCAGAUAAAUACAUCUCAAAGAAGUGUGUGACAAGCUGUAGCAGAGGACCAGAGGUCUAGAGAGGCAUCUGCAGUACCAUGCCAAGGACCUAUUGAAGUUUGGCACCAGACAUGUCUUUGUUUUACAGUGUCUGGUUUGAGGGAUGGAAAAAAAAACAAUAGAACCUGCAGCAUCAUGGGGAACUGUUCUUCAGGUUUCCAGCCACUCUGUUUGAGUUCCUCCUCCACCUUUUCUCUUCCAACAGUCAUUCAGCAUUCCAGAGCUACUAAGCAUGCUCAGUCACCACUGGCAGUUUUUGAGGUUCCCUCUCCACUUAGGUUUCCCCCUCUAAAGAUGUGCCAUGCAUCUGCAAACCUUGGGGCUCUCCCAAGUCUGCUGAUCCCAGCCUCUUGUGGAUAGCGGGCAGUGAUGGAUGAAUCUGUCUAUUUCUGUUUUGCUCAGUUUCUCAUUUUUCCAGUCUUUAGUUCAGUUCUCCAUAUUUCCACAUCAGUUUGCAUUUUGUAAAGCAAAAAAUUUUCACCAGGAGCCUGGACAGCUGAGUUGGUUAGAGCAUGGUGCUGAUAAUGCCAAGGUUGCAGGUUCAGUCCCUGUAUGGGAUGUCUGUAUAUUCCUGCAUUGCAGUGGGUUGGACUGCAUGAUCCUCAGGGUCUCUUCCAACUCUUUUAUGAUUCAUCAGCAUUCUUGUACAGAUUCUCCUAAUAUGCGUAUGUUCAUAUGCAACUUGGCCUAAUAUGCAAUUUUCACAAAGUGAAAUAUUGCAGUUCCAUAUAUUACUUUCACAGAUAUAUGCAAUCUCUGCACAGUUUAACCCCAAUGCGUGCAUUUUUGUACAUAUCACUUGGCUGGAGAACUGCUCUGCAAAAUUCAGAGAAAUGCAAAUUUCAAAGGAUGCCUUGUUUUGGUCCUCAUAUUCUUUUGAAAAGUGCAAAUGAGGUAGAUUUGCCUGCAAAUGCAAACUGAUUCACUUCUCUCCCCCAACCCUACUGGGUGGUGCCAUGUUGGAUAGAUAAGAUACAGCACUCACAGCUUGAACAUCAGUAAUAGGUGAAAUAAUAGGUGACUCUUCCACGUUGGCAUCAAUCUUUUUUAGGACCUGCUUUUAAUAACCGCAGGAGCUUUAGAAUUCAGUAUUUCCCAAACUUGGAUCGCCAACUGUUUUGGACUAUAACUCCCAUCAUCCCAUGCUAGCAAGACCAGCGGUCAGGGAUUGUAGUCCGAAAACAGCUGGAGACCCAAGUUUGGGAAACAUUGGCUUAGAUGAUAGACAGGGUUGUUUGGGGGAUAAAAAGGGGGGGGAGGAGAACUAUGUACGCCACCUUGAGUUGCUUGGAGGAGAGGUGGGAUUUAGAUGUAUGUAUGUAGAAUUAAUAAAUAAAAAUAGCUUCAGGUCCUCUGGCUUAGAUGCCUGGUGUCCCAAGCCUCACCAAAGUAAGGGGGAAAUUAGAUGUUGGUGGAGGUGUGUGGCAAGCUCUGAAAAUGCUUCUGCUCUUAAGUUUUCAACCAAUGCAAUAGAACAACUGGAUAAUAACUUUGUGCGUCAUUUAAAGUCUAGCCAGGUUGGAGUACUGCAGUCAAUUUUACCUUUCUACCAUAUAUCAGGAGUAAUACAGUACUUCAAGCACCUGUUAGGGAAGCUAAAGAAAUGCAGGGCAUUUUGACAUGGGGCCGAAGAUGAUGAAGAAACUUGCAAUGGGUUUUAUCAAGUGCUUGUGCCUUUUCAGCCUUAGAAGCCUUCAGAACCACUUCUAAUUCAGUUAGUGUGAAGAUUGAUGUAUCGUUUGCAUCCACACUUGGCAUCCCAAUUGCCUCUCUCAAUUUACCUUGCACUUCAUGAUUGAUUUCCUUGUCCGCUUUUGUUCAUGAAAUCAGCAGUAGCCCUAUCACCAGUAAUUGCAUACUCUCGCUUUCCCCAGGCUGGGAUAGACCAUUAGUCAUUUGGAAUUUCUGUUGGGCCUGCUUGCUUGAACAGGUCAUGUCAAUUGUUUUAACAGCUUAAAGCCAUCUCUUUAUUCUGAUGGGACUUAGAUGCUGGAUAUGUGCUUCUGUAAUGACUUUGGAUUCUUCUGGUGUUUUACCAACUAAAUUCGCAGUUGCAUUUUGGGGUUGCGGCAGACCUUAGUUUUUUCAAAGGGUUCAAAGCACUUUGAAAAUGGUGUGUAUAUACACUCAUCCCACUUUUCCCACUUCCCAGCAAAAAAUGGAGAAUCCUGAAUUGUUCCAAAAGUGUAAAGCCAUGGAAUCACAUUUUGCAUGCUUUGAGAUUUCUGAAAUAUUGCUAUUGCAGAUGCAAAAAUGUGUAGGUGAACAUUAUUCUACACCCUUUUCAACAUGGCAACAUGGACACUAAUAGCAUGACAAUGUGUGGCCUUGCUCCCUGAAGAACUGUGCAUGUACUUUUAAAGCCACAGAAUUAACUGGCAGCCUCUAGAAUGGUCAGAUAACCUAUGGCCUUCCAGAUAUCCUUGGACUCCAACUCCCAUCAGCCCUUAGUCAGUAUGACCAAUGAUCAGGAGUGAUGGGAACUGUAACACAACAGCAACUGGGGGGGCACAGAUUCCCCACCAAUACUCUAGAACAGUGGUUCCCAAUUGGUAACCCUCCCAAGUGUCCGUUGCACCAUUCACAUAACAAAAACUACCACAGAGAUAUCAAAAUAUUCAAAAGUAAGGGGGCUAUGGCUUGGCUUUUGAAAAACAAGGGCUAAUUGGGAACCACUAGAGAAUUAGUCAUGCUAGUAAAAAAAACAUUUACAUACAAGUAACACUAACCCUUUGACUGGCAACUCUGUUAUUCCUGCAUUCUGUAAUAAUGAGAAAUUAGUGACUAUAACCAGUUUUGAUGUAGACUCUGCAUCACAGGAAAUCACUCGUAAGCACGGGUAUCACAGAGAUAUAGCUGUUCUGUUCUGGAUAUAUUAUCAUUUUCCCUUAACAGGGGGGAGCCAUCAAUUUCCUGUGAAAAUGUAAGGCAAGUCAAACCUACCUACUAUUUCCACUAUUUUCUUUUAUUAUUUAUUUAUCUCCUCUGCAGGCAAAUGGCUCUCAUGGAAAAGGUUACAUAUGCUAACAGGAAGUUCCAUUGCUUUAAGAGGAAGUGGGACCUGACAUCAACAGGAAGCCCUGGGCAGCCCAACUACUGCUGCUUUAAAGAGAGAGAGCUCUCUGAAACAAUGUCUGCCAGUAAUUUAGAGCUAGCUAGCAGGAAAUGAAUAUACGCUGCUGUGUGUGGUAGAGAGGAAAUGAUAAGCGCUACCUGGUCUGACAUGGAGCAGAGAUAGCGGGGAGAGAAAAGGCCUUGUUUUCCCUUAUGAUAGAUUUUGUGCCUGCGGUCUGCGAAAUGGAAAACAAAACAAGGAACAAAUCGCAGAACAUAGCAGUGUCCAGGGGAAAGCAGGGAUUUCAGUGGGAGAAAAGCUGGGCUUCAUACUUCCAAGUAUUAGGCAUUCAAAUACUCUAGUGAAAGCUUUAGUAUAGAUAUGUUUCAGAAUGGUAGAUUUAAAGGUCUAGCUAUGCAUGUAAUUGAAUGGGAAAAUCCUGCUUUUCUUAAAUUUCCGGAACUAUAAUUUCCCCUGUUCACUUUUGCUGCUUUGUGUGUGCAUUUCCAAUUUUUGCUACUUCUUUCUGUGAGAGCCUUGGAAGUUUAAAAUGAACUCGUCAAGUAUCAUUCUGAAAUUUUAUCAGAGCAAGCCUUCCUAAGUUCUAUAAUGAUGUAGAUCAAUGGGAUAAUGUGUGUGGGAGAUCAGGUGGGAGGGAGGUACAGCAAUGAUGGGUCUCUAUGGCGACUUAACCGAAAGGAAGCAAUGUACAUGCAAUGAGAAAAAGAGGAAGCGGGUUGUUAAGAGUUCUUGACACAAACAGGUGAUGUAAGCAGUGGCUGAACUUAGGCAAAGGAAUCAAUUAGGACAGAAGCAGACAUUUUGGGGAGAGCGUCCAUAGAGCUCUCCCCAGCACAGUUCCUUAAGGCCUGCUUCAUAGCCUGCCAAUUCUGAUUCUAAUAUAUCUGAAAUGUGCCCCCAGAUGCACCCCAGUGUGAGUGUGAUGUGAUGACCCAAAAUGUAGCAUCCAGGCUAAUGUGUAGCACAGUCAUCAGCAUGUAAAGUAAGCCCCACUGAGCUUGAUGGAGCUGAAACCCCUUGGAAUCGUGCCUGGGGUUGCACUUUCGUGGUAGAAUUUUCUGCUGAUUUAUAUAUUUAUUAUUCGUUUAUGAAAAGCGCAUCAACCACACUCUUUGUUGUGAAUAAUUUCAGAGCAAGUGUCAAGUUAAAAUGUAGAGUGUCUACAUAAAACACUAGAAACACCGGGGGGAAUAAAAAUACAGCCGGAAUAACAACAACAACAAGUGAUUUGACACUAAAUGCCCAUGAAACCCAGUAGGAUGUCACCAGGAGCAAAAUCCAGCACAUCCUGGUUCAGGAUGGGGCAGGGCUAAAAGCAGGUUUACCUUCUUUGCAUACAGAUUAACAGGAGAUAUGUGCACAAUUCAUUAAUGGGUUGCAAAGUGACCUGAGGGAUCCUUCUCCAACUCUGUCUUCCUGGUUCCCUUCAAAAGCAACUGCAGUGGCCUACAAGUGCCUAGCUAGUGCUGCCACCACCACCACAAUCAUUCAAAACGACGUUAUAGCAAGUGCCUCUGGGAACAAGAGGACUUGAUGACAUGCCAUUGUUCCCAGAGGGAGUUGACGGGGAGGACAUGGCUGCCCCUGUGACCUUUCUGCUGGAGAUUCUGAGAAGGAGGUUAAACCCCUGAAUCUCCCGGUCAAGAAAGAGAUGGGUAAAUCUGUCAAACAUGGUCUCUCAUUUUUUCAGUCUUCGGUUCUCCACAUUCGCACAUCACCUUGCUUAAAAAAAAAAAAAAAGUCUUCAUGAAAAUUCACCAGCAUUUUGAUAUAAAUUCUCCUCAUAUAUACAUGUUUGUAUGCAAUUUUGCCAAGCCCCCAUUUGUGCAAAGCCAUUUCCCCUUUUCACAAAUGUAUGCCCUUUCAUACAUACUUUACCCCUGUAUAUGCAUUUUUGUACCCGUUGCUUGCUUGGCGAACAGCGUGGCAAAAUUGGGAGAUGUGCGAAUUUCGAAGAAUGGCUACCUCUGGGUCCUCAGAUUGUUUCGGAAAUUGCAGAUUAGGUAGAUUUGCCUUUGGAUUUGAACGGUGUUGAAUUUCUCCCCUAUUGCUAGGGCAAACCCUGAGAGCUAAUAAAGUACUUGAACAUGUCUGCUGGUCAUUAUUAGACUUGUGCUUUAAAAAAAACCUUGCUGGUGGAGCAGCAGGAAUUCUAACACUUGCCAUCUAAGUAUUGGGAUAAACGGCUCAAUUUCCUUUACAGAAAGCCUCACGGUGUUGUAGCAACUUGUCCAACAAAAUGAAGUGGGAAAGUACAGGCGACUGAUGCAAUAGUACCUGCUACAUAGAUAGUCCAGGAUCACAGCAGUGUCGUCCUGUCUGUUCCUCUUGCAAGCAGAGCGUGGGGCAGCCAGAGUGGAAGUGAACAUGGAAGUUUUAAAAGGGAGAUUCAUUUUUAAAUCCGUUUGAUGUUGGUUAGCUAUCUCCCUGUUCAAACACAGGUGCCUGGGACUUCCAGCAGCCCAGCCACCCUAGCCAAAGUAAACAUUGGCAGAGGAGGGCUGGUCCAUGUUAUCCACCCCCCCUUCUUUUAGAAACUAAAUGCAGUGCUGGUGAAAGGUGUUGGUUUGACAGCUGUAGAGAACGAAGGCCUUUGUCUACAUACGGCACUGUGGAGCAGACAUCCGCUCGCACUGUUUUGUUGAUAUGUCUCAUCCUCUGAUCUCAGUGGGUCUGUCUAAAAGGAAAACGGGACAUAUCCAGUCCUUGGUAGUCUCUCAUCUGCCCCAUAAGGGCCUUUGCUAUGUAUCUUCCUCCCAAGUGUGUGUGAAUCUACAAUAGGUAAACAUUCACCAUAAACAGGCAUACCUUUUAUGGGGCAACUCUGAAGGCCUUUCCAAAUAAUUUGUUCUAGUGCAAAAAGGCAUAGUGGUUUAUAGGUCACCAGUUCCCUGCUUCAUGCCUGAUUUGCCUCAUUAUUGAAUUUGCAUGUUUUAAAUGCAUUACACACUGUGGGGUGUGCUGCCUUAGUGUAAGACCAAAGGUAAAUUUUCAUGACAAUUCUCGGUUAAACUGUCCAAGGACCUCCAAAUUAGGAAGUAAAUAUGUGAAGUUUCCAGCUCUAGUUGAUGCAAUAUUUAUUGCUUGCAACAAAUUCCUGUUUUCUUCUAAAAGAAAGAAAGAAAGAAGCUAUAACAAGGAAGUUGCUACAUGUGCAGUAAAAUGGAUGUAUAUCACCAUGGUGCAGUAAACUGCAUAAGAAAAUGUGGAGAUAACAUUUUGUUUGGACGCCUGCUUCCUAGUUUCUACUAGGUUCUUGUCCCAAGGUUAUCAUCAAUAGGCAAUAAAGGUUUGAUUUAUGUCCUACUGUAAGUGUGGGCGUGUGUGUUUAGAUUUAGGAUUUUGGUUGAGCGAGCUACAAGGACGUAGGCCUGAUUUCUCCAGCAGGUCUUGUUACUGAAAGAUGGCACACCAAUGGUAGUAGUAAGUGGAGGUAUGCUUCAUUACCAAUGAAAGUGUUUUUUUGCACAAAAGCCACAUUGACUCAGAGCACAUUAUAAUAUAAUUUGAAAUGUUAAAGCGGGUGCAAUAUUGCAGAUGAUGAUGAAGAAGAAGAGUUUGGAUUUGAUAUCCCGCUUUAUCACUACCCAAAAGAGUCUCAAAGCGGCUAACAGUCUCCUUUCCCUUCCUCCCCCACAACAAACGCUCUGUGAGGUGAGUGGAGCUGAGAGACUUCAAAGAAGUGUGAAACUAAAAGCUGAUUUAUACAUACAGUGGUACAGUGGUGCCUCGCAAGACGAAAUUAAUCCGUUCCGCAAGAGUCUUCGUCUAGCGGUUUUUUCGUCUUGCGAAGCAAGCCCAUUGACGGAUUAGCGCUAUUAGCGCUAUCAGCUGUUUAGCGGCUAUUAAAGGCUUAAAGGCUUAGGGAUUAGCUGCUAAAAGGCUAUUAAAGGCUAUUAAAGGCUUAGCAGAUUAGAUAAAGGGGGAAAAGCGAAAAAAAUCUCAAGACUCGUAAGGUAUUUUCUGUCUUGCGAGCAAGCCCAUAGGGGAAUUCGUCCUGCGAAGCAACUUCAAAACGGAAAACCCUUUCGUCUAGCGGUUUUUCCGUCUUGCGAGGCAUUCGUCUUGCGGGGCACCACUGUACAUCUAGUUGCAGACACAAUCCGUUCAGGACACCCUGAAAAGUCUGCAACAAGAGCGGCGCUUCUUUCCAUGCUUUGCUGGAAUUGCUUAACAUUAAAUGUAAGAAACCUGGAUCCUAAUGAGAUCAUUCAGCUGCUUAAUAUUUUGCUCAUAGUUUAUAUGCUUAAUAUUUCGCUCAGCUGCCCAGCCAGGGCCUAAUCAAAUGCAAACUCAAAUAGGAAUGUCAGAGAAGUCGGAUGAAAACUGAAAAAGAAGUAAGGGGAAAUUGCUGCAGUUUGUGCACUUCUCUCUCUCUCUCUGUGUGUGUGUGCGUGUCUAGGGUCAGGAUAGAAAUUGGUCCAGCAAAUACGAUCAGUAUUCAUUCAUAGCACCAUCAUUGUUGUUGUUGUUUCUAAGUCCACAAAUGAUAUGUAAUAAAUUACUUUUUUAAACAUUGUUUUGACAUUUCCUUUACACUGAGCUGUGAAAUCCAGCCAGAUGGGCAGAGUAUAAAUAAUAAAAUUAUUGUUAUUAUUAUUAUGCCUACAUUGCAGGGCUUGGACUAAAUGAACUUUGGUAUCACCUCCAAUAUUCUAUUGUUCUAUGACUUACAUUAAAUACGGUAGCAGGCAGCAAGAGGAAUAAUGUAGUAUUUGGCAAGAACCAAACUGCAGCUGAACGGAAGCAGCACCAAUGGUGAUGAAUGGAGUCCAGAACAGAAAUUGCUGCCUCCUUACAUCCCUGUACUCCGAGCUUCUAGAAACUGGCAAUUCAAAACAGAUUUGAGCAGCUUACAGAAAGUGCUUUUAUUUUUUGGAUAUAGGAGGGAAACAAGUGAAAAAUGCUAUCUAACAUUGUUAAGCAGGGGACUGUGGAAUGUUAAAUGCACCCAUGCCACAAAGGAGAUGGGAAGAAGAUUCACAAGAGUGGGAAAUGUUCGGGUUUAACAGGACAUGUUUAUGAUACAUGUGUUAUCACACAAUACCCUAGAUUGGGGGAGAGUUUCUAUGACACUUGGUCAACUUUUUGAUUUUAUUUUUUUAAUAAAAGAAAGAAAUGUUUUCAUUGCAACUCAUUUUCCCCCCUCCCAGCUGAUGCCGGGGGUCCACACUCUCCCUUUCUUCUACAUCUGGUUUCUAUUGUAGUUGUAAAAUGAGGACAUUUUGGCUGCCUGGCACAACUAGCAGAAACUGUGUGACACCAGCUGCCUCUUCCAACUUCCAAGCCUUGAAUAUGGUUUCAAUUAUAGACAUGAGAAGAUUGGGACAUGGAGCUCCAUCCCUUUUCCUCCCUGCUGCCUACAUAUGCUUUCCUCCUUCUCCCCCCCCCCCCCAGAAACAACUGAAAAGUUCUUAUUCAAAGUUCAUGAAUUUUCCAUUUACAUUUCCACACGUAUCAUGUGCGGAUCUUGCUGCAAAUGGAUCUGAGUUUCGUUUUCUUUCCGCACAGGACCUCUGCAGACUAAUCAGAAAUAAAUUAUCUCAGGACCUACCAUGUAGUGAUUACCAUCUUAACCCCACCUCCUGCUAGCACUACCUAAUGUGUCAGAGAGCAAUGCUACUUCUGGAUUUGGGCUCUCCUGAAAGAGAACAUUUUUUGUAUUCUUCGUUCGUACAAUCAAUGCACUGAGGAGCUGGGCUCUGCAGGAAAUUGAUGCAUAGCCCUUUCAUCUCCAGGGACUUGAGGUCAGGACUGUAACUUUUGGUCAGAAGCAAAAAUGAGUCCCUGGUGGAAUUUUUUUUUUUUACAUCACAAAACCACUGCAUAGUCUGACAAAAUAGGCUGUUUUCUGUAGAUUUCAAGGACUGGGAGGGCAGGAAAUGGGGUGUGUGGAGUUAGGGGAGGGAGUUGGCUGCAGUGGUGUGGGAAGUGUAGAGUUGGGAUGCCAAAUUUGGCAUUGCAGGUCAAGGCUGUGGCAAACUAGAAAGAAGAUGGGUAAAGGAUGAUGAAAGCAAAAUAAAUUGGCACCAGAAUAACAAAGAUCUCUCUUGUCGGGUUGGAGGGGAGCAGCAACCAUGAUGUGGAAAGCGUCAAAUUGGGGAAAGGAGAACACAGUUUUUGUGUGUGAUGCCAUUCUAACCCACCCCAAACUUGUGGUUCCAGAAUGCUUCACAUCAGGCAUUUAAAGUGCUAUGAUACCACUUUAAAUGGUCAUGGCUUCCCCCAAAGCAUUCUGGGAGGUGUAGCUACAAUUCUCAGGAUUCCCUGGGGAAAAGGAUUGAUUGUUAAAGCUCUAGAAAUUGUAGCUCUUUGAGAACAGGGAUCUCCUAAACAACUCUCAGCACCCUCAACAAAUGACAGCUCUGAUCAUUCUUUGGGGGCAAGCCAUAACUUGUGGUAUUGUCAGGAUGCUGUUAGCAGCUCCCGGCUCGUUGCCCAGGAAAGUAUAAAGACAAGGAAAAGUUUCUUACAGUCCUUUUUUAUUUCAAUCUUUACAGAGAGAGGCUAUAGAACCUAGCCUCUUGGAUAAUGGUGUUGUCCUAAGUGAAUCUCCAACCCCCCGUCUCUUCCGCUUCCUCAUUCAUCAAUCUCAUCAUCUCUCUUAUGGGUGCUGCUAAGUGCCCUCUGUCUUCAAGCUCUUUGCUCUCCUACUUUUAAGGCUCGCCGGGUUCUGAGAGAUGGUGGGUCUGGAAUAUUUUCUAAUGACAACGUGUCAGCCAGGUGUUGCUCUGGCUCUCCCAUGAUUUCCCAACUUUCCCCCUCAUCUGCCUCUGAGCUGUGACCUUCGGCAAACCACUGUUGUAAAUCUAUACUGUCUUCCUCUUCCUCCUCCCUGGUAGGGUCAGGAUGGGGAGGCGGUCGCCACCAUUCCUCUUCUGCCCAGUCCCUGGCAGGUAUCAUUGCAUUUUAAGUGGUAUCAUAGCAUUUUAAAUAUAUGGUGUGAAUACGGCCAUGGUACCCUUGCCUGCGUAACGAGGCCUAGUGUAGCCUCAGGGUUAUCUAUAGGUUGUGCCAGGCGCCUCCUGCAUCCCUUGAUGCCAAGAUUAGUCCCUGCAAUUUUGCUGCAAAAGCCAAGAUGAUAUCUUUCCCCCAUUCCAUUUACAGAAGGCAACAGGACUGGCAGCUGAAUCUUACUUCAAGCUUGGUGACAGGAUACUUUCCUUCACUGUACCUGAAAGAGCAGGAUAGUUCAGGGCUCCAGACCAGGCUUUGUGGCAUAUUUAAGUGUGUCCUCCUAACAGAGAUCAAGUUAGGAAAUCUGGCUGGUUUUUACUGAACAGGAAAAGGGGGAAAUGCAAGCAUCUGAAAGAAAACUCAAGGAAGCAAUUUGUAUAUUCCACCUGGCUCUUACCUUGGUUCUGUUUGUAGGGUGGAUGAAAAUAGCCUCCUUAAACUGGUUUGUGUGAGGUUCAUUCACAGUGCUUGAGGGUAUUGUUGACCUAAGUUGCUUCUUAAGAGAAUAUGUGUUCUGCAUAAGAUAAAAUAAAGAGGUUUCAGUAUUCAGUGUAAUCCCAUUUCCUGCUGCGAAUUUAUGCUCUCACCGAGUAGUAAGGAAAGAAAUGAUUCGCAACGAUUUCAGAUGUGUGACUGUUAUUUUUCUUUCUUGAUAGCCGCAUUAUUCGGAUGACAGGUUUAUGGACAGUAGAAAACUGUCGCAUGUAGAUCCUGUCAGUUUAUAAAAUGUACUUUUCAGGAUUUCUGAGCUCUUAAACUGUAACUGUUUUAUCUUCAAUGGAGCUGACCUACUCCAUUUGUUUCAUUGAAGCCUGAAAUAAUAAUAAUAAUAAUAAUAAUAAUAAUAAUAAUAAUAAUACGAAGCUAAGGUCUACAGUUGCAAGAAUAUUGUUUACCGGCAGGGUAUAAUCUAAGGAUGAUUUCACCUAGAGGUUCCCCCCCCCGCUUCCAUUUGGGAUAUGUUCAUUCAGCAUAUCCCAAGACCUUUGACUCAAAUGAACAACCUGAACUCAUUUCUUUCCUGCCCGUGGCACAAAUGUGGGAAAACACAGAUUUUAUGCAGACAGCAUAAGCCACAUAGGAGAAGAAACGAUGUGAGCACCCUUUUUGUACCAUCCAUACUUCACGUCAUGCUGGAUCCAAUAUUUGUAGUUGUGUGCCAAAGCAAGGGUGCCAGCACUGUUUGUGGAUUGGGCCCUCUCACCCCCUCACAUACAAUUUGCAUAGGCUUUGUAACAUAAGCAAAUUUGUGUUCUCUUUUGCAGAUGGAGUAGAGGAUCCAAAUAUAAACCAGCAGCCAUGCAUGCAAUAGAAUGCCUAAAUGUGAACGGGUGAAGCUUUCCCCAUAUUUGUAUUUCCUUUUUAGAAAGGCUUAGCCUGUUGAAUUUCUGCCUACCCCACAGCUGCUACAGGCUCAAGAGCUAUGGUUUCCCCAAAUGCCAACUGUAAACCAAAGCCUAGGCUGCCAUUCUGUGUGGCUUCACCUGGUAGCAAGCCCUAAUAAACACAAACAAAAUUACUUCUCAGUGGACAUGUGUACUACUGUACUGCAGGUUAAUUAUACAGGGAAUUCGUAACGAGUGCCUGGAGACAUAAGCCUCUUUGCAAAGUUUUUUCACGUUGAGAGCCAGUGUGGUGUAGUGGUUAAGAGCGGUAGUCUCCUAAUCUGGGGAACCGGGUUCGCGUCUCCGCUCCUCCACAUGCAGCUGCUGGGUGACCUUGGGCCAGUCACACUUCUUUGAAGUCUCUCAGCCCCACUCACCUCACAGAGUGUUUGUUGUGGGGGAGGAAGGGAAAGGAGAUUGUUAGCCGCUUUGAGACUCCUGAAGGGGAGUGAAAGGCGGGAUAUCAAAUCCAAAUUCUUCUUCUUCUUCUUCUUAUUUUGGUAUUAAUUCAUAUUUAUGUAUGUUGGGCAGGUGCAAGUGUGGAGAUCUCCUUAGAUUUUACGGUUGUUGUGCAUGUGUGUAUGGAAUAGUGUAUAAGAUAGACAGUAAGGACUGACACGAUCCGAGACCAGGAAGAAGAGACGUUGGAUGAAGAUUGGAAAAAAUUAUAAAUAAAAACUUUCUAUUUGGGGAAUUAGCUUAAAAUUAAUGAAUAUUAGGGAAAAUGUUGGAAUGAAACUAUAUGACUCUAGCAGAAAUGAUAUCAGGAGUUAUGUAUAUUUGAAAACUAAGAUUUAAGCCUUAAGGUAUUUUAGGGUAAGAUAAGGUUAAACAAACUAAGGUAAUUUGAAUAACAGAAUAUGGGGAAAGAUGGAAAGGAUUUGUUGAGCUAAUUAUUAGGUUAAAUUGUUAAGAUAAAAUUUGUAACAAAAAUUGAGAAAGAUGGAAAGAAUUUGCUGAAAUAACUAGUUGAACUGGAAUGCAAGAAGGGAGGUGUGAGGAGGUCAAUGAAACAAGCAAAUGGAAGUUAUAGAUAUGUAAUUUGGGAUUUGUGGGUUUUUUUCUGUCUUCCUUUUUUCUUUUUUUCUUUUUUCUGUACUGUUGUACUGUUGUACUGGUUUUUGCGUUUUCUUUUUUCUCUUUUUUAUGUAUUAUUGUGUUGUUUUUUAUAUAUUUUUUAUUUUCUAUGAUUUUGAAACUAUUAAUAAAUAUUAUUUUAAAAUAAAUAUAAGAGACAGGGGAACGAGUAGGCUUCCGUAAAUGAAGUAUAUUGUUGGAAGCUUCAGCUGGUUAAUCUGUUUCACAUUGAAUGUUUUCUUCAUUUUUACCUCAGUAUUUGGUUAAAUAGGAAAUAAUAUUUUUGUUGCAGGAUAGUUUUGCUUGUUUACCCCAUGAUAUGAUUGUUUAGUUGUCUAUUGGACCUGCUUAUAUGAUUUUGUUGUUUUGUAUAUUGUUUUUUUCCUGGGUUUAUUUUUAUUACUUUAAUAAGAAAACAUUUAAUGAAGAGUGGGCUAUAAAUACUGCAAAUAAAUACCCCCCCUUUAUUGGAAGCCACUCAGAGAUUGCAAUAUUCUUAGGUGGCAUAUGAAUGCAACAAAUAAUAAUAAAAUAUUCUUUAUUCAUCAGCUUUUGGCCAUUGUAAAUGAUCAUAAAAGGUAAAGGGUCCCCUGACCUUAGGUCCAGUCGCGGACGACUCUGGGGUUGCAGCGCUCAUCUCGCUUUAUUGGCCAAGGGAGCCGGUGUAAGGCUUCCGGGUCAUGUGGCCAGCAUGACUAAGCCGCUUCUGGUGAACCAGAGCAGCGCAUGGAAACACCGUUUACCUUCCCGCCAGAGCCGUACCUAUUUAUCUAUUUGCACUUUGAUGUGCUUUCGAUCUGCUAGGUGGGCAGGAGCUGGGACCAAGCAACGGGAGCUCAUCCCAUUGCGGGGAUUUGAACUGCCGACCUUCCGAUCGGCAAGCCCAAGAGGCUCAGUGGUUUAGACCACAGCGCCACCCUUGUAAAUGAUCAUAUUAUGGCAUAAAAGGCAAUUCAAGCUGAGGACCCCAGGGAAAGACCUCCCUUUUGUGCUUAAUCCUUCCUUUCUUUCUUUCUUUCUUUCUUUCUUUCUUUCUUUCUUUCUUUCUUUCUUUCUUUCUUUCUAGUUCCCCCGGUACUGAAGAGCUGCGCAGAGUUCAUAGAGACACACGGAAUUGUGGACGGAAUCUACCGGCUUUCUGGAGUGACGUCCAACAUCCAGAAACUGAGGUGAGGUGAAUAAGAGAACCAAAUGCAAGAAAGGCCCAGUGUUAACCAUCCAUUGCGUUAGAACAGCAUAUGAACAUGCCUGGAUUGAGGGUGGCUGGCUUUCGGUGGAUAGAUAGCAACCCGGCUAUGGCAAGCCAACUCCAGAGUAGCCUUAAAGCUCACGAUAAACGAGUUUAUAACCAGAGCUAAGUCAUUUGAACUUUACAGGGCAUUUGCAAUGCAGAUUACCAAUGUGUCCAACUACCCUCCUGUGCAGAUGGACUCUGGAUCAUAGAGCACAGGCUUUGAGAAAACUCAUUCCUUUCUUCAAAGCUCAUUUCGUUAUUUUUGAAGAUCUACUUGAGGUUUAUCCUCAUGGCUUCUGUGUUUUAUAGGUGUUAGAUUAUGGGAGUAAAUCCUGCCCUGCUCCUUUCCCCCUUAUAGUAUAACUAAGGCCUAUAUAUGUACGUUACAGGUUAAACCCUCACUCAAGUUUCCUGCUGCAGGAAAGGGGUGAAUGGAUGAUGAUAGACAGUGCUGACUUGCUUAUGAAUAUACUCAGCUAGGUCUCUCUCCAUUCCUAAAAUAAAAAUGGGGGGAGAAAAAACACAAAUUGAACGGGUUGUUCCUGCAAAGGCGCUUGUGUACAGCGUGUGUAAUUGGGCCUUCUGUGAACCAGCCCUAAGACCAUUGCAAAAUUCUGGCCACCAGCUCGGCGGUGGCUUAUCGUAGAUAAUCUUCAUGCAAAUGGCAGUUAAAACAUGGAAAUGAUGUCUAACUAGCAUAUGCAGAAUCCAUACAGCCCUCAAGGUUAUGAUAGGUUUCCAUGGUGAUUCUUGGUGCUGAGCAGGUUCCCCGUCACUGAGGUAAUACAUUAUCAGAUCUUUGCAGCCCAAUCAGUACACCUUUUUUAGCCUUUGUCUGGGCAGAAAUCAAGAUGCAAAUUGAUUCCAUCUCUUGCUCGUUAAACCCACUGUACCUCCUCCAUCUCUGUUGUUUCAGGCAAGAGUUUGGAUCAGAUCAAUGCCCAGACCUGACAAGGGAAGUUUACCUCCAGGACAUUCACUGUGUGGGCUCACUCUGCAAGUUAUACUUCAGGGAGCUACCAAAUCCCCUCCUCACGUAUGAGCUCUACAAGAAAUUCACGGUGAGAUGUUUUCUGCUAUGUCUCCAUUCCUGACAGGCCUCUUCCACUCUUUGACCCACACCAAACUUUUAUCACUGUUGGAGACUUCCAGGUUGGCGCCUCCGGCAAUGGCGGAGCUCCUCCGUUCGGGAGGAACUUGCUCCGUGAAAAACGGUCUGACCGCCACGGCGAAGGUGGAGACCCAUUGAAAUCACAAGCGGGAGAACUUGUGAACCUGGGAUUCGGCUGGCACCUUUUGCGCCUCCCCUACUCGUGGGGAAACCCUGUUUUGGGGUUCCAGAGCGAUGUGGGGUGAGUGGCGCGGUGCUUUGAAUUGACUGCUUUUUUCACGGAGUGAAGCCGCAUUGCUGUUGCCGGAGAGCGCUGACUUUUUCCUGUGGACAAUUGGAUUUUAAACAACUACUCGUGAGUAAAUCGGAAAAUUGGAUUUUUAAAUACUUUAAUUUGGCACUGAAGCGGGAGGUCAUAAACAGGAAGUCCGCCUUCCGUUUUUGUAAAUAGACUGAAGCAAAGACGUUAUAAGUUAAAGUCUUUGAAAGCUUUUGGCAAAGGAUUAAAUUUCCAUCGGUUUAAAAUACAAAACCCCCCUUGGAAGCAGGAGAAGAGGGGGAAAUUUUGGAUCUAGUGAGCCUGCAGGAGAGAGUGAAAAAUCAAAUUACCACUGCUCUGAACCUGGGAACGGACUGCCAGAUGACGUUUGGAGAGAGUGCAUUUGACAGAACGGAUUUGACAGCUAGCUAAAUAAGAGUAAGAUACUGUUUCCAUUGUCCUCCUCUGCGUUUAAAAAAGAGGAAAAGUAACUGAAAAUUUAUCUUUAAAGCUUGAGUUGUGCCUGAAAGAACUGAUACAAGUGGAGACUGUUUCCCUCUAGAGGGAGCUUUUGAAACUGUUACAGGAGUGUAACUGGGGGAUUUCCAGCUGCAGAUAAGGAUUCUGAGAACUAGAGAGUGACCUUGGACCAUUUAAAAAUGUUGACAGGAGAGGCCAUUGUGACUGUUUUAUGUAAGAUAAGCUGUUCGCUGGGACAGCUUCACAAGAAGAUGGAUGACAUGACUUUUAAAGUUGAUAAUUUGGAACAGAAAGUGACUAACUUGAGUCAAAAAGCGAACACCAACACAGAAAUAAUUCAGGACUUGGUACAGGAAUCCAUUUUGGCAGGACAAAUGGUGGAGGAGAAGGAGGAGAAGGAGAAUGCUGCUGUUGUUGAACAUAAAGUAAUACAAGUGAGAUCCGUGGCUUUACAGAAGCAAAUUGAGGACUAUAAGUUGAGGCCUUUUAUGAUUGAAUCUAGGAAAAGUCAGACUCUGAGGAAUGGAUCCCGGCUUGGACUAAAGAAGGAAAGUUGGAAAGAUCCCUCUAUGCAGGGAUUAACUGACUUUUGGGACAUGGACUUGGGCCUGGAGGAGAUUGAAGUUUUGGGGGCCUUUGGACUUGGAGGAAUCUUGAAAUAUGCCCUGAAAUACUUUAUGGACUGUAGCUUUAACUAUGGAAAUUUGGCUGAUCUGUUCAGAAGGAAGAAAAGGAUUGACAGGUUGGAGUUUCCCCGAGAUUUGCUCUUUAGCAUUAAAGAAAAUGAAGAAGACUUGCAGAAGGGACUUGGAAAAGAGUUAAGAGCCUCGGACAUAAAAUCACCAGGUUGAUGGACUUUAUGGAGUUGACGGAAAGGACUGGCAGAAUCCGAAACCAGGGAGAGGAGAUGGUGGAAGAAGAUUGGAAAAUUUAAAGUUUAUAUAUAGACUUAUGGUAAAACUAAUGAGUGAUAGUAAAAUGGUGGAAUGAUUUUUAUGGGCUUAGCAGAAAUGUUAUAAGGAGUUAAGCAUAUAUAAGUAUUUUAGUUUUAAUGGAAAAUAAGGUUAAAAAUACGUUAUUUACAAUAUGAUAGAAAAUGGAGAAAGAUGGAAAGGAUUUGCUGAAACAAUUAAUAGAAGUGGAAUACAAAAAGGGAGGUGAGAGGAGGUCGAGGAAACAAGGGAAUGAAAGAUAGAGUACGGAAAAGAGAUGAUGUAUGUUUUUAAAUUGUUUUUGUUUUGUUUCAUUUAGGGUUAAGGUUAGGGAGUGGGGUUUGUUUAGUUUAGUUUAAUGUGUUUAGUUUUGAGUUUAGGUUGUGUUUUGCAUUGUUUAUAUAUUGUAUUGUAUUGUUUUUUUCUUUUUUCUUUCCUCCUUUGUCUUUUUUCUGGUUUUUUUUCUGUUUUCUCUUUUUGUAAUCUAUAAAAGUAAUAAAUAUUAUUUAAAAAAACAAACAAACAAAUUUUUAUCACUUUUGGGCUUUCCUUAUAGGCUGUACUGCCAUUGUGGAAGUCCAGGGCCACGUUCACGCAAUGCAGUUAAAGCACUAUGAUAUCACUUUAAACAUUCAUGGCCUCCCCAAAGAAUUCUGGGAGCUGUAGUUUGCAUGAGAAAAGUCCUGCCCCCCCCCAAGUUGAAUAAAGACACUUGACACCAGUAUUUUAGGUUAAUGGGCUAAAAAAGGCUACAACUUUAUUGGUUACAGAUUGUGAGCGGUAUUGGCUUAGGCAUUGGAGCUAACCUAUUAUAUCUGACUCCUGCCUGUGUGCAGGGAGUCCUGGAAGUGUGAAAAGGGGAGAGCUCCCACCGGCAUCCUGCUUAAAUUGAGCAGGCCACACCCUUGGAGUGACCUGAUUGGUUGCCUGGGCAGUGACGCAACUGGGAACCCCCCAAUCAUGUGGAACUGUCCACAUCCCCUGCUCCGCGCACAUGGAAGGGUCAUGAGUACCUGCAACCCCACCUCCUCCUUAAGGUGGAAGUGGCCUUGUUAAAGGUGCUGUCAGUUGUCAGGAGAUCCCCAACCACACUCACAGAAUUACAAUUCCCAGAGUUCCUUGGGAAGAGGAAUUGAUUGUUAAAUCACUUUACACAUGUGUCAUAUACAUAAAGCACGUUUAAAGUACAUGGCUUCCUCCAAAGAAUCCAGGGAACUGUAGUUUAUUCCUCAUAGAGCUGCAGUUCCUGGCUCCCUUAACACACUAUAGUUCUCAGGAUUCUUUGGACAGGAUUCUUCUAUAGGAAGAGUAGCUCAGUUGGCAGAGUAUAAGACUCUUAAUCUCAAAGUCGUGGGUUCAAGCCCCACGUUGGGCAAAAGAUUCCCACAUUGCAGGAGGUUGGACUAGAUCAGGGUUUCCCAUACUUGGGUCUCCAGCUGUUUUUGGACUAACGAUAGGUCUUGGAUGUGAAGAAGUUGGAGGCUACUGGAAUAUAGUAGCACACUGAAAUCCUAAUAAAGGACUGCCUGCAAUUUGUUUUUAGGAAUAUUUUAAAAACAAUUUCAGUUAAUUAUAAAGGCCAUACAGUAAUGGUCACAAGAUCAAUGCAAUAUCAAAGAUUUAAAAAUGAAAUAAAAAUUGGGCUCCACACAUUUUUUGCCACCAGAGCCAUUUUCAGUUCUGGGAAUUCAUAAUACACUAUUUCUGUUCAUAAAAAUUUUCCAAGCAGGGCUUGGGUAACUUCUCUUUUUUAAAAAACUUUCUUUCACAAUUCUUAUACCAGUGGAUUCUUAUUAUAAUUUUAUCAGCAGGGGCUUUUACUGUCACUUAAUCCAGUGCAAAAUGGGUGAAAGCAGCAUAUUUUCUGGUGGCACAGCUACUUUCUCCUCCCUGCUUAGGCUGAAGUUAAUGAGUCAAGGUGCACAGCAGUGGAAAAUCAGGUUCAAAAUUGUCAUGCCAUGAAUGCAGAGAGUGGGUGUAGGUGGAAACUGUCCAAGCAGAAAUCUUCAAACAACUUUAAUGCAAAAUGUAAUGACUUGAUUCAGGAGGGGGGAAAUGAGUACAGAUUAGCUCCAAAGUUGUGAGCAGGUUGGAGGAGCCAUAGCAAUAGGCCAGAAGUUCUGUUGUCAAAAUCUGCACUGUGCAGCUGUUCCUUGGUCCUGUAAUAGGGUCAACAAAUGUAAUAAUUAUCAUAAGUAUUACAGAGGCAAGAUGUCAAUUAGCUGAACAGUUAACACCAAUACGGUUGUUUGACCAGAUGUUUUCUCAGCCAGGAACUCACUCAGUAGAGUCCAAAUGCAGUUUGGAUAAUCACCUUCCAAGAGGUCUCAGAGAUAAGGGCAUAAUUUGAACCCUUCUGCCUCCUUCUAUUCUCUACUAUCCUGUCACUGAGAGCAGCAUUCCUUCUUGUCAUGACUGACCAUGCAGCCCAUCGCCAUAACAUCAGUCCCUCGGUGUGACCUUUCCCUUUCAAGGGCCCCUCUCCCAGUGGAGGCUGGUUCAUCACAGGGCAGAUAGGGCACUGCCCCACCAACAUUAGUUUCCCUUCAGCCAGCUCCUACUUGCUUGCUUUCUUCCUUACAUCCAGUCCAGAGAGUGGCACCGCCUGCCUGCCUGCCUGCUUCCUUCCCUCCCCUGAGUCUCAGUAGUGCCUUUGUAGAAGGUGGGGACAAAACUAGAAAUACUUGGCUCUGCCACCUUCUGUUAGUCACUUUCUACCUUGCCAAUCCUAAUGGGCAUCAACCACCACUUCCAUUCACUCGUCACUUCUGAAUUGACCAAGGAACUGUAAGCUCAUACCGCUUUGGACUUCACCUUGUCUUACUGCUACCAACUCUUAAGGCAGCUGUUGCACACCAACCCAAUCUCUGAGAGGUGCAAGAUUCCAGGUGUCCCAGGUGCUUACUUAGGGUUAAGUUUCUUCAGAAUGGUUUAUUUACGCAUAUAUGCAGCCUGUGCCUACGGUGGAGGGACUCACAGCAUUAAUACCCCAAGAAGGUCUUGCUUCUUCCAUAGCCACAGCUUUGCAUUCCAGCAGAAAUCAGGCAUGGCUCUGUCUCACAGGCUUCAGCACACACACCAACUCCAAACUUAGUCUUUCUAACCACCAGUUAGAACAGAGCCACUUCCUUAAUGGCUUAUACUUAGAGGGCUGUUACCAAGAAAUGUGUCUGGCUGUUACGGCAACUUGAAUCCUUCCUUAGAUUUAAACACUUGCUGGAUCCAGAAAUUAGAAGGGUCCCAGGCAUACAGUCUACCCUCAGGCAUAAUCAGAGCAGCCUUUGCCAACCUGGUGCUCUCCAGAUGUGUUGGGCUAAAAACUCCCGUCAGCCCCAGGAAAAACAGGCCGGAGUGUGAUGGGCAUUGUGGAGGGCAUUGGGUUGGCUAAGGCUGCUUUAAGUAGCUUGGUUUUCUACCAUAAUUAUUUAUUUAUUGCAAAAGUGACUAAUGUAUACUGGAUGCCAUACGCAGAUUAAAAACUAAGGCUCACAGUGUUGCAGUCAGGUUCACCUGCGUCUGCAGAAUUACCUCUCUACCAGAGAUGGCUGAUGCCCAUUGAGUUUGUUAGGAUGAAAGGCAGGAAGCCAACAGUAAAGGUAAAGGGACCCCUGACCAUUAGGUCCAGUCGUGACCGAUUCUGGGGUUGCGGAGCUCAUCUCGCUUUAUUGGCCGAGGGAGCCAGCGUACAGCUUCUGGGUCAUGUGGUCAGCAUGACUAAGCCGCUUCUGGCGAACCAGAGCAGCGCACGGAAACACCGUUUAGCUUCCCGCCGGAGCGGUACCUAUUUAUCUACUUGCACUUUGAUGUGCUUUCGAAGUGCUAGGUUGGCAGGAGCAGGGACCGAGCAACAGGAGCUCACCCCGUUGUGGGGAUUCGAACCACCGACCUUCUGAUUGGCAAGUCCUAAGCUCUGUGGUUUAACCCACAGCGCCAGCCAACAGUAGGCGGAGCCAAAGCCAAUGGCAGGCAGAGGCUACUAAUUCUUUUUUUUUUUUUGUCCCCAUCUUCCUCUCAGUCUCCCAGCACUGCUGUGCUUGGCCAAGUCACUGGUUUAUCCCAUGUCAUCACAUCUGUAAAAUGGGAUUAAGGGCUUGCCUUGUGAGAAAACUAUGAGUUUUGUUAAACUCUGGGAAUACUGAGUAAUAUGGGACGCUGGGAGAAGUGUGUGGGAAGCAGAAUGCACCACCUCUGUCAAACUAUACAAUCACGUUCCUAAGGUGCUAUUACAGCAAGUAUCUCCAAUCUUGUGCCAUACAAAUUACACUACCUGUAUACAGCUGCCUAAUUAUGGUAGUGAAUAUUUAAUGCAGCAUAGAUUUCUGCUCCCUUUCAUCCCGACACACUUUAUAAGAGAGCUCAUUGAAAAUACAGAAAAUCAUUGCAGGGUUUUCUUUCCUGCAAUGCUCACAAAGUGAUGCAUUGCUCUCUGUUUGUGCUGUUUCCCCUUCUCCCCGCCUCUCAUUUUAGCAAACAUAACUGGUUUUGAAAAUGACAGGAAACAAAGAGAGAAAGAACUGAUAAAAGAGAGAGGAUUUACAGAAGUGAAUUUUUGCAAAUAAGGGACUGUCUCUGGGCAACCCGUUUCCCCCCACUAAAGUGAAAGGUUCAGUGUGAGCUUCAGUUAAGGAACCAGCAUCUUCUUAUUAGCACCAGGUGGGUGAAUCAUUGGUCUGGCUUGGCACAAACAGCAUUUCCCAUGACUGCGUUGCAAGGGACGUGCUAAUGUGCUAUGAGCAAUUAAUUAGGAAACCCAAAGUAUCCACCCACAGCGGAGCAGUGAUGAGUCAAAUAUGAUGGACCUCUAAUCACAACUGGUGCAGAGAAGCAGCAGAAUUGCAUGCCCUCAGGUGCGUCUGCCACCCAUGUAUCUGCAUGAGUCACUGCUUUGAGUGUGCCUUCUUCCUAGCAGGAGACAUGCUCAGAGAACAGCAAUUCAGGACCCAACUAGGCAGGAUGUGAGAUGGCACCUUUGUCUUUAACGUGCAUAUUCCUUUAAAUGCAAACAGUAUUCACAGGGGAGGGGGUGGUAAGUAUGGGGAACAUGCCUCGAGAAGGGGGGAAAUCCUUCCUCUGAAGCUGCUAUUUGCAUAGCCCCUCUUUAUCCUGGCUUUUGACACCUGAGAUGUGGGUUUUCAGGGACCACACUAUUCGUGUGAGUAAUCUGUUUUAACUGUUAUUAAUUUUAAAUUGCUAUAACCUGUUGUAAUUAUUGGUGAAGGGCAGAAAUAACAACAACAACAACAACAACAACAACAACAACAGAGAAAAUCCCCUAUUGGUACCCUAGGUGGGGGUUCUUGCCACUUCUCUGGAGAACAGCCAUAGCUCAGUAGUAGAGCAAGUGGUUUCAGCAGCAGUCCAUGGCAUCUCUAGUUCAUAAGGUUGAUUGGAAAGAUUUCUGCCUAAGACUAUAGAGAGCUCUGCCAGUUGCAGCAUACAACAGUGAGCUAAGUGAACACAUAAUCCAUUGAGUUUCCUAUAUUUGGUGCUCAGCGGGUCUCCAAACGGAAGGUGCAGUGGGCGGGGGAAGUUGAAGAAGCCAGAAAGAUGUUGACCACGUUUAGGCAAUCAUGUCUCAGCUUAAGAGGCCUUUUGGGUAUGUACCCAAUUCCUGCCCUCCUCCCUUGCUACGAGUGAGCAAAUAAGUUAGGAAGUUUUCCCAUGAACUAUCAUUUGAUUUCAGCAGAAUGAUGGUUAGAAGCCAGCAUAAUAAACCAUGGUUUGAAGAUGGCUUAAUAUCCUGCUGUGUUCUGAAGGCAUUAAUCAUAAUUUCCUGGUUUAGACAUAAUUGACUUGUGAUUUUUGCUUUCGGGAAGUAAUGCACUAAUUAACCCUUGAAGUCUUUUUCAGUCCUACAGGUCUUUGACUUUAUGAUUAUUAUUUUUAUUAUUCAGGAGGCAGUAUCGUGCUUCCCAGAGGAAGAGCAGCUGGCCCAAAUUCAAAAUGCCAUCCAGGAACUUCCGCCAUCUCAUUACAGGUAAAAGAGAAACCUGACCUCUAAGCCUUGGCUUCUAAGGUUUAGGGACAAUCUUAGUAAUGAUUAAUGGCAGUUACCUGAAUUACCUAGGGAUUCAGCUGGUGAGUCAACUACUUUAUUUGCACUAGGCGGACUUGAUUCACAUGUUCAAGGAAAGAUGACCCACAGAAUGCACAUGGCAAAUUGUGAAUGAGUUCUGUGCAGUGGUCUUACCCAUAAUAAAGACUGAUCUUAUGUUUCAGAGCUACUCGGGUGUUAGCAGGUCCUUGUAUCUGCUGGGAGGCUAUUGCUGAUUUCGUCACACCCACUUUAAAAUGCAACAAAGACGUCAGGGACCCUUUUAUUUUUUUGUAUUGUAAAACUGCUUUGUAACCAGGAGCUGUGUUGGUGGGGGAGCCACAGCAAUAGCCUCUGAAUAGCAAUGCCACUGCCACUUACCAAAAAAGGGAGUGGUGAGCUUGGAGCUGCAUGUAUGGUGCACCAGUGGAGCCAGUCCAGCACUCUCACCAGCCCCAACCUUGCCACCCCUUCACUGUCUCAGUGCUACUGCUAGGAGGCUGUUGCUGCAGCUCUGAUCCACUUGUAGACCUGCUUCCGAGUUUCACUACUGUAGACGCUGUGGCGGAUAGCAGCACUAGCAGCUGGCCCCAUGCGACUCCCAAGCAAUUCAGGGUAGAUGAUCUUUGCUUCUUCCCUACCUCCUUUCAAAAAUGCAAUUCGAUGGAAAGAGUCGAGAAUUGUGAGAAGGAGCAACAUGGUCUUGGGGCAACUCGGUGAAGAGGGAGAUAAGGAUUGGUAGGAGGAGAAGCAAGGGAUGAUAGAGGGAAAAUAGGGAUGCAAGUGGGGUGAGGUUAUUGGGCUAGCAUGAGUGUCAUGGGUUGUAGCUCUUAACUCAUUUAAGACAUUUAAUGUGGUGCUUUGGGAUGUUGGGCACCUGUCUUCUCUGAACAGACCCAGUUGGCCAAGACAUAACCGCAUGUGCAAGUCUCAAUGUGGGUGUUUUGUUUUUAUCUUUGUCACACCAUUGCAGGACCUUGGAAUACCUGAGCAAGCACCUAACUCACUUAGCAUCCUUCAGCAGCACGACCAACAUGCAUACCAGGAACCUCGCUUUAGUGUGGGCACCUAAUCUCCUCAGGUACAGUAGACGCUCUGAUUCUUUCACAUCGCAAUGCAGGGAGCACUAAGAAUGUCUGUUAGAGUUUGUGAUAAGUUUAAGAACUGGCUAGAGUGAUCCAGCCAGUGGUAGCUUGCAAGGGUGUAUGGAAGCAGUGGUGUUUUCUCAGUGACAACAGCGCUGCAUUGGUUGGGGCAGGAAGGGGGCAAGGUCAGAGGUGCUUGGGUUGAUGAACUCAUCUGACCUCACCAGCACCUCACCCCAACAAGACAGCACCAGCAGGAUGACACCAUUGCCUCCAACCCUGUGCAUGGGCUACUGCUUAAUUCAGCUACUGCUUAAUUCAGCGGUAAGGUAAAAAGGUAAAGGACCCAUGGACGCUUAAGUCCAGGCAAAGGAGACUAUGGGGUGUAGUGCUCAUCUCACUUUCAGGCCAAGGGAGCCGGCAUUUGUCCACAGUAGGCUUUCUGGGUCAUGUGGCCAGCAUGACUAAACACUGUGACGGAAGCCAGAGUGCACAGAAAUGCUGUUUACCUUCCUGCUGCAGCAGUACCUAUUUAUCUACUUGGACUGGCAUGCUUUCAAACUGCUAGGUUAGCAGUUCAACUGUAAUUCAACUGUAGCUUAAACCGACCAUGGAUUGUCCUGGUUAGGGUGGAAGAAAGAGUGUGAUUGGUUGAAAACAGAACCAAAUGGUUAGCACUAAACUAUGGUUUGAUAUUAUAUCGGAACGCAGCCAGUUCCCACAAUUAAGUUUUGCAAUGUUUUAUGAAAAAUAGAAAUAUCUGAUGGGUUUUUCUACUUAUAACAACCCAACACAAUAAGUGAGAGUCACAUGUCAUAUUUGUUUCAACUGGUCUUAUGGACAUGAAGUUCCUGGUCAAUGAUAUCCAUAGUGUAUGUGUAACAGUCAUUUGUGAGCUACUGCUAAAGACAGCUCAGUUGAGGAAUUCUGGUUCAUUUAUGCGAUAGCCUGGCAACUAGAAUAGCAUAAGAAAAAAUAAGGAGCAUUGUCACCUAGCUGAAUAACCGUAGAUAAACUUCCUCAGCUUUUGUAAACUGCUUAGAGGUGCUUCUUAAAAAAAUCAAGCGGUAUAUAAAUUUUGUUAAUAAAAAUAAAUAGCAAAGAAAACAGCUGGUCCUGGGUGGAUAAACUCUCUCAAUCUUUGCAACUGCAAACCAGGCAGAAAAGGUCCCAUUAUAACUGCAAGAGAUGUUAAAUCUACUGAACACCCACAGCUCAAAAUCUUUCAUUUUAUCUAUUGUCCUCUUUCUUUUUUGAUGGGAGUCUAAUUCCCUUUAUAAAUAUAGGUCCCAAGGAGAACAUGAAAGAAGCGGGAGGCACAGCUGUAGUUUCCUUACAUGGCUAUCCCACUGGCAAAAGCCCCCUCUGUGCUUUAUCUCACACUCCAGCCAUUAACUUUACAAAGGAUUCGCUGCCCAGAGAUAAUGUCUUCAGUAACACUUUGGCUUGUCAUGAUAAGGAACAGUUUGUCUGCUACUCUGUUUGGGGGCGGGAGGGGGGAUGUGGGUGGAAGGAGAGAUUGGUUUGUCCAUACCAGCGAGGCGAUGGAGAACAAGAAACAGGCAUUUGGGAAAAGCACAAGGCCCACAAAAUUCGCCAAGAGGAGUUGCGAUGCUCGCAGUUGAUGCUUUCCCUUCCAUCCCCACUUGAUGUUUUUUUGAUGUGAUGGUUCUACUCAGAGAUAAACUAAAUCCGGAGGAUUAGUUUAAGCUGCCCCAGCCCCAGCUGUAACUAGCACCGCUGCAGCUGAAUCACACCAUGCUCUGUCUGCAAAGUGAAAUGGCGUGCCAGGAAAUCCCUUGGCAAGGUAGGCUAGUUAUGGUGGGAGCUGGUAUCUGCAGCUCCUGUGGACCCAGCCCCUCUGAAAGUCCCUUGUGCCAAUUAGAGACGAGGAGGAAUUCAGUUCAGUUUGUGUUUUAAUGCAGAUAUAUACCGUAUUUUUCGCCCUAUAGGACGCACUGUCCCAUAAGGCGCACCUAGUUUUUUGGGGGGAAAUAAAGGGGGGGAAAUCAUUUUUCCCCCAGGCGUGGGGCUGGGGUGGGGGAAGCCCAAGCUUCCCCCGACCCCAGCCCCCAAACAGGCAGCUCUCUGCAAGCUGUGGGAGCCCAGUGCUGGCUCCCGCUGCUUGCUAAGAGGUGUGCGAAGCCUGGACGUGCUGAGCUCAGCGCGGGCAGGCUUCAGCAUGCAGGCAACUCUCCACAAGCAGCGGGAGCCUAGCGCCAGGCUCCCGCUGCUUGCGCAGAGGUCUGCGAAGCCUGGACGCACUGAGCUCAGCGCGCGCAGGCGUCAGCAUGCAGGCAACUCUCCGCAAGCAGCGGGAGCCCAGUGCCGGGCUCCCGCUGCUUGCGGAGAGGUCCGCAAAGCCUUGACGCGCUGGGCUCCCGCUGCUUGCGGAGAGGUCCGCAAAGCCUGGAUGCACUGGGCUCCCGCUGCUUGCGGAGAGGUGCGCGAAGCCUGGAGAGCGAGAGGGGUUGGUGCGCACUGACCCCUCUCGCUCUCCAGGCUUCAGCGAAAGCCUGCAUUCGCCCCAUAGGACGCACACACAUUUCCCCUUCAUUUUUGGAGGGGAAAAAGUGCGUCCUAUAGGGCGAAAAAUAUGGUACCUAAGUGUGGUGUCGUGGUUAGAGUGCUGGACUAGGAGCUGGGAGAGCUAGGAAGCUCACAGGAUGGGUUUGGGCCAGUCGUUCUCUCUUAGCCUAACCUACCUCACAGGGUUGUCAUAAGGAUAAAAUGGAGAGGGGGGGAAACCAUGCAUGCCACCUUGAGCUCCAUGGAGGAAAGGUUGGACACAAGUAAACUAAAGAAAGCAAAUCAAUCAAUCAAUCAAUCAAUCAAUCAAUCAAUCCAUGAACUGAAAUGCAGUCAUGCUCUGAAAUUUGCACUUCUCUGAAUUUUGCACUUCUCUAAAAUUUGUGUUACAGUUCAUCAAUGACAGAAAUGCAUACGUAACUGCAUUUAUUGUGAGAAAGUAUGCAUUGAAAUGCAGACAUUUGUGAAACUGUCAUACAGAAAUACAGAAUAUCAGGCAAAAUUACACACAAAAAUAUGUAUAGUAAGAGGGAUGUGCAGUAAAAUGCUGGUGAAUAUUCAUGAACUUUAAAAAAAUGAAACAAAUGCACAAACGGUUGCAGAAAUGUAGUGAACUGAAUUUAAUAUUAGAAAAAGAAAUGGACACAUUUGCCCUUCCCUAGUCCCAAUGUCCUAUGUCACAUCAGUGCCUCGGAAAACACCAGGUCUUUUGAGAGUAUAAAAUGCUUCUUAGACAGCUUGCAGCAGUAUCAUUUCCAGACAGAGGCUUCCAUUCCCUGCCCUUCUCGUUUUCCCCUGGGGUUGCUGUCCCACCAAAAUCCAUAGACACUGCUUUGCAACGAGAUUCUCCAGAAAAGUGGGAUAAAACAAGCAAACAAACAAAAAAAUCUAUAAAAUAAUAAAAGAAAUGUGCUGCAGUCUAAAGAGCUCUUCUUUGGUUCAUUGCUGAUAAGUCUGGGCCAUAAAUUUCUGUCUUCAGUCGACAAGUUAAAAGAGUGCUGUUCAGAUAAGCAUUUGAUCAGAAUGCUCUUUGAAGUAAUCUGAAAUGAUUUAGGCCUGUGCAUUUGUUUCUGCUGAUAUGCUGGUGGUUCUUUUUCAUUAGUUUUUUUUGGGGGGGGGGAAUCUUACACUAUUUUAUUUGUUUAGUAUGUUUUAAAAGAACAGCUCUUCUUUGUUUAUUUACUAUAUACUUGUAUCCCACCUUUCCUCUGUGGUGCUCAGUCUGAUAAUUAUUGUCACCCUGAUAACUAUUAGCUGCACACUCACUCACAUACACACAGAGUUUGCAUCUUUAAAAAAACAACCCUGGGUGCUAAAUGAAAGGAUGCAUUUAAUAUCACAUCUAGUUAGUAGGAGAUUGUGUGUGUGUGUGUGUGUGUGUGUGUGUGUACUAGGUACAGGGAAGGCUUAAUGGGGUUGACACUUCACUAGAUGACCCUUGGUGUCCCUUCCAACUCUACAACUCUAGGAUCCUGAGAGUCUAUGAUUCUGUUCCUGACAAGCAAUGGCUUGGGGAUUGCUCUUCCAACCUCCUCCUUUCCUGUGUCACAGGUCCAAGGAGAUUGAGGCUGUAGGCUGCAAUGGAGACGCAGCUUUCCUGGAGGUGCGAGUCCAGCAGCUGGUGUUUGAGUUCAUACUGAACCAUGUGGGCGAAAUCUUCAGUGACAACGUCCCUGCCAAACCGAAGGAAAAUGAGGGUGAGUCCUUCUGAGCUAAUCCUUCCAUGUCAGAAAUGACCAAUUCCACAUCUACAAGAAGCCACCCAGAGAACAUUAUGUUAAUGGAGCAGCAUGCAAACAGUCUUGAUUAAAAAAAUAAUACAGGCAUUUAUUUAUUUAUUUAUUUAUUUAUUUAUUUAUUUAUUUAUUUAUUUAGAUUUCUUACCCACUCUUUCUCAUUGGGUCCCAGGGGGGUUACAACCAUAAAAUACACAAAUAUUUUUUUAAAACCAGAUGAAACAGUUUUUUUUACAGCCAUGAAAUAAGAAAAGUGUAAAGAGCGAUUAAAAAGCAAGUCUACAUAUAAAAAGAGUGGUAUUUAGUUGCAAUGCAGAUGCAGACUGGGAGAAAGAGCUCCACUUAGAAGACUUGUUGAAAGAGGAAAGUCUUCAACAGGCACCAAAAAGGCAAUGGAGAUGACACCCGUCUAAUAUGUAACAUAUUACAUAGUGUGGUGGCACCCAAAGGAGAGCCACAGUUGCCUUGAGUAGCAAAUUAAAAUGUCUUUUGUGUGAUGGGCCUAAUAGCAUCUAAACAGACCCUGAGUAUACUGUAGUUGUUGUUUCCAAUUUAUAGCCCAUCGUUAAAUUUAUAGACCCUGGCAACCUUGGCUUGGUACAGUCUGCUGUUUUCCUCCUAAUUCCAACCGGUCUUUGUUCCCUUAUGUUUUGCUUGUUUCCACUCUUUAUUUUUACUGUAGGGGUGGGAAGCCUCCCCAACAUAUGCCUAUGGCCACACUGACGACUGGCAUGUGCCCCUGCCGCCACCCCCAGAAGCAUCUGAAAAAUGUCCUUCCCCCCGUUUUUCUGCAACGGAAGUUUAGGGAGGGGGGUUGCUUUUCCUAUUUAUCAGUGACUACUGUUGGUGUUAGAAGAGACGUGGGUGGUGCUGUGGGUUAAACCACAGAGCUAGGACUUGCUGAUCAGAAGGUCGGUGGUUCGAAUCCCCACAACGGGGUGAGCUCCCGUUGCUCGGUCCCAGCUCUUGCCCACCUAGCAGUUCGAAAGCACGUCAAAGUGCAAGUAGAUAAAUAGGUGGGAAGGUAAACGGCGUUUCUGUACACUGCUCUGGUUUGCCAGAAGCAGCUUAGUCAUGCUGGCCACAUGACCCGGAAGCUGUACGCUGGCUCCCUUGGCCAAUAAAGCGAGAUGAGCGGUGCAACCCCAGAGUCGGCCACGACUGGACCUUAUGGUUAGGGGUACCUUUACCUUUACCUUUACCUUUACCUUUACUGUUGUUGUUAGUGAGAAGUGCUAAAGUACCAGCUCUGAAAAAUGGCCUCCACAGGACUUUGGCCUUAUUCACACUUCCUCUUGUCGCACUGCUUUCACCCGGGUGAAACUGCUCUUUAGCCCUUAAUCGAAGCAAACAGCAAUUCAGGUUUUCUCUGGAUUGACCUUUGCUCUGAUUUAGCACUAAAGAGCAGGUUUUCCCUGAGAAAUUACUGGGGCAAGGGGGAAACCACAUGGACCCAUGCUUGGAAAGUGCUUUCUAGGCACAAGACAAGCGGAAGUGUGGAUGAGAUACCCCCCCCCCGCCCCCCAGUUCCAGACCUGGCACUUUGACAUUUCCUGCUAACAACAGUUGUCUUUUCUUAAAUAGGAAAAGAGGCAGCAAUUUUCAGAACAAAUCCCCCUGAAGUGAUUGGGAGGGGAGGAGAAAGUUCAUUCAUCUCAAAGGUCGGAGCUGGAGCUGAGCCAUCCUAAAGUUCAGUUCAGCAGGGAUCUUCAGGCCUUGUAUUUAGAAGAUACGUGCCAAAGCACUAUGGAGUCUGGCUCGUGACCAGGGACCUGCUGGGGUGGAAGGCAGGGGCAAUGGAUUAGAUUGCUAUGUAAGAGGAGAAUUCAACCAACAAGCACGCUCCCAAAAGAUGUUUUCACUGGAAGGGUUUAAUCAAAAAGAAAACGCUCGAGGGGCCCACUGAGGACCUUCCGUUCUCCUGCUCUGCUACCCUCAAACCAGGCUGGGCUCCGCAAUUUCCUAUCCCUGUCACUUUCCAGAGAACAAGCCCAUUAUGAAGAGCUUGACGCUGCCCUCCACCUCUCUGCCGAUGAAGCUGGUGAGUCUGGAAGAAGCACAGGCCCGGAGCCUGUCCGCCUGCCAUCCUGCCCGCAAGGAGCGGAGGGAGAACAGUUUGCCAGAAAUCGUUCCAGUCACAGGCUCCUUCUUCCACACCGUCCUUGACCUACCUGACAGCAAGUAAGUGGCUCCAUCUCUCCCUUAUCUGAAAGCUGGACUCAGAAGAUGGACUAGGCUUCCCCUUGUCACGUGAACAUGGGGAGCGGAGACCGAGCCUCUUCUAGCCAAGCAGUGCUCCCUGUGAUCCUCCGUGGCCCUUCCAGUUGUUUUCCCUUCUUUGUUGCUUAUCGGUGGAGACUUGGGGCAUUAUGGAUGCAAAGCAUGUGUGUCACUACUGAGCUAUGGCUCCCCACCAGUGUAAAUGUCUCUUACUAGUCAGGAAAAAAAGAGACGAAUAUAGGCUUGUUUCGGAGAAAUGGCUUUUCCCACUUUCCUUCAUUUACAAGUUUUGAUCAACGUGAGCUGAAUGGCAAUCGGUUCUUGAGACGUCUGUCGUAAGAGAGCCACCUGCUGGUGACCUGCCCCAAUGACACAUGCCGCGUCCAUCUCUCUCUCUCUCUCUCUCUCUCUCUCUCUCUCUCUUCUUACUGUACUUCACAAUUGUUCUUGUAUGUGAAGGACAGCUGAGAGGCCUACUUCUCAUUCCGGGUGCACAAUUAGGAGACUCUUGCAAGAUGGCAGAAGUGCUAACGUGAGCCUUAUGUCAUCCAGCCUCCGUGGAGUUGUCAGCGCUGCUUUCAAGUUACUUAAAUUACUGUGCCUAGGGUAUUCAAUCAAAUCUGUGGUGUGCAAUAACUUACAGCCACUGCAUAACAACAUCUUUGUAAGACCAUCGCAUGAAACUUAUUAAUCCAAAGAAGCAUUAGCUUGAAUGAGAGGAUGUGAUGAAUUUAGUCCUGAGAGGCCUGAGGUCAUUUCACUUUAUUUUGUGUGUUACAUUUCUAUCCCGCCUUUCCUGCAAGUUGCUCAAGGUGGCAAACAUGGUUCUCCCUCUCUCCAGUUUAUCCUCACAAUAACCCCGUGAGGUAGUAUAGGCUGAGAGAAAGUGACUGGCCCUGAAUUGAAGAGACCAGUUGCCCCCAUGGGAAGGAAAAAGAGAGUGAGGCAGGCAGAGAAAACAUCAGGGCCUGCUCCAGUCAGACUCUCCUUCCUCCCACACGGCCAGCUAAGCAUUGUACAGUGGUACCUCAGGUUACAGCCGCUUCAGGUUACAUAUGCUUCAGGUUACAGACUCUGCUAACCCAGAAAUAGUACCUCAGGUUAAGAACUUUGCUUCAGGAUGAGAACAGAAAUCCUGUGGUGGCAGCGGGAGGCCCCAUUAGCUAAAGUGGUACAUCAGGUUAAGAACAGUUUCAGCUUAAGAACGGACCUCUGGAACAAAUUAAGUUCUUAACCAGAGGUACCACUGUAUAUCGAAUUGUAGAGUUGGAAGGGACCCCAAGGGUCAUCUAGUCCAAUGCCCUGCAAUGCAGGAAUCUCAAGUAUCCAUGGCAGAGGCCACCCAAUCUCUGCUUAAAAACCUCCAGUGAAGGAAAGUCCACCACCUUCCGAGGGAGUCUUGGCAACUUGUGAAUAGGGAUUUCAGGAGGUACUGGUUUCUGUUCCGCCCCGUAUUCCUUGCAUGCAGCUGUGUUUCUGUGCCACAGCAAUUUGGCUUCAGACAAAAACUACACUAUUCCAUUCACUGUCCACUGUGCCAAAAUUCUACAUAAUUUGUUGCAUUAUCAUUACCUCAUUCAGCGCCAUUCAUUUCAGUGCAAAGGAAACACAGGGCAAAUGGGGGACAGGAGAAAAUCACCAACAACGUAUCGUUUGCAAACUACAAUUGAUUUUUGUUCCAGACAUGGAAUGAAUAAGUGAACGCCAGCAAUUCCCGCUCCUGUUUUUGUCAGAAUUCUCCAAUAUCUCUGCUGGUGACCCAGCAAACUGAAUGCAGCCCAUCAGCAAUGUGUUCUGUGUGCACAGCCCCUGCAGGCAGCAAAAACAGGAGGGUUAUUGAGAGUUCCUAUGUGCCACUAUUCAAAACUGAUAGGCUGCCUUCAUGUUACAUAGCCCUGCCUUAUGACAAACAGCCCUGCUAUGUCAACUCCAAAUGUUAGAAAAACCUGAAUCCUGGAACUAGAAUAAAAUAUGCUGCCCUGAGCAAUUCUGGAGGAAGGUGCAGGGUGUAAAUCUAAUAAAGAAUAAUAAUAGAUAUAAUAUGCAAAUGUGUGCAAUAUGUGUGUGAGAGACACAUUCUUGAUGCCCUGAUGUAAUAUUAAAGCUUGAAUUUUUAAAGGCUGCUGAUGCCUAUUUCUGAUUGAAAACAAUGGGGCCAGUUGGGCUCUACUCUUCCCUAUAUAAGACAUUGAAUAUAUAUAUAUAUAGAGAGAGAGAGAGCAAAGGUUUGCAUGUUUGAAUGCAAAAAAUAAAAAAUGGAAUGGAGACAGCUGCAAGACAAACACAUUGAGCCUACUUGCUUUUCAUAGAAAUCAUAGUAAAUUUUUCUUCCAGGAGAAAGUUAUCCACAAAAUCCAAGAAGUGGAAGUCAAUAUUCAACCUGGGCCGUUCUGGAUCAGAAGCCAAGACCAAACUGAGUCGAAAUGGGAGUGUGUUUGUCCGAGGACAGAAGCUCUCUGGUAAGGCUUGUUUGUGGCCCUCGCUGGGGGGACUUGUCUUUCCUCCAUUAGCUCAGCCUUGCCUCUCCUUCUUUGUGUAGUACAGAAAUGUUCCACCACAUUGCAAGGGGGCAUUCAUGCUAAUAAAGCUAGAAGGAUUUCAGAGAUGGCUUGAAAGACUUUUGAAGGGAGCAGAGGGGAGAUCGCAUAUUUAACCUCAUGCGUCAUACGGAGUAUCACUUCAGUGGGACAAUGAGAGGCAGUCAUAGCAAAAGACUCUGAAUAUGCCCCAUUAUAGUACUGGGGUGAACAUGCAUCUCUUCAACCAGCUACAUGCAAACAGCUAGAGGGGUCAAAUAUUUAUGCCAGAGCUCUGUUACUAGGAAUAUGUAUCUGCCAGUCAUUUUAGCAAGGAUUGGUCCCAAAAUAUUCUGGGAAAGGUUGGUGGAGUCUGCAGUUUGUAUUGAUUUGUGCUCCUGAUUAGAGAUCUACUUACAGGGAAAUUAACAUCUCAUUAAAGCUAUACAAGGUCCCCUACAUUGUCCCUUGAGAUGAAAUAGCAAAGAGACACAACUGAUAUUAUCUGCAUGUUUGCAGUUACAGAUAUGUGCCUUCAAUAAACAAAAUGUGUCCAAAGAGAAGCUGCCAAACUCUUUGAAUGGCAAACUAUCCACAAUUAUGCAAGUUUGAGAAUUAGUGUUUGGAAAAACCCUAUAAAAAAUUCACGUGUAUUUGGGCAGAUAAACAUGCCAAACAUGUAAUGCCCCUUUUCAGGAAGGUAGGAAAAUAACUGUGGAAAUAAUAGGAAAGAGUUCAUACUUCCCUAGUCUGACAUUCUUAGCUUCAAAUCACAGAUGAAGCUGCUCUGAGUUUUCCCUGGAGAAUAAACCCUUUUCUACAUUGCAGCUGCACUUGGAAAAGUUAGUUUCCAUGUAAUUGCACUGUAUUCUGGAGUUACACUUCAAUCUCCCAAAAACCCAGAGCACUAAAUUAAGUGUGUUAUAACCUUUCUUUCUGCAGAAAAAGUCACCAUUCGGCCAGCUAAAAGCAUGGACUCCUUGUGUUCACUUCCAGUAGAAGGUGAGAUUUUGUUGGCAUGCACGUGAGAGGUUGUUACAGCUGCCUUUGUGGGUUUUUUUUAAUGUAUAUGUUUGUUCACAAUAAUAGGUUUGUUUAUUUAAUAUCCCAAGAGUUUUGCAUGCUCUUGUGUGUAUGCGAAUGUGUUUCUGUUCACAGAAUCAGAGGCUUGGAAGGCCACCAAAAGACAGCCAGUCCAAUCCCAGCCAAAGACAGUGUGGGGCCAACCCCUUGCCUCCCCUCCUGCUUGUCACCCAACCAGCUUGCAGCAAUUAAAAAGCAACACAUUUGUAUAAUAAAAAUACAAGAAAGCAGGACAAAACACAAUUCUAAAAAAUCUUCUGCAAUCUAACAUGCCGGGGCAAAUAGGAAGGCACUAAAUGGUUUGCCAUACCAGUGCUAGAUGAGCCUAGAGGGAGGGCAUUCCAAAAAUGGGGCACAAACGCAGAAAAGGCCCUCUCUUCUGUACAAGUGUAGUGUAAAGGGACCCCUGACCGUUAAGUCCAGUCACGGACGACUCUGGGGUUGCGGUGCUCAUCUUGCUUUACUGGCCGAGGGAGCCGGUGUACAGCUUCUGAGUUAUGUGGCCAGCAUGACUAAGCUGCUUCUGGCAAACCAGAGCAGUGUACGGAAACACCAUUUACCUUCCUGCCAGAGCGGUACCUAUUUAUCUACUUGCACUUUGACGUGCUUUUGAACUUCUAUGUUAGCAGUAUAUGGGACCGAGCAACAGGAGCUCACCCCGUUGUGGGGAUUUGCUGACCUUUCGAUCGGCAAGCCCUAGGCUCUGUGGUUUUAGACCACAGCGCCACCCGCGUCCCAUAGAAGUGUAGUGUACCUGUACUAAAAAGGGAACUAUGAGCAAGGCCUCUUCUAAAGGUCUUAAGGCACGGGCAGGCUGCUAUGGGAAGAGGCACUCCCUGGGGUAUUUAAGUCCUAUGCCAUUUAGGGCUUUUAAAGGUAGCUACCAGCACCUUAACUUGGGCUUGGAAAUAAAGAGUCAGUGCAGAUCUUUCAAAAUAGGUAUCCCCUCAAUCAAUACCAAGGUCUCUGGGCUGUACUACCCAGAAGUAAAAUUCCUCCCUCUUCCAAAUAAUGGAAGGUCCUUUCCUACCAUGGGCAACUGGCCAUUGGCCAUCGUAGGAAAGGGAAUGUUGGUCUUGAUACCCCUUUGAUCUGUUCUGGCUGGGGCCUUAUCUUCUCAGUCACUAUAAACUUGGGAAACUCUUCAUAAGAGAGGCUUCUUCAGUGACUAAACCUUUGAAGAAGCACCCAGAAGAACUCUGGCUUAUGGCUCUUUCCCUGUCUUCCCCAGAUGUGCUUGGAAUAAGAGGGUACCUUUGGCAAUACUCUGUGGCUUUGCUCUCUCUCCCUUCUGCAGGAGAUGGUGAGAAGGGCCACUUCAAGCGCACCGUUGUGGCUGGAGGGUUCUUCGUUCCAGUGAUGAAACCACGGACAGGGGGCCCAAGCAGCUCAUCGGACCUCAGCAAACAGGAGAGCGAAUGGGAUCCAAAGGGUGCUGUGAAAGGAGCAGAAGGAGGUUUAGAGGAUGGUGGGCAGAACGAUGCCACCCGGUCUACUCAUGUCAGACCACUUCCUGAGCAACUGAAAGUGUUCCGUGCCAUAGAAGACCCGGAGAAUGAGCAAACAUCCCCAAAGAUGUGUCGUAUGUUCUACACUUCCAAUGAUGGGACGGCUAAGUCAGGGUUCCAUGGGACCCUCUUCCCCCUGGAAGCCUCCCCGCGCCACCAACGCAAAGCCCUGAACAUUUCAGAGCCGUUUGCUGUGUCGGUGCCCCUUCGGGUGUCUGCCGUCAUCAGUAUCAACAGCACCCCUUGCCGCAUGCCAGCUAAAGAGAAGCCCGCCUUCUCGAGCCUACAGGAGUCUUCUUUCUUGGGGUUGGACAGCGCCACUUCCACAAUCCCAGAAGCAGACAUCCACACCAAGCCAGAGCAUACCACCGUCAAGGAAGAAAAGAAGCCCGAGUCCAAAACAGUAGAAGGUAAGCUUAUAUGAAGGCUGCAGCAAUUUGAGCAGAGAACUUGAUCCUGGAAAGGAACAGCUGGAUGCGACUGAAGGAGCGUCUCCACCCCCAUCGUUCAGCCCAGACACUGAGGUCCAGCUCCAAGGGCCUCCUGGCAGUUCUCUCCCUGCAAGAAGUGAGGUUGCAGGGAACCAGGCAGAGGGCCUUCUCGGUAGUGGCGUCUGCCCUGUGGAACGCCCUCCCAGCAGAUGUCAAAGAAAUAAACAACUAUCCGACUUUUAGAAGACCUCUGAAGGCAACCCUGUUUAGGGAAGUUUUAAAUGUUUGAUGUUUUAUCAUGCUUUUAAUAUUCUGUUGGGAGCUGCCCAGAGUGGCUGGGGAAACCCAGCCAGAUGUGCAGGGUAUUAAUAAUAACAAUAACAAUAUAUUAUUAUUAUUAUUAUUAUUAUUAUUAUUAUUAUUAUUUCCCACAUAGUCAUUAAGGGACUUUGAAAGAAUCACUCCCAAAAGCAUACUAAGAGAAAUGGUUAAACAUACUGAUAUAUCACAAUGUCUGAAAUAAGGAUGGAGCUAUGUAGAGGCAUUGACUGGCUUCAUGGUUUUUUCCACGUCAUGAUUUUUGCUGGUGCCUGCUGUUGUGAUUUCCCUCCUGUAGGAGGCAGGGGAGAGCUUAGCCAGCAGAGUUAACAGGAGCUGCAGAAAUUGAGAGAAGCAUUGGUUGGCUUCACAAUUUUUCCCACAUUGUGAUUUUUGCAUAGCAUGUGCACACACGCACACACAAUGAUUAAGUGAUAUAUUCCCAGGUCAAAAAUUAUGAAAUUGAUAUCGCAAUAUGGACUUCAAACUGGGUUUGGACAAUAUAUCAAUACAUUUCCCAGCCCUAGUGCUUACAGACUGUGUUGUGCAGCACCCACACAACAUUGGCAUCAAAAUGUCAGCCCAUAUUCCCACCCCCACCACAUUUAAUCCAGAUUCUCCCUUUCCAGGGGAAAUCCAGUAAGGAAAACUGAGCCAUUGGCAGUGACCCCCCAAAGCAGCUUGCAAAUUAAUCCCCUGUCUGGAAGAGUCCGUGCUAUGAAUGUACAGAUGUCUCUUGUGAAACACAUCACUGAACAGAACAUUCAGUUCAAAAGAGGUGUAAUAGACCCAACCCACUUAUUUAGGAACACUCACCCAUUGAAAUUAAUGAGAUUUAUUUCUGAAUAGGCAUAAGUGUGCUUAAGCCCAUUGAAAUCAUGGAUAGCUCUCAUGUAGCCAUGUGGUUGCCUUGGCUAUUGCAAAAUUUUAUUUGCAUAAAUCUCUUUUUCUUUUUUUAGUCUAUUUUGAACUUAUUGCAGUAAAAAUAAAGAAAAGAGGGGAAAAGUCAAUGUGGAGCUAUUGAGAGAAGCCCAUGCUGAAAGCUCAGGCCACCUUGUGACCAUUUUCACCUUUUACUUACACCAUUUCUGGGUCCACCACCCCCAUCCCAAUGAAGUUUUUAAAGCUCAUCUUUUUGCUUCUGAUACAGAUUCUAUUACUGAAGAACCAACAAUAGCCAACCAGUUGGAGUCCACAAAUGGCUCUCAGUCAACAAUGAAAACUUGGGAGGCAAAGAGCAAUGACAGCAGCUGCAGCCAAGAUCCAGAAGAUAAGCAGUCACUGGAACCAAAGCAGCAAGUCAAGAUCCCAACAAGCCAGCCACAGGCAGGCCAAGCAAACCAGGAUCAACCAGAGAUGAAGGACAAGCCAGAGCAAGGCUGUUGGACGCAGGAAGAGACAAGGGAUAAAGUGGAGAACACCUCACUUAUAAAGGAGCAGGUAAGAAGAAGGUGUUGAACUUAGGGGUGGGACAGUUUUCAGUUUCAGUUUCCCAUUUUUCUACUCUUAAAUUCAGCUCCUGACAUUUCACAUCCAUUUGUGGCAGGAGAUUUAAGUCCUCCCCAAAAUUCACCAGCAUUUUAAUGCACAUUUCUCUCAUUUUGCCAGUUAUAUGCACAUAUUUGCAGGCAAUUUCCCCUGAUAUGUGCAUCUUUGUGCCCUCUUAGUAUACAGUGGUACCUCUGGUUAUGAACGCUUCUGGUUACACAUGCUUUGGGUUACGAGCUCCACUAAGCCUGAAGUAGCUGCUCCUGGUUGCGAACUUUGCCCUGGGAUGUAAGCAGAAAUCACGCGCCAGAAGCGCGCAUGCGGUGGGAGGCUCCAUUAGCGAAAGCGCGCAUCAGGAUAAGAACGGUUUCAGCUUAAGAACGGACCUCCGGAACGAAUUAACCAGAGGUACCACUGUACACAUUUUAAAGAGACAUUUUGUUGGAGGACAAAAUGUGCAAAAUUUGUACAGUGCAAGAUUCAGAGAACUGCGAAUUUCAAAGGAUAGCUGUGUUUUGGCUCACACAUUUUUGUGGGAAAUAUAAAUUAGAUAGACUUGCCUUAAAAUGCAAGCUAAACCAAAAUCCUCUCCCUCUCCCCUUGCUGAAGCCCACCCCAGCCCCUCCAGCUGGUGGCGCAGCAAUAAAACUACCUGUACAUUCACAAAGCUAAGCAGGAUCUGAUAUGGUUGAAAAUUGGAUGGGGAACUGCGUGUUUGAGAUUCCUGCCUUGCAGGGACUUAUACUAGAUGACCCUUGGGGUCCCAUCCAACCCUAUGAUUGCAUGGUCAUCUGAAUUGGUUGGGAAAUGUCUCACCACUUUGCUAAGAAACUUGUUUUCUCUGCAACUCCCAUUGGCAAUACCUUCUUUUUUGCAUUGUACCACCUUCCACCAAGCGCCUGUCAACUUUAUAGUUCAUUGCUUUGCAUGUACCCCUUACUAAGCAGUCCCAGACCUGUCUCCUUCCAGUUAAAAGCCUCUAUAAGCCUCCUCGGCUUAAAGUCUUCCUCCAGUGCUCCCUGUUACAAUAGCUUUGCUUAUCUGAUGCUGCCUCCACUCUUUGGAUUGCUGUAUUGUCCCCAGAUGUGGCUUAAAGUCCCAUUGAGAAAAGCCUCUGGCUGAACCAAGCAGGUCUGGGUCUGGCCAGUGCUUAGAAACUGUUAGCUCACUUGGUAGAGCAUGAGACUCUUAAUCUCAGGGUUGUGGGUUUGAGCCCCACAUUGGGUAAAAAACAAAUUCCUGCAUUGCAGGGGUUUAGACUACAUGACCCUCAUGGUCCCUUCUAACUCAACAAUUCUAUGAUUUUGCGAAUGCCACUUUUGAGUUCCACGGUGGAAGAAAGGGAGGCUAUAAAUGGAAUUAAUCCAUUUGUCAAUAAUUGUGUCUUUAGGUUUUGUGCUUCCAGCUGAUCAUUUUAUUAUUAUUUGGGAACCAAUGCAUGUUAAUUAUCCAGAUUAGUCAACAAUGCAUGCUAACUGUCAGGUGGUUCACACUGCCCUAGCCUGAUGUUUGUCUGGAAACUGCUGUCUAAAUUCUGGAGCUGGACAGGUUUUGGGAGCCUGCCCACAUUUGGAAGUUAAGGAAAGAACUCUCUAUCACAAAAGAGCAAUUGAAUAUGAUUGGACAAACCAUGUAAGCUCAAACAGAAAAUCUAACAGUGAAAGUCUAACAAUGAAAUGUCUAAUUACGUGCCAAUACUGUCUGACUCUGAACUGCCCUGAGACCUCCAGAUAUAGGGCAGUGUAUAAAUUCAAUGAAUAUUAAUAAGGAAUAAUAAUAUUAGGGUCAGCUCUGUCAGGAUUUGUGUUGGUGUCAUGGCCUGACAUAAAAGACUGCAUGCUUUCUGUCCAUCCUAGGGAUCAUUAGGAAAGUAAUAGAAAACAAAACUGCUGGUAUCAUAAUGCCAUUAUACAAAUCUACGAUACAACUGUACUUUGGGUACUGUGUGCACUUCUGGUCGCCUCACAUCAAAAAUGAUAUUGUGGAUUUGAGAGUUUCAAAAUGGGCAGCCAAAUGAUCCAGCCACUCCCCUUAUGAGGACAGGUUGCAUGGUUUGGGACUUUUUAGUUUAGAAAAGAGGCAGGUGAAAAGUUUUUAACAUCAUAAACAGGUGACUGUGGUGCAACUAUUCUCCCAAGCUGCAGAAAAAGGUAGACCAGAAUCAGUAUAUAUGCAUUUUGGAGGCUGUGGUGCCCUUUGAAGUAAUUUUGGGGGAAAUGAUUUCAGGGGUGUGUGGGUUGCAAAACUUAUUCCUACCUCUCCAGAGCUCCCUAACAUGUCUUGCGUUUUUAACAUUUGGUUCCAAAUAGAGCAGCAUAGACAAGUAAUUAAGAUUUCUACCGUCAGUGGGCAUGAACUUCAAUUUGUCUGUAUUUACUUAAUGUGAUGUUUGAUGCACCAUGUUGUUGUUGUUUUUUAAUGACAGAAAAGGGUAAUGCAAAGCCUGAAGGAAAUUUGUUUUUCUUUCAGCAUGGUACAUGCUUUAACUGCUGUGUUGCUGUAAAUUGCAUUUGAAAAUCCAUAUGUUAAAGAACGUCUAGUUUUAACAAGAUGGUGUGUGUUCAGGGCCGGCCCUACCACUGGGCGACAAAUGCUUGGGGUUGUGGAAUGGUGUUGAAAAUCAGUGCUGUGUAUGCCACACGGCCUACCCUGCACUCCUUAAGCUAGCUUGCUUCCAUUAGGUGCUAUAGAAGAUGCUGCCCUAUCCAGCAUGUUGAAGUAAGAUCCAACUGCCAGUCCAGUCCAGUCAGCUUCUGUACACAGAACAGGCACAAGAUGGGCACCAUCUUGUUUUUCACCCCAGGCAGCAAAAUGUCUUGUGCUGGUCUUGCAUGCAUGAUUUAGUCAGGUAGGUAGGUUUUGUAUAAUGAUUAAAAACAACAGAACUGUACCACAGUGACAACCAUAAUAAGCUUAAGAGACAACCAGCAUUAAAUGAAAAUACCCUAAGGAGCACAUAACUACAUCAAAUACAUAUGUUAAAACCACCAACCACGUCACAGGGACACAAAACCAGAUCUUAAAAGACCUGGGAAAACAAAAAAGUCGUAUGUUGGUGCCAAAAAAGCCAACAAUGUGAAAGCCAGGUGAGUUUCCCAGGAAGGGCAGUUCUAUAGCCAAUGCUAUCACUAACAGACUUCAUCUGAGCUCCAUCUUGAGGGGCACAUGAAGAAGGAUUUCUCUAGUUUGCAUGUGUGUGUGUGUGUGUGUGUGUAAGUAUUCGUGUGCUUCUGUAUAUGCAUGUGCUCAUAUGUGUAGAUUAACUUAUUUAUUACCCAGAAUGCAGCAUGUAGGAAAGAAUGUAAUUGUUUGUGAAGAAAGGGAGAGCAAACUGCCAAGAGAGAGUUUUUCUGAUAACGCUGGUUUUAUUUUUAUUUUUGUUCAGGUUCAUGGCAGUCAUUCGAGUGCCUCAAUGGUACCUCUGUGGCCAGAAAUUCAGCAAGAGCUGAAAAUUGUUGAAUCUGAAGAGGAGCUGCCACUUGCCCUGGAGACAGGCCAGCAACAGCGAGACCUUAAACCCAGUGCUUCACUGAUUUCAUCCUUGGAAGCAAACAAUUUGCCAUGCAGUUCUGGGCUGCCUGUGACACCACCCGAAGAAGGAAGCACGGUGAGAAAUCCACCAGUCGCACCUCACAUUUAUUCGUUUAGUGCUCCCUCCAAAGGAUCAAAGGAUCAAUCACCUGUUUGUGAGUCACCUGUUUGUGAUUCUGAAUUAUCCCCAAAGCAAGAUGGUGCUUCUCCCGCUUCAUUAAAACUGGAAAAUAUCCCUUGUGGGAAACCUUGUCCAAAGGACUGUUUAGAAACAGAGAACAUCAGGUGUGUCCAUCCAUCUCAGCCCGAUGAUUGGAAACUUCCAUCAGAUCCACAAGAAAACAUGGCUCUUUUGAGAGAUGAGUCUUUGUUUGCUGAAGAAAAGCGUCUAGACCAACCAGCGUGGGAAAAUAGUGAAUGGCUUCUUCACAGGGAGAAGGACGGUGCUGCUGUGACCCAGGCAGCAAAAAUUGAUCAAGUGCUUUUAGAGAGCCGAGGCCUACAGAGUUCAGUUACCUUAAGUGGAGUUGGAGCCCACCAGCUCAAGGAAUGUAAACUGAAGAAUCGAGCUCGAGACUCUCUUGACCACCAAGAGGAAGAUACAUGGGUGGACCAUGUUCAGAGCUUAGAGUUGGUGGAGCCGUGGGAAGAGCACCAGUGGGUCACCAGCCCACUCCACUCCCCUACCUUCAAGGACAUCCAAGGAAAGGCGCUUCAUGAGUUUCAGCCACUGAAUCAAGGAGGGACCAGGAGCCAUUUCAAGAAGCCAUGUUUCAAUCGUAGCUUUUCCUUAGACAGUAAAGACUUUGUGAAGAGGCACCGGGCUAUCCAGCUGCCUUUUGAGAGCACAGAUGUGGAGCAUCUUUGUGGUGACAUCCGAUUAGGGAUCAAGCAACCCUCACAAACAGAGUGGAGAGAAAGUGACGGAGGAGAAGCCUGGCUGAAUCGUCCAGAGGAGCUUUCUAAGCCAGAUGAGACAAGCAGGAGACUUCUGAGCCACGAAGCAGGCUUUGCAGCCAGAGAACUGUCAUCCAGCCAUGACAGGGUCUACCCUGUUGCUCACAAAAAGUCAGGUGAGAAGGAAGCAUACGAGGACAAAGAAGACCAGGGAUUUUCAAAGCCCGAGUCUCCUUUGCCACAAUAUAAUACUGAGAACAGUUCCUUGAGUUUAAACAGCCCAGAAAAAGAUGUACCAAGUAUUCAACAGGCUGAUAGUCCUGGAACCUCUGCCACAAAAGAUCUAUGUUCUGUCAAGGAGUCACAGACCGGUAAAGGUGAAGACAUCCCACGAAAAGGGAGGCCAAGGCCUUCUUCUCUUAAUUUGGAUUCCGUCCUACCCGCAACCAACCUUUUUAAUUUUGAAAGUCUUUCUGUGCCCACCCCACCCAGGCACUUCCUGUGUGGGCAAAAAGAAGUUAAGACGAGUGACUCUGUGCCAUCACUCCCUGUGGCCUGUCCGAGCAAAAACAAAGCUGACCUUUGGGGUUCUCAUUUUGACCCCCAAGAUGUAGACCUAGACUACAUAAUGAUGGCUCAUGCUACCACUGGUCGCCGCAACUCUGCUCCAGUGAGCGUCUCGGCAGUGAGAACCUCUUUCAUGGUUAAGAUGUGCCAGGCUAGAGCUGUGCCAGUUAUACCACCUAAGAUUCAAUACACACAGGUCCCGCAGCCCCUGCAGACACAGAACCCCAACUGCAGGACGCCAGAGAAUAAAGAAACAGAAGCCAAUGUCGGUCAACGCAAGUCAACUGAAAAUGCUCAGGGUCAGCUGCAACCUCCAAAGAGUCCACCAGUGGAAAGGAAGGGGAAGGAAAAUAAUAAUGCCGCCUUUAUAGAUUCAACGGCAAGUAGAAAGGCAGAACCACCCUUUGCCAAUCAUAAUUCCACACAGGAUGCACCAGUUUUUCGUCGGAAACGCAGCUCUGAAGGGGAAUCCACAGGGGACAAUCCCCAGUCCUCAAAAAUGGAGAGGUCUUCAGGGGUUUCUAAGCCUUCUUACAGAUCUAGACCAGGAAGACCUCAGAGUCUUAUACUAUUUAGCCCUCCCUUUCCCAUCAUGGACCAUCCUUCCUCCUCUGCUGACUCCAGAGUGUUGCUUUCUCCCAUAAGAAGCCCCUUACAGACCCCUUCUCCAAACCCCAUUGCCAGUGAUUUGUCAGGGACAGCUUCAGAGGGGGUCACACUUCGGAACAAGAUGACCAUUCCAAAGAAUGGCCAAAGACUAGAGACUUCCACAAGCUGCUUCUACCAACCCCAGAGGAGGUCUGUGAUUCUGGAUGGUAGAAGCGGGAGACAGAUAGAAUAAGGCCCAUUCCCUUCACUCUCUUCCCUGGUGGAUGAGAUGGGGUGGCCACACGGAGAACUAUGAUUAUUGUUAAACCCAUACUACUCAAAAAGUACUUCCUUUGCCAUUUCCAACAAUCCCUUAUUUUACUGAUUGUCACUUUGAUGAUUGAUAGAAUGUUUAGUUGAUUUAACCUUGAGUCCACCUUGGCAAAAGGUGUGCCAAUGAAAGCAAAAUUAUGUGGAAAGAAAAUAAGAGAUCAAUCCUUGUUAUGUUAGCCAAAGCUACCCCCUCCAGACUCUUCCUCGUCUUUCAGCUUUCCAGCAACAGAGAACAAUCACAAGAAUCAUCUCAGCAACUAAUGCUCCGUUCCUCACUGUGUUCCUGAAAUGGCUUCCUUGUUGAUCUUGAUUUGUCGUAUUCCUGGGGGUUCCAGUCCACAUCUGUAUUAAAAGCUUAUAGGGUUUCCCUUCCCUUUGUACUUGUUUAUGCACAGACUUACUGUACUGAGAGUUAUGUGCUCAAUGGGCACUCAGCUAAGUGGUUUAAGAGGAAUGGUGAUGCAUUUGAGCUAAAGCUUCCUUCAAUAGGCUGCUAUUGCCAUUAAGCACCUGUUUGUGUCUACAGUCCUAUUCCCCUAGCACCUGUUUCUUCGUAACUUUUGAUAAUUUAGAGCUAACUGCAGAGUUCUUAUAUUAAUUGUCUACAAGGAUUUGUACAAAUAGCCAUGUAAGCUACCUGCUGGCACACAGUGAUUGGCAGAGUUAGCGACGCGGUAGCCGGGACAGUCCCACCAUUGUGCUGUCUCUAUUGACCCUAUCCAAAAAGCACUGCAUUUCCACCCUCCUGCUAGUCUUUCUGCAGAAUCAGGCGCAGGUCUUGGUAGCUGCUGAAGCAAGGGAUGGACAGAGCAGUCACAAAAAGCUGCAACCUAACUGCAUUUCUUGUAUUUUCAUAGUGUGCUGCUCUUUAUUUGAAGACAUCACAGCGUGGUUUUUCUUCUCUCUUUCAAGAAGUGUUGCUGCUGCUUUCUCAAAAUAAGCUUGUUCUUUAAGCUGCCACUCAGUCUGCAUAAUCAGGACUGUAGGUGGCGAGAAACAGUUGUAGGAUCUGAUUAACGAAGAAAUCCCCAUGCUAAUUUGCAAUUGUGAGUCACUAAGUUGGAACUGGGAGCCUUGAAAGCAUCUGAAAGCCGGGCGAAUUAAAAACGUUACAUUUUGUUUUCUCAUAGAUCAGGGCGCAGGUCACAACAUUGCAUUUUCGAGUUACAUUUUCCCAGGGUGCAUUUGGGUUGGAUCUGUGACUUGGCUACAGGCAGUAAAAAUGUAGAUAAGCUAUGUUGUAGUGAGUGUUGGCAUGCAAAAUGGAAGUGGCAGCAUGAUGGAGGAGCCUUGCUUGUAUUGGAGAACGGCACUUUGUGCCAAGAUUCUGUAGUGACAGGGAGAUGCAUGAAUUUCUACUGUGAUUCAUGUGCUUCUUCCUAGAAUUUCCAACCCUGAUGGUGAAGAACUGAAUUUCACAAUGGCUGCUUCAUGAAACACAAUGGGUACCUCUUCUCUGAGGCUCCAGAGAUCUGGAUGUCCUUGGGGGCUACCCUAACUUUGCCUUGCAAUAAAAACUUUGUGGGAGCAUUUGAAAGAUUAUGGUAAGAGUAGAUUUGAGCACCAUCAGUCCCAGAGCAUUGUUUGCCUGUUUCUAAGGAAGGAAAGGUCCGUGCUGCCUUUCCUUUCUGCUUAUUUUUAUUAAAAUGAAAAUGAUCUUCUUGGCUUGACCAUAAAGAAACUCAGCUAAACAAUUACUAGGUAUUGUGGCUUUUUAGAUUGAUCCACAAGGUAACUCAAGUUUGUUUGCGCAUAGAGCAAAAAUGAGGGGGCAUCUGCUAGGGGUUUUGUAUCCUCCAGUUUGGCUGGGCCACACUAUGCUGCUUAUAAGAUCUGGGAAAGAGGGUGAAGAAGAGAUGGAAUUGUUUGGUUUUUGUUGCUGUUGUUUCUUGUAGCUUAAGUAGUAUCAUGAGGUUGUGCUCUUUGGUAGAAAUAAGGAAGGAUCAGUGUAGGAGUGAAACAGGUGGUCUGAACAGAGGGAAGUAGGUUAGUUUAUCAUUCCACUAUCUGAAUAGCGGGAAGAGUUCACUGGUUCAAAUUGUGGCAAAAGAAUUACUUAUCUAAAUGAGAAGGGAGGUAGUGCAAAACUCAUCUGGUUGGAAGGAAUCAUCCCUUCGUCUAAUCCAAAGGUAGCCAGCAUUGUACCCUCCUUAUGUUGUUGGACUCAACUCCCAUCACCCCUGGUUAUUGGCCAUGCUGACAGCGGCUGAUGGGAGUUGUAGUCCAUUAACACCUGCAGUGCACCACCUUGGUUUCCCCUUGGUUUAAACGAAAUCUAGGACUUGCAUAAAACCUAGAGCACUGACUGUUUUGCCAAGAGCAGAGAAGUUUCCCAAAGCAGUGUUUCUGUAUGUUAAAAUGCUUUUGAGUAUUUCGGUUAAGAAAAUGCAGAAGGGUCUGAGCAGCUUCCCACUGACCAAUCCCCCCUCCCCUGCCCCACAAAAGUUGCAACCAAAAGUUAUAGCUAGCUUUUCCUCUCUUCAGAGUUUUGAAAUAGCUGUAUUAAAUAAUAUUGUGCUAAAUUUAUAUAUAAACAGAACGUAUAUAAUUAUAUUAAAGUGUAAUUAAAAACUAAGAAAUUGUCUCUGAGCAGCAUUCAUUACACCUGCGAAUCUUGGGUGGUUCCAAUGUACAGAAAUGACUUUUUUCAUUGAAAACUCCUUAUGUGCAAGUUUUCCAAAACUUUUCUAAAGAAGGCAAGCAAUGGGAUCACAAGACCAGCAUUUCAAUCCCUCUCUCUCUGCUCGUAUCUUCUCCUGCAUUACCCUUAAUAGCAGUUUGAGCCUACCAAGCAGCUGAGCAGUAAUUGAAGUUUAUCAUCUAUUGAAUCGAUCAUCUAUUGAAGUUUAUCAUCAGCAGUUGUGUCCUGGAAGGAGAAGUGCAAGUUAUCACAUGUCUGCACACCAACAUUUCCCCCUCCCAGUGGUUCUCUGCAAUGAAAUGAGAGCACAUUUUUCUUAAUGGUAGGACAGUGUUUGCAAUCCACCCAAAAGCUGCAGCAUAGGUUUUGCUGCCAUUUCUUGCCAAGUUCAGUACUCGAAAAUGAAUAUUUAUUGAUGGCUCAACACAAUACUGCAAUACAUUUGAUAGUUCAGGGUCUUUCUUGCCUUUAGAGCUCUAUAGGAACACAGGAAACUGCUUCCUACCAAGUUAAACCAUAUGUCCAUCCAGUUUAGUAUUGUUUACUCUUGCCUGGCAGCAGUUUUCUAGGCUCCCAGGUUUCACAUCACUGCCUUCCUAACAUUUGAAUGAACACACACACACAUACAAUGGAGUGAGGAGGGGUAAGCUCAAGAGAUAAAUAUAUACCUUUAUUCCAAGAAAAAGGUGCUCAGACCUAUGGCUUAUCCACACUUCCUCUUUUCCCACUGCUUUCCCCUGGGGUGAAAACCUUCUCUUUAGUGCUCAAUCAGAGCAAACAGCAAAUUAGGUUUAUCUGGAUUAACAUUUGCUCUGAUUGAGCACUAAAGAGUGGGUUUUCUCUGGGAAAGGAAUAGGGCAAGGGGAAAACCGGUCUGACCCAUGCUUUCUAGGCACAGGAUAAGUGUAUAGUUCCUGCUAUAUCCUUAAAAUUCAAUGUAGGGAGGGGAAGAGAGAGAGAGAGAGAGAGAGAGAGAGAGAGAGAGAGAGUCCAUCACAGUGCGAUGAGGUCUGGAACAUGCAUGAAUGUGUUGUGUUUUCAUCGGUAGCCCUGGUGGGUAUUGUUUUCAUGGUUCAUUGUUGUUCCUGUAGGCUAUCUGUUUCAGCGCUUUUAUUGCUUUGGAGUUUUGCUAAGUCUCAACCAUGAGAUUAAACUGGAGGUUUGUUUUUUUUAAUUAAAAACAACAACAUAUGAAA